UAGAGUGGGAUGCAUUUGGGAGAUGGUAAUGAUAUUAUGAAGAGUUCCACUAGAUGAAAACAUUAACCCUGAAGACUCUCAUUAAAGCGUUUGCAGCGCCCAGCGAGGAGAUGUGUCAAUGAGGUUGUUCUUGAGACUUCGCCGUGUUCAAUAAGGGUAAAUAAUCAUGACUCCAGCUCGACUUUUUUUUUUUUUUUUACGAAGUUUGGAGGGGAGGCAGCAGAUUUGCUUUCUGAUGAGACCAAAAAAAGUUGGAAAUCUCCCCUCAGAGCUGUUUAAAAGUUAUUGUCUUCAUGGACCUUUUGUCCCCGCGAUAAGCAUAUAAACAGAGUAUCACACUGCUGGCACUGGCUUAUAUUCUAAUACAGGAAAUCUUUAGUGCAGCAAUAGAUGGAAGGUAACACAGGAUAGCUUGAGGAAAUCUGUAUGAAGUAUGAGGUAUAUUCAUCCCCUGCACCAAGUAAUCCCUGCUGUUUUAAAUGUGGAAUAGAUAACUGCUGGUCUGAUGGCGUUCUGGGGGAAUGAUCGAAGGUGAAAUGGAGCCAAAAUGAAUGGGCCCUUGCUUGAACAGAUCUAAAUUCAUUUCACACACACAGUGGAAAUGGAGUUAUCUGAAUCUACUGUCCUCCAUGGCUGCCUGAGGGAUAUUGAAGACAGCUAAGGUCAAAUUACAGGGAGGGGGUUCAAGCUUAUGUGAGACUGUGGAGGGAUUGCAGGACCCCGACACGCCGCUAUAUACAGUCAGAUCCUCUCAGAUGGAGCAGAGAAUAGGGUGGAAACACAAAUCCUGUUUUGUAUCAGAGUCACCAGUGCCAAAAAUGUAAUAUCAAACAAGUGUACAAGGAGGGUUGGACUGGACGCUGGUAGAGCUUGGCUUUUCCAGAGGGCGACUCGUCCCUCAGCCCGGCUGAGGGGUGCCCCGGACUAAGGAUUGUGCACUGACUGACAUUUCUCCAAGCAAUUUUUCACUGACUUGUAAAUUUUGUUGAAUUAAUUUUUAGAGGGUGAUUCAAUUUGGAUCUUGGAUAAAAGCAUUGCAUUCUGAAUUUUUUUUCCCAGGUGCUGUUAUAUUUGUUGCACUAAAUUUCUCCUGCUCUAUGAUGUCUCCUCUGCCAACCUCACUGGACAAACGGUUGAUUUUAUUUUUCUAUCAUCAUAGAUUUGACUUUACAUCAACAAUUAAUUUGAAAAAAAUCAAUACUUGGUCAACGAUAUAUCACCAGACAAAUUAUCGUGAUACUUUCUGUAUCGAUUCUUUCUCCCACUACUAUAAAUCAGCCUCUUUAUUCAGUCAGUGCCCUGAACUCUUCACACAGUUUGGUUUUCAACUCCUACUCUUAAACCAGAGCUUGUCUAGAGACUUUCUGCUGACCACUGUAACUUAACAACCCAUGGAAAGUGUGUCCUUCAGGUGUCCGCAGAACAGGAUAAAAGGACUCAGGACUCAGGGGAAGUUUAUUUUACAUAUGGAGACUGCAGACUAGAAGUUUGGGACUAAUAUUCAUCUUGUCAUGACAGGGCUAAAGAGGUCAAAAAAGGAGACAACCCCAUGUGUAACGUUCAAAUAAGGAAUGGCAAAACAGGGUGAGGUGUGAACAUAGGGAAUGCUAAACUCAGAGUAGCAUAACCAAACAAAUCUAAUGUGCAGUGCACCUGCGAGGAGGAAAGCAUGAGUGUUGGUAAGACUGCAGGAGUUUAUCUAACUCCAGCACACCGAGCUCAGGUGUGCUGGAAGUAUUUCAUUAGUUUGCUGCAAAGAGGAAGUACACAGGGCCUUCGAACGGGGUAGUAGUGUUCACGGACAGUGGCCUCAUCAACAUCUCCCAUCACGGUUUUCACAACAUCGUAAACUGAAUUUUCGAGGUUUGAAUUUCUGCGAGCUCCAAGUUCACCAGUUGUGACACAUUUUCAGAUGUGGUGUAGCCCACUGAAUCCAGUUUUUCUUCAUUUUCAUCAGUAAUUUUGGAAUUACUGAUAAACAACAACAGCCCGUCUUUGACCAUUCAGAAGUGAAGUUCGAGUUACAUUGCCACAGUGGUUUCAUCUUUUUCCAACGUUCGCUUAAAUUAAUAAGGUUAUCUGUUCAUGUAACCGAGUGGCCUUUAGCACAGGUGUUUAAGUGGAUUCAGGGCUGAAAUAGAUCAGAAUACUGACAAGCUGUCAUAGUAGCUGUCUAAGUACCGAUGCAGUUAACACUUGAGUACGAAACCUCAGUCAUCACACCUGAGAGCUAAGUCUCGAGUCCUGAAAAUGAGGUCUGAGACCACAGACUACAACUACUAUCUAUGAUGUCAUUGUCACAAGCCAGGAGGGGAAUGACUGCGCAUUUGAUAGGUAUGUUGCCAUGGCAAUGGCAACCACAUUCAUUUGUCUCUGGAACACCACAUUUCCUUUGGCAACCUAAAGGAGGCGGUAUUCCAACUGUUGUCAGAUGAGUAGCGAUAGAUUUCUUUGUAAAAUUCAUCCAUGUUUUCUCACAAUCAUAUCAAACGUAAUCCGACAAAAACCGCUUCUGCAAUUUGUCCGGACCAACCACAAUCUUCCUCAUCAUCCGGCCCAACUUCCAGCCCAUCAUAUAGCGUGACGUCAUGAACAGGCGCCAGUUCACAUCUUGACAACACAACUUCACAACUUUGCAAGCUUCAUUUAGAAACAAUAACAGACCCACUUUAACAUCUCAUCACAUUGUCAGUAUCACGCUACAUGAGACUACAGGAGCAUCAUAGUCUAAAUAAAAGGUAUACAUUAUCACUACAACUCUGUAUUACUCUCAUGUAUGGGUUAAAGUGAUAUUGAUAUUUUACCACUAUGAUAUUUGACAGCUAACAAAGCACUAAAUGAAGCAAAGCCAACAAACUAGUUCUGGCAGCCAACUCAAGCUGCGUUGAUUUCACACUUGACGUGCAUCAUUCUCACAAACAUAUCCUCCCAGUUUGAGCACCACUGCACUGCACCAGUGCUGAGCUCAAAUUUGCAGCCCCACCACAACUCCGAGCUCCCACCAGGAGUUUACGAUAUCGUCUCAUCACUCCUCAGUGUCUGCACAUUGAGGCACAGGUGCAUCUGCUCUGUAUAAACAGGGUCGAUGUGCUUGUAGACAAAAGACUGAGAGUCAGUUUUGAUAAAAUCUGUUACAACAAGAAGUGGACUUGGUUUCGUUUCUAGAGGCAAUUUAAUCAGGUUCAUAAAAAUACAUGAACUCUUUGACAGCUGCAUCUUCCUCUAAGAUGUGCCAUCCCCAAUAUUUGAUGAAGAGUAUGAAUUUCAAAGUAUCUACAGUUUUGGGUUUUUCUUUUGAUUUUCUGCAGGAAAAUCUUACACCUCCUUUUUGCUUCUUUAAACAUGAUCAGUUCAUUCCCAAGACUCUAAUUCACAAAGAUACACCCUGAAAGUUAAAGGUGGGGUAGUCAGGAUCUGAGUCAGUGCCAGUUUUUGGGAGAAAUCUUGAAUGUAAACUCGACCCCUCCCAACCAGUUCUCCCCUCAGCUCCUCCUCUCCCCUCCCUCUCUGCUCCCUCAAGCCCCGCCCACAAACAGACGCUCCUGCUCGCUCGUAUCGUUCCAAUUAAAUUCAGAUAUAAUUCAGAUAAAUACUUCAGAUAAUUACAAAUGGGGCCCAGUCAACGUGAAACAACAUUGGUGCUACUGUAGAUGCCAACAGACUACCAGCAAACACAAUGUUUGCAGGACUUCUACAACUAGGAUAAAGUGACAUAGUCCAGGACCCGAGGUCAACAGUUUAGCGAUGGCGCUACAACACGCUACAGCAGGUCCGUUUGACAAGAAACACUUCUGUUACAGACACUUGUCUUACUUUGUUAAAGCGGUUUACCUGUCCAGCAGAAAGGUUACAGUGUCCGUAAGAUCCCGAAGCAUCCCCCAUCGUUUAUGUUGACCCGUCUUUUUAGCUCCUGCCCGGCUUUUUAAGCGCCCGUUAUUCCUCCAGAGUCUCCGGUAUUUACUUUGUUUUCUUGCUUGUGUUGGCAGUCGUGUUCAAAGGAGGAUUCAGACAAUUUUCCGUACUUUCUGUUUGGUUUCUACUGUCCGAUAUUGUAGCACGCUAACUUUGUUUGGGUUUGUGAACGACACGGGGGAGCAGCAUCUGCCUCACAACCAAUCAGGUUGGGGAAGGUGGAGAAUGACUUUGUUUACAGUCAGAAUGAGUGAACAGCUCGAAAAAUCUCAAAUGUUGACUACACAGACAUAACAAAACACAGCGAUAUCCUAAUUUUACCAAAUGUCAUCAAUAACUAAUAGGUAAUGACUGAUAUUAAAAGCUUUUUUGUAUAUACACAACAAAAAAAGAUGCUUCUUUAAUGGAUUCCUGCCUACCCCACCUUUAAGACAUGUACAUAACUCCACUUCUGCAAACCAACGGCUGCCAUCGAUACUGUGACAAAUAUUAACAUUAUUUCAAGCUUGACUUCAUUAAUCUGGCGCUGACACAUAGAGCAUCGAGAUAGCUUUUGUGUGAUCGAUCGCAGUGGGCUGGUCUCGGCCAAAAUGCCAGGGGAUUCUUUUGUCUGAGUCGAACCCGGCAUACAAGUCAAACACACACACCCCAAAAAGGUUAUAUCUCUGACACAGGACAGACACUGACGUGAUGUUAUCUCCUUUGUGAGCAGCACUUUGGCAUUACAGAAUAAAGGAUGACAUCGAAAAAGGCCAAAUAUCACACUCUGUUCUCCUCCUCCCUAUCGGAGGAACAUUUUCAGACUCUGUCCAGACAGUGGUAGAGCUGAAAUGGAUGUGAUCCUCUCCUGACACUCCUAAGUCUUCUAAUGAGACUGUGCUUAAGGUGUAAAUUAGUUACAGAGCCCGGCUCAUCACAGACACUGGAGCAGCAAAUCCACAGGGCUGCUCCACUUCCAGCAGACAUGAUGGAGAUCCAUUUCAUGAACAUCACUCAUUAAUAUGCUAAUGGAGGUCAUUAAUGGUUGAUAGCAGAAUUAAUGGAAUUACAGUACUUAGCGGGUCAUGGCCAGGAAGAGCGGGAUACAGUUUCCAACAAAGAGGCCUUUCAAGAGAGAGAGAGAGAAAGAGAGAGACUCCUACCAAAGUUUGAAGUGUUUGUGUUGAACAAAAACACCAUGAUUUAAAGUGGUUUGUAAUUAUAAUGUUCACUGUUAUGUAAAGGGAGCUCUCCUGCUAAUACAAACAACAGAAAAAACAAUCAUCCAAUCAAGCAUAUAAGUAGUUUUAAUCUGAAAGUUAAACUUUGGUGAUCCCAGGGGCUCCGGAACAGCGUGAGGCUAGUUAUUCAGCACCACGGACAGCUCCGCCCCAACAAGCUUAUCAACAGCAACAAGCCCCACAGAGCCGGAAGGCUUUAGUAUGAAUGAUAGAUGGAUUUUGAAAGGAACAACACUGUGCUUAUUCUAAUUCAGUCCACAGAUGGAUGGAUAGACUUUAAGGAAAUGGUUAAAUUAAUGACAUUUUUCAAACAAGUUGUCACUUUAUGCACGAUCGUCCUGAUCAGAAUUGACAGUCAGGAAUAUAAAAAGCGGGUUUGUGUCACGCAGAAUACAGCAGAUAUCUCUGCCGGGAUGAGACAUAAAUCAAGUUGAAAAGUAGGGACGGACACAGCUCAGCGCAGCAUACUAAAUGGACACUGGAAACACGAGGGGGAACUGGGUUAAUUAGCACCACACUGAGGCUGCUGUGCCUGUAGAAUUCCAAGAGCUGAUUGCUUUCUCAGAUUAAUUCCUGCUGUUUCCGAGUGGAUUUAGUUUCUUUUCUUCGGUCCCAGGGGAGUCAGGGUAGCAAAUGACCCACUGACACCACCCACAUUGUACUUUUGAUGAAGCAGCACCCUAUCUCCUUUACAUUAUUCAAAUGUUUCAGUGUUUAAUGGGGUUGAUAACAACUCCUGCUACAUUUACAAGCUGGAUUCAGCCAGUCCUGCCUAUUCCCUUCGAUUCAUUUUUAUUCUCAGAGCCACUAAAAAAGACAAAUCUAAAAUAACUCUAUAUGAUUUAGAGAUUUAUGUAUAUAUAUAUAUAAAGUUGGACUCUAGGUUUUUCCAAUCCAAUAUGCUGUCCAAGGUACAAUGUGUACAAGAUAGGACAUUGUGUAAAAAUGUUAAUUUUAAUGAGUUGCAAACUGUAACUUUUAUCAGAAAUAAUAGUGCAAAGACAGCACAUGAGAGGUUUAAAUUUACUUAUAUUAAAUACCUGAGCAAGCUAAGUGAGGCAAGGUCUCUCAGAGGUGAAUGAACGGUUCUAAUGCAGAUAUGACUCUGUAGUGGAAGUCACUGCAUGGGCUCAGAAUCUCUUCAAAAAGUGUUGUUUGUCAACCAUGUCUAAACAUGAUCCAUAGAUGACAGAGAUUUCUUUGACCCCAGGCCACUUUAACCCCUAAAUUCCAGCGAAUGCAGAACAGUGGCGAAAAGGCCGUUGGUGCUAAUCGCCGCUGAUUGUUUCCAUUCAAGUUAACGUGUCGAAUUCCACCGGCUGCGGUUCUAGCUUCUUUUCCGGCUUCUUUUCAAAAUCAAACUCAACAUGUUUAUGGCGGAUCGUAUUUCACACCAUGCAAAUGUGGGCGGGAAUGAACGAGUCAAAAGUUUUUAGAAAGAGACUUUAAAGAGACAACUCGACAUCGCACAAUUGCGUGUGAAUUUGCGAGUUCUUGAGUUCUUCUUGAGUUCUUGCGAUUCCCGCUUUCUGAAAUUCGCCACAAAAUGUCCCAAUUAUCGGGACAAAUUCACUCUUAAUACGCCUCAGACCAUAUAGGAUAAUCUUAGAAGACAUAAGAUUAUCUAUCGAUUGUCAUCCUUGGUUAGGACGGGGAAAAUCGGGACAAAAACAGCCUGAUUAUCUUUAUCUGUUUACCCCGCUUAAUUCUGCACUUUACAAGGUAAUUGUUUAUUAUUGCAUGUAGCUUAAAGAACAAAUCGGAGUGUCACACUAAUGCUGUAUGAGCAUUUCAACUACAAUACAGAUCACAUUUCAGGUAGAGACCCUCUGCUCCCUCCUCUCAUCCCAGACCGAUAUGAAGCAGAUUAUCAGUCAAUGUGAUCGACUUUGUUUCAUAGUCUUCAGAAUUGUUAAACAGCAAAAUUGUUCUGUGUCUGAACCUAGCUUUUACAAUUUUUUAAGAUUUAUUUUCAUUCAGAUUUGUGCGGAUGCCCGAGGAAACUCUCGACUUUGAUAUCAUACGCGCUUCGACUCUUCUAAACCAAGUUUUAAUCUUCUUAUUAACUAUUCAAAAUCCACUCUCACCGCUGGGGUACCAAACCUCCAAACCCGGAGAAGUAUUCUCAUCUCUGGUGGUAUUCAAAAUGUAUUUCAGAUGUCAUCCAGACAAAAAGACCCUCUUCUUCCCUUUGCAUAUUAAUUAUUCCUGCAGAGCAUGUCAGAUCCCUCCUGACCGGUUCAAACCCUACAUGGCUCAGCCUCUGCUUUUUGAUCAGUGCCACCUGAAAUGAAAUCAGGUGCACGGGGUGUACAGUUUCACAGCGCUGAUCCCUGUAAGUGUAAUGUGUGCUGUCAUAGUCAUUAUGAGAACGCCAGCAUCCAUUCAUUCACUCAGUGGCUUCACGGUCUCUGCUGCUGCUGGCUGAUUUGAGCAGAGCUUCCUUUGCAGAGCCACUUAAUGACUCACGGUUCAUGCAUAGUCAUGCUCCACGAGACAAAACCAAAAGAGGAUUAAGCUUUAUGCUCAACACCUUCUCUCCUCUGACUAAUGUGACAGAUUAGACAGAAAAAGGACUUCAGUGUUGACGUCCUCUUAGUACACUUUCUUUCUCUGAGAGGACCAGCCAAGCAGUUACUGGAGAUAUCUAAUACUUUCAUUCCCAGUGUCUUUAUAAAUAACUGCGGCAUUAAAAGAAGUAUAUUAGGGCGUAAAGUUAAUGAGAAGAGUGCCACUUCGCUUAGUGCACACCCUCAUUUAAAGUGAGAAGGAAGAAAACCGCGCUUGUUAUCAUUCCGUCCACGUCUCCUACCUUAUUCUACCCCGCUUUGGCAGCUAUUACAGAGGGCUUCUUGUGUCUUAAACAUGUGACUAAAAGAGAGGGAGAGAGAAAAAAGAGGGAGGGAGGGGGGAAAAAAAGAGGGGCAGAGGGGAGAGCUGAGGCGCUCAUGCCUGUUAUCUGCUACCGGGCGCCCACACUUUCUCCAGGAUCGGGCUCCUGCGCUCAUCCAGACGCACGCACACAUACACAUGCACACUGAUGCGGAGUAGGCGGGUCGUCUUGUUGGGUUGGAAUUCAUAACAGGAUCUUUAACCAUCUCGGUGGGGCGGUUGUCCGCGUCCCGGUGAGCCGCAUUCCGUCGCAUCUGGACCGCGCCGCUUUUUCCGGCUGCAACAAAUGCGCAAACGCGUCUUUUUUAAUCCUCUAAUCGACAGCCCCUUUGCGCUCCUUGAGGCUCUCUCUCUCUCUCUCCUCCUCCUCCUCUCUCUCCUCUUGACUACAUCUCCUGCUGGAUGAUUUCAUUUUGUUAACUCAUUAUCCUCUCAAAGGUCAAAGCUUCUAGGAGCGUUGAUUUACAGCUGGGAUAAGGCGACUUUUUCACCCGCAGCCAAAGUGAAAGUUUUCUCGCUGGUGCGACGGAUUGAUCCGGAGCAGCCUUCAUCGCCCUCCACUUUUACCUCUUUUCGGAUCCCUGAGUGUGCACUGAGUGUGUUUUUUGGAGUGCUUUUUCACCACCCCCCUCUUCGCGGAGUUGCUAUUGAAUCCUGAUAAACUGUGAAAUGAGUUUCUCUGCAAUUUCAGCAAUUACGCUGCACCGAGAAUGGGAAAUACCGAGUUAAACUUUACCUGCUGUUCCAAACCGAGGUGAGUCUUUGCAAUGUUCAUUUUCUACGACUAUUAGGACUUAUUCAUAUACAUGUGGAUGUCUUCUUUCUAGAAAUAAUCAUGUCUGCAGUGUACUUGACCUGGAUAGCAUCCUGAAGUAAAAAUCUGCUGUGCUGUGACAUGUGUGAAAUGCUCCCCCGAAACUCACACACACACAGAGACACACACACAUAUCUGCACAAGCAUACUGUCACACCUGCACAUGCAUACAAACAGGCAAACUCAAUGUACUGCUGCUGCCUCCAGGACAGAAAACACAAUAUUGCUUUUCAUGCCUUGUCAGUACAUAUAUGAGCACAAUCAGACUCAUCUCUGCUUUUUUACCGCCUCCCUCUCUCUCUCUCUCCCUCCCUCUCCCUCUCUCCCCCUUUCCCCUCCCUGUACUCACACUGCCACCCUUUAUCUGCCUCCUCCAACAAACAUCUCUAAUCUAUAUUCCUUAGGGUGUAUUGGCAUUCUUGCCUGUAGAGGAUCAGAUCUCUAACACUGAUGUGUGCACAGUGCACGCUUCGCCAAGCAGCAGCCAGGCAGAAAAAAAGCCAGCUCAUUUUCAGCCUGGGAAAAAAAAAGAAAAAAAAAGAAAGAGAAGGAAAAACAGUCCUACUGAUUUCAUAAUUAUACAUUUCACCCUCUAGCAUCACCCUCAAAGACGGCACAUGAGUCAGGGCAGCCUUAUGGGAGCAUCAGCAGCGGCUCUGAUAAUGAGCCUAAUGCCCUCGAAGCAAACAAAUAACAUUUAAAAUGCAAUCACACAGGCCCAAGGGUGCUCUGGCAUAGGUCUUAUUUGUAAUAUUUAAGAUUUACCUUAAUAUUAAUGCAGUAUCUGAGAAUACAUGGCAGUAGCAGGAAGGUGGUGUUGAAGCUGAGCCUGAAAUCCUCACUGCCAUUUGCCAGUGAUGGGAGCCUCAGACGGUUUAUAGGGCCACAACAGGGCCACUGUUCAGCCUCCCGUCCUCAUCUAUCCUGGGAGACUGGUGAACCCGAGCGUGUCUGGGCCUGAAAGGCACACUGUCUCCUCCCAUGAAAAGAGCGAUUUCUCUCGCCGUGUCGCUCACCUGCGCCACAAAAAGGGGAAGUUAACUGCUCAACACAUUUCUACUUCUCAGCCUGUUAGCAUGUCCAGCCAGGGAUGGACGUUUGUGCGGCUGCUUUCUUUUGUACCUGAUUUAUUCAGUUGUGAAGGUGUCUACAAGGAGACCAGCUGUCUUUCAUGGAUGCUAACUUUAACAGAGAGACAAGCUGAACUUGAAAGUGGAAGUAUUGCAAAUAACCUCAAUGUCAGCGAGCCCUUGGGAAAAAAAUGGUUCUCUCCAUUUUUCUGUGUAAGAGAACUGGCUCAGGCACCACUGGUGAGGAUCUUUGUACAGUCAGGUGAUGAUACUUGGAAAGAAAAGCCUGUGGAGAAGAGGCAUCACUGUCUCAGACCUCAAGAUUUAUUCAUUUCCGAUCUCUCACGUUUGUUUCAACAUGUAUGAAAGGUCGAGAUCCUGGACAGUGAGAAAGCUGCGUGCUGAUGUGGCGAAUUAGUGCAGUGUGGUAUCACGUCCUCAUCCGGGUAAUGAGCUUUCUCCAUUUAGGGCUGUCAGCUCUAGUUAGCAAACACUUACAAAUCCCUUUAACAUCUAAAAUCUUUCAAAAUAAAGGUCAAAUUCUGACGAAGAGAAAACCAGGAAUGGAUUAUUUUGAGCAAAUUGGGUUUAAACGUCUGUAAGGAUUAGAGAUGCACCGAUCCAUGUUUUUCCAAUCCAAUCCAAUCUGAUACCUGAGCUGAACGUAUUAGCCGAUAUCCGAUACCAAUCCAAUACUACUGUUGAAUAAAUGAACUGUUUACCUUGCCCUGUGAGUGACGGCAUCAGGCUUGACAUUAGCCUUGUUAAAAAAAGGUAACAAAUUACCAUAAUACAUUAAGGUGCACCGAAUUAUAAAGUGCAUUAAACCAAACAAAAGAGUCAGAUAAGUCAAAGUUUAUUGAACUCAUUCAAUAACUCCGCGAGGCUACGGUAGCUGCAGUGCUCCGACAAGCGAAAAGGGUUUUAAGUGCGCCUUAUAGUGCGAAAAAUACGGUAACACAUAUAUUAAUUUAUCUAAUAUUUUUUGUUAUUUUAUUAUAAUAUUUUUAAUAACAAAUUGCACAUUGGCACACAGCAAAAAGAAGUAAGACUUCCAUAUAUUAAAAGUAAAAUUAAUUAAAAGAAAAAAAAAAAGAUUGGAUCGGAAUGCUGCAUCGGCGUCAUUCAUCUGAUGUCCGAUCUAGUUAAUUUGUCAAUAUCGGAGCCGAUAUGCGAUCCAAAUAUCAGAUCGGUGAAUCCCUAGUAAGGAUUGAGAUUAUGCUUUUUCAUAGUUUCAUUGUUGCGAUCACAAAAUGAGACUUUGGGCCGCUCAGUUACGCAAGAAUUAAGCGAGAAUACAGCUGAUUCACCCGAAUCAUGACGUCAUCGAAUGGCGACUCUCCAUAUAAGGGCAUAACAAACCUAUCACCAAGCCAACAGAAAUGCUUCGCUCCUAUCUUUAAUGCUGGGGAUUGUUUGACCCUUUAAAGGCUUCUCAGCUCAGAUUCAGGGUCUAGAACAUAUAAGGCUAUAAUUCAUCAUUUGUCAAACAGUCGUAGAGGAUGUACAACCAAAUCUUCAAAGAACUCGGUGCAGGACUGAAACACAAAUGUACGAAGGGUACUUAAAGUCUGCACACAAGAUGGUAAGAUGAGCUAUGAUAUACUUUAUUGUCCCAGAGGGGAAGUUAUUGUGAGAAGAAGUGCAGAUAUACUAUUGCCAUACAAGACAAGGCCAUGUCACAGAACGAGCACACGACAACGACAGAGCACCACUCGUACGAUGAUGUACAGCAGCAGCGAAAAGCACAAUAGCAAUAAUAAAACGAUUGCACAACCCCGAUCCUGAAGAAAAAUAUACCAGAACAGCAUAGAGUACAAGAAGAAGAGCAGACAAGGUUGCUCUAAAUUGGAUUUCAAUCAACAUUUCUGGUCUAACCCUCCAGUCCAAAACACCACAAACGGUGAUAUUGUUUAAUUAAUUUGCUUUCUAACAACAUCUGAAUAUCAGACUUUAGCCUCACAUUUUAGAAUUUGGCAUUUUAAAAAGAGAAACACAACUUUUUUUUGCAUGGCAACAGUGGAUGAGGCUCCCAGAGUCUUAAAGAGACAGUAGCUGACAUUAAGUAUUCCAAUUAGGUUUAUGGACUUGAUUAUUAAACGAUAGGGGUGAUGCGGUUUGACUUACUCUCAAUUCAGAGCAUGCAACUAAUGCAUUGUAAUGAGUUUAUAGUAGACUUUAUACUUUUUACAUAUACAGUUAAAUUAAAAUGUGCAAGAUACGAUAUUUUAAAGGUUAUAUAGCUGCAAAUAUGAAGAUGCAACUAUGGCAUAUAUUCCAAUUAACACAAAGUCUAUACACGUAUCUAAAUCAGACAUUUGGACUACAACAGUAGAGGUUUAAUAAGGGAAUAUAUGUUAAGUAAAGGGUUUUCUGAGAGGAAGAAAAUCAGAAUAUGUUCAUUUUAAGCCAAUUGUACUUAAAGUUACUGAGGUUUAGUUUGUUUUAGUAUGUUUCGCUGUGUUUGCUUUCUUGAAUGUAUCUGAGAUGUAAUGAGGUUUUUAGACGCUGUAAUGAUGUUUAUUUUGAUCCUCCUGAAGCUCCAGUCGGAGUUACUAAGAGACACCUUUAUUCAGUUGCAUUGUUCCUUUUAAAGAAAUCCAACAACAAAUGUAAGCAAAGACUGGGAUCCAUCUAUAGGCGCCUUAACUAACACUCAGUGGAGGAAUUACAUGCCUGAGAGGGCGUCUUGUUCUACUCUUUAGUGUCGGCUGCCUGAUAGAACUGGAUCAGACAUCGUUAGUAGGUGUGACGGGUGAGGAGGGGAUAGGAGACGGAGGAGGAGGAAUUGUGCCAUCCCCUCUUCCCACAGUCGCUGUAAACACACCGCGAGGGAAUGCAGAGACUCCGUGGAGUGAAAACGUAGAUUCAGUUUAGUGCAAACUGGAUCUCCACAGUGCUCGGUUCUGGGGUGGGGGUUGGGUGGGAUGAUGAAGGAGCUAAAAAAGCGAACAAGUGUUUGACUUAAUGAACGAGGACCCUCGCUGCAGUGCAUUUGAUCAUACCCGCUUUCUGCCUGGUGGUGGGUGUUGGAAGAGGAGAGGUUAAAAAAAUGAAAUCUGAAAUAAGCAGAAAGAGAGGGAGGAUAAAAAAAAAUGAACGAGGAUGAAAAGAGGGAGAAAGAUUGACUGAGUGUGCAGUUUUUGGUGGUAUUUUGGAGGUCAAGUUUCGCCGGGGUCUGCCCAUUAUUUUAUGAUAAUGAGUGAAGCGGCGAGUUUGACUUCAAUCUGCAGUGAUGGAGAGGAACGAGUUUUAGAGAGAGAGCUGGGAAAAGAUGAGAAGAUGAAGAAAAAAGCAACCGAGGAGAAGAUCAUGAAAAGGGGGGAAAAAAUGUCUCAUUGAGGGAUUUGGGACCGACUGGGGCAUUAAAAUAGAAUCUCUCAGAUUAAGUGCGACUGGGGCAUUAAAGCAGAAUCUCUCUGAGGCAACUGGUAAUUGAAUGUUGAGUCUGAAGAUACUGUGUAAAAGCUCUCUCUCACACACACACUAAUGGAUGGACUUGAGAGUAGCAUGCUCACUUUUACUUUACAGAUGAAGUGCAGAAAUUCAGCGGGUAAAAACACGCUCAGAGCACCAUCAUAACAGAGUGACGUGUAAAUGUUAUUGAGUUUCAGAAGUUGUCGUGGAAAUCACGGGGUAAAGUCGAUUCGUAACACACUUGUGAGGUUGUACCUUCAACAUGGGAUGUUAUGGAUUAAGUGGUUUAACCCUAAUCCUAAUCCGCACCACAGAGAUGCACUUUGUAUCCUAUCUCUAAGAUACUUUACUCAAUCAGUCUAAUUUGCCGUUACUUAAUCAGCUUUUUCUCUAUCAGUGUUUUUGUUUCCUUUGCGAUUAGUGCUUUUGAAGUGUUCAUUAUUCCGGGGUCACGGCCCCCGUUAAAAACACCUUAAUCCACCUCAGGCGUGUCUUCGAUUAUAAUAGGAGCCAUGUCAAACAUGCAGGCAGUAAAUAGCUUAAAGUAUUACACUAUAAAGAUAGGGUGGGUAGGUAGGAGAGGGGGGUGGGCAUGCUGUCAGUAAUUUCAGAAGAGGCAUGCACAGAUGUAAAAUGUUUGUCUCCGCAGUUUUAUUACCCACUUCUGUUCAGAAAACGGAUGUAAUCCCCCCCAAAAAAUAAACUUUUGUUCCCUCCAGAUAACAAUGAUGACUAAACUUCUUCACUUUCACAGAGAAGUUACCAAACACCAUUUUCUUCACCUUAAAACCAAAGGUUAGCAGUAUGCAUCAUUAUAUUCACAAGUAUGUCAAAAUAAGUGGCUAAUUACCUCAACAUAAAAAUAUAUUUCCACAGAAGCUGAACUCUUGCACAGCCGUUUUUCUGCAGCAGCACAGAAUCCAUUUAUAGUCAUAUGUAGUUUUGCAUUGAGUGGAAAUACAAUCAAAAGUGGUUGUUUUGCAUAUAAGAAUUUGUAUUGUUGGACAAUAUUGAUAAAAUGGGAGCGGUGAGCAAGGGAGCGUUUCAAUCCAAAUUUUGCAAAAUAUUCUGAUUUUUACACCCUGUACCUUUAAGAUUCUGCUCCUAAAGAGCCCUCCAAACAUCUGCAAGUUACAAUAAAGAUAAUUUUAAAGUUGUCAAAAUGCUUUUGAUCAUGAGUUUGUAGGUAAUGAUGAUGAAUUAUGUGAUGUGGCUGCAUGUUAGGGCUGGGGCGAUAAACCGAAAGUGUACCAAUACCGAAAUUUACCACAACGACAAUGUCAUUUUGCCCAUGUCGAUAUAUUCAAUGUCAAAAAAAUAAACGAAUAAAAGUUGGUUUUGGAUGUGUGUAGGUAGGCUAUGGUCUCAUCUCCCUGUAAGACAGCGGCUGAAGUUGACGAAGUUAAUGUGGGAGGGGGUGAACAGCUUGUGGAGUAGUUAUAGUCCACUUAUCCUUAUCGAGGUGAACUGUUCAAUAUAUCGUGAUAUUGAUUUGAGGCCAUAUCGCCCAGCCCUAGUAUGGCUGCAUACGCUCUGUGCACUGCAUGUCAGCACCCGUGUAUACUCAAGGCGUUUUUUUGGUGCUUGUGCAGCUCAUUCCUCCAGUGAUGUACAUGUUACAGAAAAAUAGUCAUUAGUUACCAAAGACUGUUAGUUAGUGUCAUUGGUGGACCAGCUUCUCAUCUCAACAGUAUUUCGCUAAUGAUACUGGAAGCAUGUCUUCACCAGCACACCUGGCUAACAGAGUUUGGAUCAGGCAAUGAUUUGAAAUCAAGCCUCGGCUUUUUAAAUGGAGUCGCUCCUCUUUAGUCAGCAGAGCUAAUGUGAGCUGCACCUGGGUCACUGAUGUUGGCAGCGUUAAGCUCUCUCGCUGCUACCUGAAGCGUGUUGCUUGGUUAGAGGUUUCACCAAACCAGAAUUACUACUCUUGGCAGUCGACAAAGUUUUCCUUCCUGCACAAAGACUACAACUCACCUCUGUAUUGUUAUCCUUUACCUUGAGAAGAGGGAAAAAUAAAGCUGGUAUUUACUGGACAGGAAGCUACCACCUGAAUGACCAUCAGCCAUUGUGAGAGUUUACUGCGAGGGAUAUCUGCACCCACGCAGGAUGCUUUUGCUACCUCACCUCCUGAGCCGGGGGAUGAAUCUUGUGAAGCAUUUGGUCAUUUUUAAUGCAAGGUUAUGACUUUGUUUGUCAUGACGUGUUCUGUUUAUUUAGUUUUCUCUUUGUGUUCAUGUUUUUUUUUGGUGCUUUUUCUGCUUAUUUUAUGUGCAGUCUUAUCUUGUGAGUUUUCAGUUUGUGUCUGAUCUUAUUUUCCUCAUGUUCUCAGUGUUUUAUUCUUUAGAUCAGUUUUCAGUACUUCCUGUUUUAUUUUGUAGGAGUCCAGUCUUGUUUUCCCUCCUCAGUAAUUGUCUGCACCUGUGUCUCAGUGUCUCACCUGCCUCUCGUUGCUCGUUUACCUGUGUGUGUAUAUAUAGUCCCUGUCUUCCCCUGUUUUCUUGUUGGUUCAUUGUAUGUUCGUUUGUUUGUCUGUCUGUCUGUCUGUCUGUCUGUUGAUAUGUAUUGUGUUGCUUCUUGUUAUAAGUUGGACAUUUAAAGUAAGUUUUGGUUUCUUUUCAUUUGGUUCUUUAAAUUAAAUAUUUUUUUUGUUUUGCAUUUGUUUAACCCGGCGCAACAUGACAAAAGCUAUUACAUAGAAGUUACUGCAAACAGUUGUGGAGCUUUAGUAGUUUGUCACCUACCGAGCAAUUGCAUAAAUGAUUCUUAAAUGCAAAUUAUAUUGGAUAGACAGGAUGAAAAUCAUGUAAUGAAAACACACUUGCAAGAAGAGUGAUAUGAGCUGAGUUAUAAUUCCCGUUUGGCAACAGUCGGGACAAUAUUAAAGCUCCUGUGAGUAACUUGUGGUUUGUGUCGAUUUUGGCGCCUCCUGUGGACAAAUUACUCUUUGCUUAUCUUAUCCUGUACAUGCUCAAGUAUUAACAAUUGACCAGAAAUCUAAUUUUUCUGAUAUUUGAUAGUAGGGCUGGGCGAUAUGGCCUUAAUUCAAUAUCACCAUAUACUGAGUAGUUCUCCUUGAUAACGACAAAUGGACGAUAACUUCUCCACAAGCUGCUCACCCCCUCCCACAUUAACUUAGUCUACUUCAGCCGCCGCUCCAGCCACUACAACUUUUGAACCGUCCUCCAUCUCCUCACCUGUCUUUUCCUCUCCGUAGUCUACCUACACACAUCCAGACCAAAUUUUAUUCUUUUGACACCGAAUAUAUCAACAUGGACAGAAUGACGUCGGUUAUUGUCGUAAAUUUCGGAAUCAGUAAAUUUUCGGUUUAUCACCAAGCCCUAUUUUGAUAGUGAAAUGUGAAUAUUUCAUGUAUAAAUUUUGAUAUUAAAGUUGUUUCUUCAGCUGCUGAACUGAACCCUAUCCCCUAAGAGACAUCAAAAUCAUCAGUCCUGUUGCUGGCUGUCUUUCUUAUUUGCAUCAAAAACUCCUCGCAGGAUCCCACUCAGGGUUAAGUCCUUUGAGAGACAGAGGCUUUUUUAUUUCCCUGAUAGUGUUGGUGUUGGUUUGGAGUGAGUUUUCUGCCUGACUGCAGGGAAUAAAAAGGAAAUAAAUAAGAGGCUUGUACAAACUUAAACACAGUCUGUCCGAGCUCCUGAACUGUGAACUUCCAGAUAAUCACCAAUUAUGGAGAAGUGAAUACUGGAUCAGUGGAUCAGGUACAAGUGGCCUCUUCCCUUGAAGAGAGUAUACUAGGAUGUUCUCGCAAGUGUAUGCCAAUCUGUUCCAGCCUACGACGAGUGCAAAGGUUGAGUUUUCUGGAAAAAAAAGCAUACAAAUCUACAAUUUGAAAAACAUGCGUCUGCAAGCCUCUCCUCUUUGGAUGUGGAGAAAGUCAGGAAUAAAAUCUAAAGUGCUCCAUUUGUGGCUUUUCAGGAAGCAGAGUAUAAAAGCAGACGACACAAACAAAAUAAAGGAGCCAGGGAGAAGAGCGAGCCCUCUAAUUUAAGAGCCACCUUUGUCCGUGUUUGCACAAGGCCACCAGCAGAAAAGCCUCUGUUUGUAUUUCACUCUGAUUUAUUGAAGCUUCAUUCUGUAUGUUUCUCGCCCGCCGGCUGAUAUGCAGCCGUACAAAAAAGAGACAGACUAAGAAGUUUACAGUCUGUAAAGCAAUCAUUUAGCUGACUGUCCCUCUUUGUUUGCUUUCCACUCGAGAUUUUAAUGUACAAUAGAGUAGAAUGAUUUAUUUCAGCACCCUCUCAGAUUAAAAAUGGCACACUUUACUUGCUUAAGUCAACACAUGUACACACAUAUAGACACUGAUAGAGACCCCGAGCCGAGUAAAGGAUUGGAUCUGUCUAAAUAAUUAAUCACCCAUCGCUGCCACAGCCAUCGAGGAGAAGAAAAACACGCGUACGCAAACAGUCUGACACACACACAUAAACAGUUCCUGCCUGCACUGACAUGCCACUAUUGAUCCUCAGCUGUAGAAAAUAAAGCUUUAUAAAGUACAGAGUUAAAAUUAAUAGAUCUGACUGUCCUUUUGGACCCUGCAUUAAAAGAAGCAGAAACAGACAGUAAAGAGCGUACUCUGACAGCUCUCACUUAAACUUCGAUUCAGACUCAGAAGAAGAAGAAGAAGAAGAAGUCGACAGAGUCUGGGCUUGAUUGGCAAACUGGACGUUUUCCCAGAGGGAGCCUGUAGGUCAAUAAUUUGUCAUUAUCAGCACUUUAGAUUGGUGCAUUAAGUUGGGAGUUGCAGAGAGAUGUGGGUUUUGCAUAAGAUACUUCAAGCAGAUUCAAUAUGUUGAGCUAGAGGAUACAGGAUGAGCAAGUGUGUGUUAGUAAAGCAGAGGGAUAUAGAGGCUAUAGGAUGACACGGGUUAACAAGCCAGCAACUACAGAGUCCUUAGCAUUAUAUCAAAGUAUUAAAGGGAUAUUACGGCGUAAAAUGAAGUUAGGGUUAAACACACCGUAACACUGAAUUAGACACCCCGUUGAGAGAUGAAUGUUGCCGACCGAUUGCUUCUCUACUUACACCAACCAAAAAUAUCCCUUUUAUGUAACGGAGGAAGUUUUGAGCCAUCCAGUUGCUAAUAAGCUAGGCUUGUAGAAAAAUAUAUCUUUGUGUCAUCUGCAAAGCAAUAAAACGAGACUUUGUGGUGCUGAGUUAUUCGUCCAAAGAGAAGAGCAGCAAUUAAAGAGAAAACAACAUCUGAUUUAAAAGUGAACCCUGCAGUUCAUCACAUGUAAUGUUGGAAGAGGAAGAUGAGUUAAAAUCUAAAAAGUGGCUGCAAAGGUUUGCUCUUAAAAGGUUAUAAAACUAGCUAAAACCCGCAAAAUUUUUGAGACAUUCAGUUAAAACAGCGAUCAGUUGUAUCAACAGCUGCACAAAUCAUAAUCAUGGUCAGUAAUUCUGGUCUCAGUGAUUAAAAUCAAGAUGUGCGUUUACCUUUAAUCCAGCAGUCCUAUCUUACACACUGGGAAAAUGCACUUGCUUAUCAUUCCAGUCCCUAAAUGAUCCAAUUCUGCACAACUCUUUGCCACAAUUUAUCCAAAACACAAGUUAUAAAUGUUUCACCUUCCCCUUUUUAGUUUGUUUGAAUGAAGCAAUGAAUUAAUAAGACCAUAAUUGAGCAUUUGGAUGUUGAUGGGCUUUUUUUUUGCAAACCCAGAGACGACAGUUUCAGGACCACAGUGCCAAGACUACAUCUCUCGGGUCAGGGUCAGAGUAACCCACUAAAAUUGGAUACAUUUGGCAUGAAAAAUGGGGUUCGACUCUUACAUGUUAUCAUUUGCAAGCACUAGAUGUUGCAGUCCUACAAAUAAAGAGUCUUGAAAUUCCCUGGGAAUUGCCGAUUUUUGCAGUUUAGCAUCAGCUUCAUUUUUCAACGCCAGAAGUUGCCAAAAAAACAAACUCAGAAAUCAGAUAAUUUCGAGUCAUUAGCUAUUAAAGAUAACACAGAUUGCUGGUGCUCUGUCAUUAGCUUCACUUAAAACAAUAGACUGUUCACACCCAGUCCAUGGUAUAAGACGACAAGGCUCGUUUCUUUCCUUCCAUCUUCCAUAAUGGAUUGUAACUGUAUUAAAAAAGGAGUGUUUCCAGUGUUUAUCAGUUUAUAGCCUCCUCCUUCAGCCAAAUGUUCCUCCUGCUUCUCAGAGAGGAAGGAUUUGUUUGCCUGAUCUGUUUCCAGGCUGGCCGAGACAAUGUUUGCUGGAGAAUUCUUCUCCCAUAAUGAACUACUGUAUUUUGUAGACAGUGGUAGAUGCAUUAAACAGGAUUUCACAAAGACUCAGUUUCUGCUGCAACUUAUGCUUCUUAAAAAAAGACACGUCCACUGUAACAAACUGUACCACUGUCGAGUCCCAGAGUCCGUUUGAGGCACUGACACAGGCCGGUUUAUUGGCUUAUCUGCUUUCUGGCUCCCCUGUUGAUCGGCGGCUUUUAUAUCAUGUGGAAGAAACACAAAUCCGAGGCUGUUUGGGUUUCUUUUUGACCAACAAACUGUGUGAAAACAGAGCUUUAACACACAACAGAGAGGCCUUUUAUUUAUCUAAGAUGUUUACACCCGAGCCCUGGGGGGUCUAGGAUAUAUCUCACAGCUAGAAAACAUAUUAUCAUUAUUAUUUUAUAUCAGCUAGCUUUUUGACGAUGGUGUUUGACUAUUGCAUGAUGGCAUAUCAAAGAAAUCAGGGACGUUAAAGUCACCGUGAGGAGUGUUUCGCUGAGAUUGAAUAUUUUAACUGAAUUUAAAGUCAGGUAGCAAGCAAAAGGAGUUUUUUCUCUUUCGUUAAAGAAUUUUCUCUUUGCAUAUUUUGAGUACUCGUGGCAAAUAAUGGAGUCAGAUUAGCAAAAGAAGUCAGAGAAACUCUGUGACCAAGGCUAUGCUCUGCAAAAAUGGUUUUGAAAAAGAUUUCAUUUUAUGCUCCCCUGCUCUUUGAGGACUUAAGAGUCAAAGCGUUUGCAUAUCUAUGUGAUUUUGACAUCUAUUAAGACAGAUAAGCACACAUCAUGAGUCCAGGGUAAUAUUGAAGUAGUCAGAUCUUGUCAGCUUCUGUCAGCUUUGGAUAACAAAUCAGAGUUUAUACAGUCCUCAACGAUGGCAAGUAGCAUUCAAAAGAAGAGUCAUAUUCCAUUAAUUUGCUUCUACAAUGAAAACGAACUUCAACAAGAGUUACGUCUUUACAAGAGAGAGUGAUGUGCUCAUGGGAAAUGUAGUCUUCAUCCCCUCAAACGUUACUGUUCUUGUCUAAAUCUAAAGAAAAUGUGCUAGAUUUUCAUCAUAACCAGAUUACAUCCACCGAAAACUUCUAGUUCCAAGACAUUUCAUCUUGUUUGCACAAGAUAGUUGUUUUGUGCAGCUUAGAUCCAUCAUGUGCACACAUACUAAUUUACUACUUAAAUGAUUCAUGCACACAAGAUAGACACAAGAUAAUAAACAUGUUUGCAGAUCAAAACUGUGCUUCAAGGAGACAGUUCUGUUUAGUACGCAGGAUAACUUUUGCACACAAGAUAUUUUGUUUUGUUUCUACAAGAUGAUUUAAAUAUGUUUACAAGAUGACUGGACGCAGAUUGCCCACAAGAUAAUUUAAAAUAUGCCAGAAAAUUAAUUGCUCUCGUAAGAUCGUAGGUUGGUUACAUGUGCACAAAAUAAAAUAAAAUCUUUCGCACAGGAUAACUUAUUUGUUCCUACAAGAUUAUACCAAUGUGCACCCGAGAUAACUGUCUGUUCCUAGAGCUCGCAAGAUGAUAGUUUCCGCACUCAAGGUGUUUACCAGAAAGCACAAGAUACCAAUUUGUCCUCACAAGAUCAUAUGUGCGCACAAGAUAUUUCUUUCCUUCCUUCAAAAUAAUUUAAUGUGCUCACAAGAUAAUUGUCCAUCCAAGCCGAAUGAAAUUGAGUGAAAACGCAAGAUAACAACUCAUGCGCACAAGAUUUUUCUCAGAAAGUAAAGGAUUAUACCUUGUUCUAACAAGAUUAUUUUUAUGUACAAUCAAGAUGAUUAUUUUGUGCACAAAAGAUACAAACCUUUUCCUACAAGAUCAUUUUUGCGCACAAGAUAUUUUAAAUGUUGCCACAUGUGCUCACAAGAUGACUGUACGUCCCCACACAAUGAUAACUAUGGCUUGCAAGAUAAUUGUGUACACAAGAUAUUUGCCCGAAAGCAACAAGAUAUUUUUCCGAACAAGAUACUUACAAAUAUGUAUUCUUACAAGACGUUUUUGCAAAAGAUAAUUUAUUUGCUCUGAUAAGAUAAUGACUAUUGCCAACAAGAUAAGCUAUGCACACAAGAUAUUAUCUUUAGCACACCAGUUAAAAUCUUGUUAGCACAAGAUAACAUGAUGAAUCCUACAAGUUAAUUUCCUAAUGUGUGCAAACAAAAACACAUCUUGUGCACACAUGAUGGUAACUUGUGUGCACAAGAUAAAUUCCCCAUGCACGCAAGAUUCUUAAACAAACACAAGAUUGUUAUUUACAAGUAAAUUUUUGGAUAAGAUAACUUUUGCACACAUAUUUACAUGUUGUAUCAAGAUAUUUGUCACAAGAUAAUUUCUUUGAGCACCUGUAAAAGCGUGUUAUAAAUAAAAUUUUGUAUUAUUAUUAUCAUCAUCAUUGCCAUUAUCAGAAUAAUUAUUAUUAUUAUCAUUAUUAUUAUUAUUAUCAUUAUUAUUAUUAUUAUUAUAUUCUCACCCUGUACAUAAGCUCUCAAAAUAUAGAUUUGUGAUCUUUUAAAGGUUUUGUCCUUGCUCGAUGCCUCCUGUUGUCAAACACAGAGGUCUGACAAAGCAAAAUCAGAGUCCAGUCUAAACUACAGUACCUCCCUUUACAGUAGUGUACAUCAUUAUAGUUGCAGCCCAUGUAAAUAACCAAUAUAAAUACCUUUCUUUGCUGACUGACUUCACUCAAACUCAUUUACAUACAAAGAGGAUUAUAAGUGAUAAAGAGUAUUGCAGCCAAAAUGCAAAUCGUAGUUUAAGCCUAACUUUGUAGCGAUAAAGCAGAAAUUAUUAAGAAAAAAACAGAGUUAACGUGCGUGAAAUUAGCUCCAGAGUGUCCACUUAGUACAUCUGAAGUUCAACUUAAAAGACCACAGAGUUACAUUUUUAUAAAUAUGUCUUUGGUGAUGAAGGGACAACAGCUUAAAAACACCAUUUUGGAGUUACAUCAUCUUGAGUAGGAAGUCUAUACAGCAACACCUGAUCAGAGAAACACACACUCUUUCAUUUGACCUUCCCUGCAGCAGCGCGGCGCUGCUAGGUCAUGCAUUAUUACUUUGAGUCUUCAUGUCUGACGCUUACAUAUGCAUGUUUUGUAGAUCUGUAACAGUGUGUGUGUGUGUGUGUGUGCGUGCGUUCGUGAGAGCUCGGUGACAUUUUCAGUCUUUUGAUGUCUGCUUCCCAGGACACCACAGGAGCUCAUCCUUUGUAUGUGUUUGCAAGACAGCCGGAUGAGUGCAACUGGCAGUCACAUAUUAUAAUUUCACAAAGGAGGUGUUUUUACCGCCGGCGCCGCCACGAGAGGCGUUGUUGACAGUUGUAGGAGGGAAGAUAUCUGGGUUAAUUAGGGCCAAAAACCUCAUUAGUCAGCAUAGAGGGGAAGAUGUAAAGUUUAUCAGUUCCUGUUUCCCUACUUUGAGGAUGGUUUUGGGGUUGGCUUGGGGACAAGUUACAAAAUGGAUCCUGUUGGAGGAAUUCUCCUGGAAUGUUUUAAUCGCACCCUCCCUCUUGUUUUAUUCUCUUCCUCUACUUCAUUUUCCUCAAAUGUGUGAGAUAGCUUAAAAAGAAAGAGAGACUCGUUUUAAUCUGCAUACUCCCAAGAGCCAAGACAGAGAGAAUCUGCUGUGGCGAGGGCUCCAAAUGUGAACGCACACUUGCACACACCUGCAGACACACACAUCCAUGCACUCAGGUAGGUGACCGGUACAGCUGGCACCUUACAAUAAGCGAGCAGAUGUUUGGGGGGGGCUGAAUGCUCUGUUUUGUCCCGGUCUCCAAUGGAGAUUUUUUUUUCAGGCCGCUGAAAUCCUCGAAAAAAGAUUAGGCUUGGGAGUUCCCACAUCUCAUCAAGCUUACAGUAUCCUCCAAAAGACAGGGUGAGAGUCGAGAUCCAACACUGCAGUCGGCAGUCAGGGCCUGUAUCUCUGGAGGAAACAUAUAAUUCUGGCAGUUUUACAGAGUUGCAGAAAAGCCCCCGAAAGAUUUUGUGGAGACAGAUAAAUCUAUUCAUCACAAACGCAGCAGAUUAGCGGGAGAAGCCAAUAAAUGAAAGCGUGUUUCGGAUGUUCUCUUUAACAAAAUCAAUUGAGAUAUUAACUCCGAGUGGCAUCAACCGCCAAUUUAGUUAAUUCAGCUCAAGAACUCUGAAUCAAUCACAUCCUUUCAAAACAAGAGCAGGAUAAUGUCAAGAAUAUCAACACCCGUGCCUUCUCGGAAACGAUCUUUUUUUCCUGACUGACACAUUAGCAAACAUUUUAUUUUACCCCAGGCUGUUAAUUUAGCAGACUUCAAUGGGCCUCUCAGCUGAGGACGGGCUGCUUUCUAUAGACUCAAUGUUUUCCUUUUUGAUCAUCCAGAUGAAAAGCAGCAAAACAAAGAGAGUUGUCAUUUCACACAGAGGUUCCAAAUAGCCAGAGGAAAUGCGAGGCCCACACUGUGCGUGUUUGUGUUUGUUUAUGUGUGUGUGUGUCAUACCUUAACAUAACCACCACCAGCAGUAGGCCUGGUAAUGAAAAAUGUCUUUGACUGACUGUUUCAUUUAGAUUUUUAACAUCACGCCUGAGGGAAGAGCACAGUGAGAUAUGAAUAAGCUUUGAGCAUGUUGUUCUAUUUCUCUGACUGCUCGUCUUUUAACGCUCGCUCCCGCUUUUCAGUCAAGGGUUGUUUGAAUUACAGCUUUAAUCUCUGGAGGAACAUGUUGUGGGAAUGUUUGUCAUAACCUCUUUUACGGACAUGACGGGGUCGUACCGGACCGCUGUGUUUGUGCUUUGUCUCACGGACGCUGAGCGAGCUCAGGGUUUUUUCUUGUCAGUCAGUAUGAAUGUUGCUCUUCUGUAUGAAACCAUUACUUUAGUUCUUACCUGCACCGAAAGAGCCUGUGGUGCAAAGAGACUCAGGAAGCCCGGGGUUAUGGAUAAGUCAUGCACACUCGGGACUUGCACAUAGGAGAGUGAGAGCCCAAUACAACAACACAACCCAGUGCAAAGCAUUGUUGGUGUGCAUGGAAAGUGUCAGUGUUGUUUUCCAUCAGAGCACACUGACCAUUUUGACACCCAGCGCCAUCACUGUGUGGAAAGCAAAUGACUAUGCACCCAUGUCAGCAUGCAUGGGUCUCUAAAGCACCUUGGACCAACAGAACCCUGGUCUGGAGUAGGGAUGGGAAUUGAUAAGAUUCUAUCGAUAUCAAUGCCAUUAUCGAUUCUGCAUAUCGAUUCAAUUCUUUAACGAUUCCCUUAUCAAUGCCUUUCUUUGAUUUAAGAAGAGUAGACUAUAGGUGUGAAUGGGGUUUGCUGCAGGUCAACAGUGGGGCUAGCAAUAUUAGCCAGAGAGCUAACACUGCUAGUAGAAGCAGCAGAGCUAUUUGCAGAGCUAACUAUUUGUGCAGCAUUUACUUUGGUCGGUAUUAAGUCACAUACAGCAGUUGUUGUCAAAGGGAAAUUCCAGUGUAAAAUUAAGUUAGAGUCAAAUGCAUCGUAACACCGAGUUAGACACCCCAUCGAGAGAUGAAUAUUGCUGAGUGCUUGCUUCUCUAAUUAUACCAACUUUAGUAACAACCACGUGAUAGCAAUACAGAGAGCCACAUGUUCAACCAAAACGCCACUCUACAGCCACAAAUAAUGCUCAGAACAGCACGUAACUUCAUCAACAGUACAUAUAGGGUCCCAGCCAGAGCACUAGACACCAAACACCUUUAUAGCUUUGCAUGAUUUCUUUGGCAAAGACACUAAACACAAUUCACCAUCUCUCUUCCAGCAGCCACUUGUUUAUACGGAGAGCAUCUCAUACAUGUGACUCCUUAAAUUUGAUGCCGUGCCUCGUUAACAAAUGUUUAAGCAUGUUGUUGGUGUUUCCACCUUUGCAUGUUAACAUUGCUCGACAAACGUUGCCUACUUUUCGUACCAUCGGCCAUGUUUUCUUCCUCAAAGUCUCUGUUCUCGUUUGCGUAGACUAGCUCUCACUAGACCAUUUUUCAAGGCACCUGCAAGAAAGGAAUCGUUAAGGGAAUCGUUCAGGUAUAAUGUAAACAAUGUCGAUGGACUGAACCAUUUGAAACCAGUUUUCAACAAAAAACGGUUCUCGAUUCCCAUCCCAAGUCUGGAGUCUCAAACCUGUGGUGUAGAUUUAGAUUUAGAGAGCGUAUUGGUGAGACAGUAUGAAGGGCGAGAGUUCAUGAUGCGCUUGUUUCAUAUGCAGAUGCACACAGCAUGCCACCUCUUGGAUCUAACAGUGUUUGUACAGAUACAGUAGAAACUAUAAACCUAAGUCCUGUCCUCUCUUGUCUCUAGAGAUAUUGGACUCAGUAUGGGGUAAAUAUGGUGCAUGCUCCCUCGAGUACACAGACUCAUACAUGCUUACUCAUCGCUUCUUUCCUUUUCAAUCCCCAAACAUAACUGUGACUUAAAAAUGAUGUCAAAACAGAUAGAUGGAAAGACUGUUAAGACUUUAAAGUUGUUUUGUUUCAUCCAGUUGUUUUGGUGUGACUGUUUCAAUGAAUUUCAGCAUCAAUCCAUGAGUUGGCAUGGACUCCUGCAGCGGUGUGUCUGUGUUUUCUGAGUUUUCAAGGGCACAGUUGGGGAGAAGUUACAUGUGCAAGCAGGAGUCAGCUGUAUUUUUAGAGAGGUUGAAAUCUGCCACGUGAGUAGCAACAUGCCAUACAACCAAAACACACUUUGGAAUAAUCAGAGAACGUUUUCCAGACUUGCUGCAGACUAAAUCUCAUUUAAUGCCCAGAUUGUGUGCCGCUUAACUAGCAAAACACCGUCUCUAACUCCUAAAUCACUUUGCAUUGUGUACUUAAUACUGUGCAUUCUAGAUAAUUGAAAUAGGACACUAUUUAGAGUCUUAAAUAAACUCCAAAAGUCAAAGAUGCAUAGAUAGAAGAGGCAUGCAUACCUUUGAAUUUUUAUUAAUAUAAGAUAUAAUCCAUUUGUUGCUAAAAGAAAGCAGGUUGCACACAAGUUGGUCUUCAUUUUCAUCCUGAUUUGAGAGUUUAAAGAGCUAGUUACAAAAGUACAAACUGGAUCCUUGCACAGACAGCUAGAUUUGGUAUUGGCAGCAGCGGGUCAAUCUGCAGAAUCAAUCUACAGGAGUGAAUUCAACCAAACACAAAAGCAGACCGAAUGACACGGCUAACUUUAUCAGCAGCAGGUAUACGAGAAACUUUUCAGAGUUGAUUUGCUGGCAGCAGAAAAAAGGUUCUCAGUUUCAUUGAUUUGGACAAGCAACCCUUGCAAGUUGUUGCAAACAAGUGACUACACGGCUCUGUCUGCACGAUACAAAAGCAAGUGCAAACACUGAUGAGCAGAGACACCACAGAUGUCUGGAGCUCGGAUGUUUACUCGCUGUCAUGUUUAACCGCACACUGAUUGGACACAAGUUGCGUACAGCAAAAUGAAAUGCUACAAGCAACAGACUUUUGCAUAUCAAAUAUCAAGAAUUUACAGUAUCUUAGGCUGAUUUGGAUCCGCAAUCAGUCAGUACUCAGAGAUUUAGGAGAGUGAUGCAGGGGAAGACUGUGAUAACGAUUCGAGACAAAUGAGCAAAGUGGAGAAGGAUUGCACUGAAAUUAUAACAUCCAAGUCAGACUGGACGAUUAUAUGAUCGUUAUAAAUUUCAGUUGGAUCACGGUGAUCAGCUGUGAGCAUAUUUAUUCUAUCAAACAUAGCAGAAAUGUGCAUCAUAACAGCCAAUCAGAGUUGAGUUUUUCCUGCUCACUUCUGUAAAUUGACGGAGAAGUAAACAGGAAGUAAUCAAGAUGACCGAAUGUGGGGCUGUUUAAUCAUUUGAAGAAGUUCUUCCUGAGUGAUUAUGUGGAAAGCAUUAAAUUGCGAGCGGAGUCUGCACAGCCUCUCACUGCUGACGACACAAGUAGCAUUAGCAAUUUAGCCACAACUAGCGGUGCAGCCACCAGACCAAAGCAGCAAUCAAUCAUAUCAUCUAUGUUUACAUCAUCUAAUGUUUACAUUUUGAGACGUCUUCAUUAUCUCUGAGUGGGCGAUUUGUUUAUUUUGGGUCUUGCAUACCAGCAGAAACACUCAGGACUGUAAACUAGUUCACUGUAUUAUUUAGUAUUUGUCUGUAUACGUUGUUCUGUUGAGUUAAAAUGGUUUUUUAUAUAUUUUUUUUAGUUUAUCUUAUUCGGUUUGCUUUGUUAUUUACUUUGCAUGUUAAUUCAAUUUUGAACUAAUCUGUAGUUUCUGUAGCUUUUAGUACAGAUGCUUUAAAACUGGCAGUUUAAAAAAAAUUAAAAUUGUGAUAAUAAUCGAGAUUGGAUAAUAUGACAAAAUUUAUUGUGAUCAUUUUUUUUUGCCUAAUCACCCAGUCCUACACUCAAGACAACUUCUUGCUUCACUUUAGGACAUGAUGCAAAACAAAUCCUGCAAAGAUAGAAAUACAAGACUCUACUUGUGGCAUUUUCCAGAAAGAGAUGAGACACUCAGCACUCCUUUCUCCACCAUUGAUCCACUGAGCCUUUUGGUCAAGUAACGACGAGACAUUAAACCUUGCAAAUGAUGGGAGUCAUCACGGGCGACUUGUUCAGCCUUUCUGCAGCUGAACUAUUUGAUAUUCGGCGGUGCUUACUGAAUAUAGCCUGCCAUUAUGACGGGCUGUGGGUGUAAAAAUGUUGUACGGUUUGAUCCACUGUUGGCUGUACUUCAUUUAAACGACCAUUUGUUCAGCAUCCUCAUCUCUCUGAGGAACUGGCAGAGAGAAAGAAAAGAGAAAUAAACAUGACCUUGUCGAUGGUGUCGUUAACAAGAAAAAUUGCAAAGAAGUGCUUUUCCUUCGUCUUAAACAAACGUUACUUCGUCCCUGAGCUCGCUCAUUUUUAAACGUCAGAGAGAAGGAUUGGGCGUCACAUGACAAGGCUGAAGCGCUAAGGACGCACGAGCCGACUGUCAACACGUUUUGUAAACCUUGAGAGCCGUUUAACAGAUGUUUCCAGAACUUGAAAAAAACAUCCUCUGAAGGCUGAAACUGUUUUUUAAUUUAACUUAAAGUCAUGAUUACCUCGGUGCUUUGAGAGUACGUCUGUGAUCAUUCGGUGGGAGAUUAUGAAAACAUUCAUAAAAACAAAACAGCCACUUGAUAGCUUUAAUCUACAUGGAUAAUUGGUGAAAGGGGCCGUAUUUGCUAUAUGACGCCUCAUAUUACUCUUCGCUUUCAACCUACUCAGGGAAUGAGAGUCCUCAUUACAUUCAUGUACAGGAAAGUCUAUUCCCUCAUCAUUCGCACUCUCCGCACAAUCCCAUCGAGAGGACCUCACAGGAACAAACAGCUUUCAUUUUAUACAGAGGUUCCAAACAGCCCGGGGUUAUUGCUGGCCCAUGUUGUGCGAAAUCAUAUUUGAGUGGAUCCACCGGAGCCCCGGCGUUUGUCUACCGCUCAAAUUGAAAAUUCCUCCUUGCUGUAUCACCAAACAUUUGAUUUGUUGUUUCUAGAUUAUGUGGCUCCUUACUGCCCGAAGGAGGAGCAUUUUUCACUUUGAUGAAAAGCAGUGUUUGCAUAAGGUUGAAAAUGUGACAUAACGGCCUUGUAGAGUGAAAAUGGCAUGUAUCUGAUAUCACCCAGGCAGACGACGACAAAGACUUAGUGGAUGGCUUUGUUCGGGAGAUAAUGUGAUUAUAAGGCUGGCGCAGACCUGACGCGAAACAAUGAAUGUUUACUGACAGGACUGUCACAGCAAAUGUGUGGAAAAAAAAAAGAAACAUGGAGUAUGCGAGUCAGUGGGCUCUGGAAGUGUUUGAAAAAGAAGAGGGAGAAGAGCGUGGGUGGUUUCAGGAAGGAGAUACAAAAGAAAAACGACAAAAAGAGAGGGAGGGCGGCGGGAAAAAUGAGAGCGAGCAACAGGGAAGAGAGCGAGAGCGGUGUUUUUCCCCGCCUCAGCUUCUUGGAAAGCUGCCUGUUGGAUGAUAGGAUUAAAGAGUCUUUUAAUGUGACCUCUGAGCUCUUUUUUUCGUAUUAACACGCAGCCUCCCUCCCCUUGGAGAAAGGUCACUCCAAACACAAUGUCCGCCAUGUAAAGCACGUCAGUGUUCGCCUAUAAAAGGAGUCAAAGUGGAGGCAAAAGGUGCUUUAGGGUUUGGUUGACAAAAUAUGCACUUGUAGCAGUUUUUAAGCCAAGUGUGCUGCAGCACGUUCAUGACGUUGAGCAUUACACAGCAUCAGCCGACCCUGCAUUAUCCUAAAUCAUGCAUUUUGCAGCAUCACCUUAUCCUGCAUUCCUAGAAUCACUUAAUCUUGAAUUCCUAGCAGCACCUUAUCCUGCAUUAUCCAGCAUGAUCCCAGAUCCUUAAAUAUCCCAGCUUGAUCAGUGGCCCAGUGAUGCAAAAUCCCAUUAUAAUGAGCACAAUGACCGAAUACCUGGAUGUUGUCUAGUAACUGGUUGUUUAGACGUGGUGUUGAGUUCAGGUGCCUCACUUUGACAGUACUUGGGUUUCAUACUGCUCCAAUAUUUCACGUCUGCAGAGCUAUGGGCUGCAGUUUUUUGGACUCGAGACUUUUGAUGUUGCAACUUGGUGAGGUUUACAAUUAAGACAUUAAAAGUGGAUAUGUGAACACCCAACAAUGCUAUCCGAUAAACAAUGCUCAAAGUCUUAGAGCCGUAGUGCCAUGAAUGUGGUCCUGAAUCUCAUGCUGAGAUGGAUGGUCUUUAGUUUAGAAGAUAACUCCUUGGGGUUUGUAUUUUGUGCAGAAAUGUUUUCAUGCAGUUUACUUUCCUUUGGACUUAGCCGCACACUUAAAAAAAUUUUUUUAAAUGUGAGAGACCUUAAACAUGACAACGAGCAAUUACAGAUAAAAAACUUUCAUUUAUAUUAUACAGGAAGCAACAAUAUUUACGGGUGUCCAGUUUAACAUACUAGUGGCUCAGCUUUCAGUUUUAGUUCAUAUUGAAUCAAUAAAAAAAAAACUUUAUUUAUAUGGUAGGAACUUUCUUGUUGUCUACAUGUUCAUAUAGUAUUUUUCAGAUGCUACAGGAUGUAUCAAGAGAAAACUUAGUGCUAAAUUAUAUUUUUCAAGUAUUUCUGCAUUUAAAUCACUGCGAACCAAAUGGCAGGUUCAGACAGUGAGAUUUUCCACGUCACAAAUCCAAGCUCCGCCCCAGGAGCCCUGCAGGACAGACUCUGAGAAGUAGAGAGGACGAUCGCAAAACAAGCGUGUGCGUUAGAAGUUUGCAAUGCUCGUAAGAAAGCUCAUUAUAAUAUUAACUUUCAUCAUGUCCCCAAAGACAUUAGUGUCCAAACUUGGCUAAAAACUUCAUAGUCACAAUUUAAAGACCACUGAGAACACUUUCAAGUAAUAAAAAAACAAUCAGAGUGGGACUUUAAAGAAUUGGUGCAAACGCAACACAAAAAUAAACAGAUGUGACAAAAACGUAGGUAUGCAGCUUGCAAAAAAAAAAAUUAGCGGUAAGAAUGAGUUAGACUGAGAAUAUUCAUGAAUAAUUGUAUCAAUAAGUAUCAAAUCAAUCAAUAUCUGCUUUAAAGCGGGGUUAAUGAGUCUGAUAGAAGUUGGCACAAAGCUAACAGUAUCUGCGUCCUGAAGGUACGCAGCAGUCGUGGUUAUGGAGUGUGUUUGAAGCUGUUUGUAAUCCUUCACUUGUUACCGAUAUAGGGUGAAAAACUUUAUUCAUGGUAGUGGAUAACAUUUCUAAUAAGUCUAAUGGUAACACCAUAUUUCAAAUUAUCUUUGAGGAGCGCAGCAUGUGAAUUAAUAAAACAGUUUCUUGAUAAUAACUCAUCGUUGUUUGGCAGCAAUAGAGAUGAUGGAUAAAAUGUCAAGUCGGGUCGAGGCUUUGACUGAACUCUGGUGAUAUUAAAUUAAAUACCGGAGAGAUGUCACAUUUUCAGUCAAAUCUAAAGGAUCUGAGCUCUUUCAUUACUUACAUUUCAUCACAGGCUGACAUAUUCAGUCUCUACAAGCCUCCGUCUGUAUAACAUCCAGACUCAGACUUAUCAGAUUUAUUAUUUUAUGAACCGAUGUCGGUCACUGUUUGUCCUGACGGUGGUGUGUUUAAUCCUCAGUAUUCCCCCCGUACAAAAGGAUAUCUGAUUAUUAAAAACAAGCUCAAUAUUCAUCAUUUUAAAAUCAGUGCAGCCCUUUCAUUCAUCUUCGGAAAAGAUUAGUGGAGUAAAAUCACUCUGAACAUACGCUACACUGCUGGAAAAUCUGGCGAGAUAAUCUUAAAAACCAUCAGACAAUUGUGCCUUUGCAGACUCUUAUCAAGAAAGGGAAUCUUGCCAAAAUCUGCCAGAUUAUCUUGUAUUGUGUAACACGCCUCAUCAGACAAAUCUGACAGUUUAGCACAUGCAAAACUGAUAAUAGAUUGGUAUCUACAUGAUCAUAUUAUGAAGCAGAGGGCCACAGACCGAGCUCGGCAAGCUGUUAGUGAAAGAAAAAGUGAUGCAUUUUAAUCCAUCAGCUCACUUCAGCUCUUGAUACGACAUGACAGUAAGCCCCGGCAUCGAGUGUGUCCUGACAGACACCAAAGAGUUACUCGGCUCGCUGUGUGCGGCCGCGCCUCCGCUGCUAAAGGCUUAGAGAGGAAAGUGCAAUGUUCAAGCAUGGCAGAAGAUAACAGGGAAGAUGGGGAGACUGAAGUCUUCAGUUUCUGUGCCAAUAAAGUAUUCAACGCUGCUGGAACCAGAGCAGAGAUUGCUGAAGGACUUGUUGGCAGUCUGUCUGCGUCAACAAUAAAAGUCAGGGAAGAAAUAGGGAGAUUUUGCACCAUUUCAGAGUGAAUCUUUUCAUGCCCUCUUUUUACUCGGAUGCAGAUGCUGCUCUAAAUUAGAGCACUUGAUGUUAAAUAUGAUUAAAGUGAAAUACAUUUCAUCUCUACGUUUUAAACUGUAAACUUUAAUCUGAAGCAGACCUGAGGAGUUGACUUAGGUAACUUUCACACUCGCCUCGUUUGGACUGGACUUAAGGAUUGGUCUGGUUCGAAGUGAACCAUGGUCUAGUUUGCUUCAGGUGAGAAAGUAACUGGACUUCCCACUGAGCAAUAGACGUCUAGUUUUUUAGACCUAAUUUCAACCGUCUAGAUUCUGUGUAUUUUUAGACUGAAUUUAGUCGUUGCAGUUUAACCCAUUAUAAAAUAACUAUUUAUUUCAAAAACCAACUGUGAGUUGCAUAACUGAUCUCCAAGUACUUAACCAAAAUAAUUAUGAUAGCCGUUGAGCAAUAUACAGUGUAGUAUAGUAUAGCUGGCUAAUCUAAACUUGGUCUAAAUUUAGACAUCUAAAACACUUUAAUUUUUAGAGCUGUGGUAGCCUGAUUUUAGACCAGACGUCUGGCCUACUUUUGGACAUCUUUCAGACCUGAAACCAAAACUGCUCAGUGGGUUUUAAUAGGACCAAAUACAGGAAGCAAAAUAAAACAGCAGUGCAUCAUGGGUUGAAGAUGGAUGUGUGUUACCAGCUAAGAGAGUAGAAGGCGGAGGGUCAGCGAGCGCUAGCUGACGUGUUAUAAUUUAUCACACCAAAACAUCAGAAACCACCGGCAAAAGGAUCGGUUACGUCAGGAAUCAAUACAACAGUCAUUAAUGAUUCACAUCUCAUCCCUAGGUCUUCUCGAAUUCACGUAACAUUGGAAACAUACUUCACUCAUCUUCUGUGUAUUAAAUAUACAGAAAACAUAUCAUAGACACCCAUAAGGGCCGCCCUCUCCUUCAGUAGCGUGUCCUCAGAAUCAUGUCAUGGUUAACAUCUCCAUCUGUCCUGGUUGCAGUACUGUAUCAAUAUGCUAUACAACAAUAGCCAAUGCUCCAUUGUUGAUGGAAAAAAAGUGUCAGAGGGUGAUUUUUCCCUCGCAAAUUUUCAGACCAAUAGCUGAACAACCUGUAGACCGCAUGUCGAGAGGGACAUUUUGACAAUAACAGUGUGAACACAGACUGGACCAAAACUUGAUUGCAAGCAACCUUCAAGUCUCCAAACUUUGCACAAACAUCACAGCAGGUGAUUCUUGAAAUCAUUCCGUCAAAGGACCAUUAUAAGCCAUCAAACGUCCAAUUUUUUUGACCCUUCAUUUCAAUCAUACCAAAUGAUUUCCAACUACAGGGUUAAUCCAAUCCAACUUGAGCAUGUCAGCAGUGGGGAAAAAAGCAAGCGGAGGGAAAGGUAAAGCAGCAAAGCACCAUGAGUGACAAGUAAUUUAAAAUCCAGUCCUUCAAAUUCUCAAGUAACUCCAACUUCUCAAGCUUCCUCUGCAGAGUUUAAGUAGUUUCUCGCCUCUUCAUCCUCAUGAAACUUUUCCCCCUCCAUUUUUCAAUGCACACACACAGAGAAAAGCAGCAUGUCCAUUUCUAUUCCAGCACAUAAAUAAGCAGGUUUUCCAGGUUUAUAGCGCCAUAACUUAAAUCACUGCUUACCUGCCAUCUGUCCAGUUUCCGUUGCUCGUCUCUUCCUUUGAACCAGAAAUCCUGGGAGGUUCGGAGAAUCCCAGCCGUCCAUGGAUUCAGUUUGGAGAUCUGCUUUUUCUGUUACUCAGUAUUAAAGCCCAAAAAAUGAGAUUUAAACAAUAAGGAAAUUCACUUUAAUGAGGUGUGCUGCCUGCAAACAGCAAGGCCACACUCAUGAGUUUAAAAUACUUCCUGGAGAAAGCCCAUUGCUGCAGACUAGGGUGAAAUUCAACAGACUAUCAAAGCUGCAGGAUCUCAUUAACAGCAGUCUUUCUAUUGAGGCGUUCAGUGUGGAAUAACUUUGUAAAGACGUCCUUGAGCUGGAGUUUAAGUUUGCAUAUGUAUGGAAAAUGAAGUUUUAACAAAAAGAAACCCAAUCAGCUCCCCCAUCAAAAGUCCCAUUUGGUACAGUCCAAAUGUUUGAACUAAGGGGCGUUCAUGAGCGCGUGUUCAUGAGAGCAUCUCCUUCAAACCAGGAAGUCGACCUUGGUAAGAACAUUAGCGCUGUCCCUUUUCUUUACACUUAGCAGAGUGCUCUGAAACAGACACACUUUGGUGAUGUUUUGCUUCAUGGAAAGAACUUUGUCUUUAGUGUGUGUGGAGAUGUUACAGGCCGAGUGUGCAGAGUUAUGUUGAAGCAGAACACAAACUGUCUCUUUGCAGCUCAGGAGAUUGAAAUGUCCACAUUGCCAAAGACAAAAACAUAGCUGAUGGUGCUGGAAUCAACGUUAAAAUCGAUGUUAGAUUUGAAGAUAUCAUAUAAUUCCUGUUUCCUUUUGCUUGAUCACUGGUGACCAGAUUCUCCUGUAGUAUGUGGCUAUCAUAAAAUACUCCAAAUUUGAAUUUUCAUUGACAUAUUAGCAUAAAAGCAUCAAACUACCGUCCUGUAUCCACCACAUGCUCUGAUUUCUUUACCCUUGUGUUGAUAAGUUGGAUGGUUUUAUUCUUGAUCCUCUUAGAAAUUGAAGGACUUGCACUCAUAUUUUUUGUGCUAGCAACCUUCUCGCACAUAAUAAUAAUAAUAACUGAGGAUAAUGAAGGAAUGAACACCACCAACAUGAUACAUGGUGGGAUUUGUGCAUAUGUCUGCAGGAUUCCUUACAUUCAGACUUCAGCCUUCAGUGUUGUAUCUUCACUUUGAGCUCAAUGUUUGAGGCUAUAUAAGCUUUUUUGAUAUUGCUAGUUCAAUAUGUAGCAUUAACACCCCUGUAUUGUUUCACCUUGAAAAUCACGUUUGUCUUGUUGUCUACAUGUUUAUAUGGCAUUUUUCUGAUGCUACAGGACAUAUCAUGAGAAAACUAAGUGCGAAAUUGCAUUUCUGAGUAUUUCUGCAUUUACCUCUGUCAGACCCAUAUGGCAGGUUCAGAUACAGUGAGAUUUCCUAGGUAGCAAAUCCAAGCUCCGCCUCUGGAGCCACACUAUGCAGACCAUACUCAGAGAAAUAGAGAGGACAAUCGUGGAACAAGCAUGUGCAUUAGCGGAUUGCAACGCUCAUAAGAAAGCUAAUUAUGAUAUUAACUUUCAUCAUGUCCCUAAAGACACUAGUGUCCAAGAGCUGAAUAGUUCCUAUGUUACCUGCCACUUCUGUCGCACCGGCAAUGUUUGGCUACAAGCUAGCGUGAAGAGCAGUGCUGUCUCGGCCCACGACUCAGAGGCGAAUUGCUAAUGAGCUACAGGAGCUCUGCAGAAGAAAGGUCCUUGAGAAUGACAAAAGUAACGAGAUUUUGGCUAAAAACUUCAUAAUCACAACUUAAAGACCACUGAGACCACUCUAGGUAGUGAAAAAACAAUCUGAGUGGGACUUUAUUGUGACUUUGCAGAAGUGUGAUGAUGAUGCCGAGUCACCCCACUGCUGUGUAUGCAUUAGGAGCAGGAAUAGAAGGGAUACGGGGGGAUAGAAUCACUGAGAGACAGCAGAGUAAGCAGGGCAGAACAGAACUGUGUGUGUUUGUGUUUGUGUAUUACUGCCAUGAUAGCAGAUGUGUUAUGGUGCUGUGACAGGUUUGCAUUAAGAAAAGGGCAUGUACGAUUAGAGAUUACUUGAUAUUCUCUUACUAAACCAUCUGAAGACAGGUGCUCACUGCAGAUGAACAAUGAUUCUCUUUUUUGCACCGAUUUUCUCUUUGCUUCUUAACUCAAGAAAUUCGUCCACGGUAAAUUAGGAUGCAGCGUCACUCUUUGUUACACAGUAGGGUCAGGAGAGAAAACUGUGAUAUCAGGCUUGAAGAAAUUGAAAAAUUGCCGACUCAUUUCAUCAAAUUGUUGAGUCAUAAAGUUCCCUCCCAGAGGUGUUAAGUUAUCAGCAAUCAACACUAAUCUCUAUCUAUUCCUGCCAAUAAAAAAUAGGAUGGGAUUGUUUUUUUUUUUCUAUUAUUUUGAGGCAGACCAGCAGGCAGUCCUGUUCCCAUGCUGCCUGCUGGUUCGUCUGGAAGCGAUGAUUGUUGAAGCCCACACACACAUAUACACACACACAAACACACACACAGUCAUAUGGCUGAGUUAACUUGACAGAUUGUCAUCAGAAUACUGUGAUGGGACUCAAAAUCCCCUCCUCUCUCACCACAACACAAACACACACACAGAAUAAGAGUGCGUCACUGUGGGGGAGAUGAUUGACAGGCCUGGAGAAGGUGGUGGAGGCUAAUGCGAGUCCUGGACACCAAUCUGAACAGCACGGCGUCUGAUAAAAACUCAGAAACCAACUUUUAAUUCAAGAGCGUCUCUCUGUCAGCUCUUUGCUCGAGAAGCAGCCAUGUUAGUCUUGACUUUUGCAUAAAAAUACCUCCACAAACUGAACCUGGUUAUCAGGUCUGUUCAACUUUUCUUGUUUAAAUCAAACAAAGUUCUCAGCUUGAAUGGAAAACUCAAACUACGGCGGAGCAAUGACUCAUAACCGAUGUGAAAUAUUAAGCAGCAGCGAGAGAAAAAGAGCUAAAUUGUUCCUAUUCUGAAGGAGGAAUGAUUCACGGCACAUCAGAGUGCAUUUCACUUACAAGAGCUGAUUUUCUUUUAUUUGAACAGGCUAUUUAUUUCCCCACCAGCCCUCGGGAUUUUUUAACAGUCUCAAGCUGCAGCUAAUGAUUUUUGUUUUGUCUCGAUUAAAUAUGCCAUUGAUUUUUUUUUUAUUUUUUUUAUUCAUAAUCAAUAAAUCCUAAAUUAUGAAACGUCCGUAAUGAGUGGAACAUUUUAUCAGAAGCUUCCGGGGCUUAUUCAACAUGAAUUUUGUAACGCUAAUAACGAAGUGACCUUUUUUUCAUUUACUUUUCUAGUUUUAGUUUGGAGUUAAUUGAGACAUUUCUGUUGGAGGCAAUUUAAUGAAAAGUUCUGUCACUACUGGCCUGAAACUCUGCCUGUAUGUUGGUUCUUAGUUGUUGUACUUCCACUUCUUAUUCGCAAAAGCUGUUGCUUAGUGAUGCUCUGCUGCUCGGAUUACAAACAGCGUCUUGUACUGCUGCGUGGUUUUGGCGGUUUUCUGAUCUAGAAAAUAGACAUAAAGUUAUGUUCAGGCUGUGUCCAAAAAAACAGGCGGAUAACUGUCUGAAGCAGUGUGUAACUAGUGCAUGGUGGUGCAAGCUCUACUAGCAUAAGCCCCGCUUGGCAAUCCUGUUUGACCUUGUUUCUUUAAAGAGCUCGAAAAUCGGUCGCAUGGAAACAUCCUUCGUUAUUUCCCACUUUUAAGUCGACUCUUAUGCUGCGUUUGAGUUACUUUGGAAGUCAGAAGUCCGAGCUGGGAGUGACAUCACACCCAAGUUACCAGUGUUUCAGUUGCCAAGUCGGAUAAAAGCAAAAUCGGAGGGGGAAACAAGAUGGCUACAUUUACGAAAGUUAUUUUAGCGCUUGCCUCGUCCUUGCUUAUAUUCGAACAAGGCAAGCGCUAAAAUAACUUUCAUAGAUGUAGCCAUCUUGUUUCCGCCUCCGAUUUUGCUUUCCUCCAACUUAGCUGGUAACUCGGGUUACUAACCUGAAACUGGUCCAGUAGCUUUGCUGUCGCACUAGUCGAUACAGGUGCUACACUGAGAUUUAAAUGCAGAGCUGUGAGAGAUCUCCCAGAAUGCUUUGCAAAUCAUCAUCAGAACAUGAGACAAAAAAUACGUACUUCCCGGUAUAAUUGCUUUUAAUUUGCAAGGCUUCAAAUCAAUUUCUGACAUUAAAAAUAUACUGUAUACAAAAAAAAUAAAUAACUAAACGUACUCUCAGUCUAAUGACUUUUAAUUUGAAAGGCUUCGAAUCUACUUUGGAUGUUUAAAAACAAAAAUUAACUCCCGGUAUAUUUACUUUUAUUUUGAAAGGCUUCAAAUCAACUUUUGACCCACUCAGUGGAGGCGGGUCCUCACAGUGGAGAUCUGCAGCUAGACUGUCUUGGAAAACGCUAAUGCCUCAUAGCUGCGAAACAUGAGAAUCCUGCUUAUUGACAAAUUUCCAAUGAAAACCUAGCAGGGGGUAAAUGUAGCAUCUACAGAUAAUCACUCUUUCAGGACUUCAUUUACCAUCAUGCAUUGCUUUGACAGACAGUAAAGGGCAACAAUAUAACUGCCAGCACACAGUAAAUAUCUUUGAUAGUGUUUUUUAGUGAAUCUUUUUCAUAUGACUCUGCAAACACUCAAAAAGGAAAAGCAAAUGACAGAAUGAAAUCUACCCAAAGAUGCUCAUGUCUUGUGUCAUUAAAAACUGUUUUACACAAAGUUCUACAAAAGUCCAUCUGCCUCUAAAACCUUUGCUUUCAACACUUUAAAUUUGUGCCAGUGCACAAUCUGUAAAGUUUCUUCCCAAUUUCAGCUCUUCAACUGAUGCGGAUCCAUGAUUCAGUCCCUGGCUGUCUAUGAAUCUGGGUCUUGGUGGCUUGAGCCCUCUGGCUCUUCCUGCUCGCGUAAUGAAGUGUCUUUGAUCGAGACACUAAACCCUAAUUUACUCUCAAUGAGCAGAGCAGUGCUCUCAGGGCUUGGUAAUAAGAAAAUACGGCGAGGUUAGCGUGACUACAACCAGAGACAAAAGAGAUGACUGUGAAUGUUACCUAACUAAUUCAAGGUUGAAUGAAAUAUGUUGCUGUGCGUGUGAGGGAGGUGAUAUUUUUAAGUUGCUAUAGAAAUCGGAGGCCUGAAUGUGCUCGUUUGAAAGUGAGAAACAAAAGGAAACUGUUGAAAAAGAAGAAAAAAGCGGAGAUGGAUAAGCUGUAAAUCCUCACAUUUUAAAAGCCGCAGCUGGUGAAUGUUUGCCACCUUCCUUUGAUAAAUUAUUUAAAUGAUCAAUCCAUUUCUCCUCAAUCCACAAGUGAUUAAUGUACAAAUCAUUUCAACACAAAGGGAUUGUGUUGAAUGAUCCAUCUGUGUGAUGAAAUCUCUUCAAACACUUGAGAAUACAAGCAUCUGUGUCUGGCUGCCACAUGGAGCUGUUAAACUCUGAAGAAUUGUCAGGUUUAUGGUCGUCUCUCCCCGUCUGUUUGUUUGUGUCCUUAUCGGUGUGUUUGUGCUUUUCUUCAGGUGUUCGGGGGGCGUUGAGGUGAUGCAGGUCCCCCGGUCAUCCCAGUGGAGGAGCCAGCUAAUAAAGAGCGGCUUUGGCUGCUGAACACUCCCUCCUCCAUCCUCCACCAUCACCACCACCCCUCACCCCCUCACUCGCUCCCUCCAUCUCUGAUGGCUCUAUGGGGCGUCAUCAGCCUCAGCCUUCACUGCUGGGUGUGUUUACGGUCGGCGGUAACAGCAGCUGCAGCGGCAACAACCAGCCUCCCCAAUGACAAGCCCGGGGGCCCCCUGGAUUGGCUCCUGUCGGAUAAAGGGCCCUUCCAUCACUCCCCGGAGUACAUCGACUUUGUGGAGAAGAACCGGCAAGGCUUCUCCACCAGAUACAAGAUAUACAGGUGAGUCAGUCACUGUGUGCGGCUGUAAUGAUUGUAUAAAAACUUCCCAAAGGAAACAUAACACUGUCACCACAGGUCUGGUUGUGGGUAAACAAAGAUCAGGUUCAGGAUUUAUACGUCUACAUGCUGUAUUCAGAUUAGUACACUCUACAAAGUCUUGGUAUUCUGUUCUGCCACAGGCUGCAGACAAAGACACCAUCAUACACCUGCAUAUUGCUCAUGUUGUUGUCAUUUUCCGCCUCAUCCACCCUUCAGUUUUACUCCCGGUGCCCACAUUGUUAAAAUAAUGAAUGAACUUGAACCCACGUUAGCAGCUGUUGGUUUUGAAAUUGAGAACACCUUAGAGCUGCAAAAACCUUAUUCAUAAUGAACCUCAAUCCUGCAGGCACCAAAUACCUCAGUAUGAGACCAUUGACAAGCUCUCCAUCAUGCGCACUUCCCAUUGUGAUCAGCUUUUCCUAUUUAUUUAAAGAAAAUCCCGGCUGCCUUCGAACUAAUUUGGUGCUACUUUAAAGAGGCUUUGCUUUCACACCAACAUUGUUUAGUCUGGACUUCUAGACUCUUCUGUUUGGUCUGAUCCAAAAUAAUAGGUGUGAGUCCUUCCCUGGACCAUGGUCCGGAUCACACAGCCAGACCUUGGUGUGGCCAAAAGAGGGGAUAGUGUGGGCCUCGUGUGAAGACAUUAUUUUGAAAGGUUGAAAUGAUGCGAGGAGUAGAAGUGUCCGUUAUUUUGUUGACUGAAGAUUAUCCAAGAUCAGGGAAUUUGAUAAUAUUGUAGAUUAAGUUAUACCUCACUAUUGUCAUCUUAUCUUUUCAAGUCUUUUACUACAUACAUCUUCUCUCCAGAGUCCGUGUCUGCAUACAGGAUUGCCUCCUUUCUUCUCCUUUCCUGUCGACGAGGAUAAAGUUGUCGUCUAAUGAUAAAAUGCAUAAGACAAACUCAACUAGCCUCAUGUACAGCUCAUAAAGUUGUCGCUGUUUGAUAGUAUAAAAUCGACAGUUAUACGAUGGUGGGAAUGACGAUUUCAUUUGUGUUUACAACAUUGAAGACCCACGUUAUUCAACAUGUUGACGUCAGACACCCACCAGCCAAAUGACUAAUCAUUAUAAACUACAUAGACACACAAAGCACGUAGUUGAUGUUGAUAUCACGUAGGUUUGUAGGCACAAAAUUAUAGCAUGGUAUCAUCGGCGUAGAGGUGUUGCAGUCUGUCAAAGUUGUGUUAUCUUGAUUUAGAGGUCACUACAUUGAUUAUGAUGCAGUAUCGAUGCUAUGUUAGAAGAGUUUAUGGACAUAAGUAUGGUGAAGCUAUACAUGAUUUUAUAUCAUCCAUUCCCAUUAACACUCAGCUGUUGCUCAUUUAGACGUUUGAUGUCAUAUAACAUAUCUGGAAUUUUCCCACAAGCCCCCAUUUCACCCUCAUUACAUCACUGUUGUGGGAUUACAUAGUGCAUCGCAGCCUGCUAAUCAGGUGAAGUUGUAGAAAUGAUAAAUACACGGCGUGACGAGGGGGGAAUGAUCUCACAUGCGCUCAGGUCGAAUUGUCUCGCAGGCGUAAAUCUGAUGCAAUUUUGAGGGCAAGGGGAUUUCAAAGGCAUUUCAACAUGUGUGCGAUUAUGUUUGAUCACGGCGGUGUCGCAACUCCAUCCACAAAGGAUUUUUUAGAAGAGGUACAUUUGUUUUCUCCCCGCUUGCAUUUUUAUUGUAACAUCAAAAUGAUGUAAAGGAGAAAAUGAAACAUCACACAAACACACACACACACACAGACACACACACUGGCCAAUAUGUUUUCUGAAAAUCCUUCUCAUGGUUAUUUUGUAGGCAGACUGGAUUAUUGGCCCUGUGCUGUCAUGCUGAAAAGGUUUCUCGCUGCCAAUGUGCACAAGAUUUCUGGCACUUUCCUCGACAGAAUCAUGAUGUAUUUCAUGCAGACAUGUUGCUAUCAGCAGGCUCUACAUCACAUUGUGCCGCCUUCCAAACCCCCUCAGGGAGUCAACCGAUCAGGUGGUCAACUGAAAUAUGGUGAUGAACGCCGGAAAAAAUGAUGAUUUGUCGUGACAGAAACACAGUCUGAGGUAUCGGCAUGCAGCCGAAUUAACACCGACUGUGUCAUGAAUCAUAUCCUUCGUCAUUUAGGAGGAUGUUGUCCGGGCUCCUGGAAAUAGAUGGACAGGGCUCCUGACGUCUAUGGAUCGGUGCGAGGAUGCUUUAUGGCUUCGGCGUACGGGCUUUUUAAUAUUUCCUUCUCUGGCAAAAGGCAGCGAUCCGUUUGAGCCGAGCUGCACGAGCUACAAGAUUAAUAGUCUUAUCAUGUGGCCAAGUGAUUAGUGAGCUCUUAGUACUUAUUACUCUGCAUUAUCACAAAAUCCCCUGAGAGGGUUCUGUCAGCUGCAAGGUUGUGUUUGAGGCUCUUUAGAUUACCACAAUGCGGCGUUGAUUAAUAGUGAUGAUAUUAAAAGGAGAAACUAACCUAAAAAGUAAAUAGCCUGUAAAUCUUCCCAAAUUGAAAUUCUCUUGGAUUCGGUCCCAGUCGAGUCCAGAAAGGAGACUGACAAAGACAGGAGGGAUACAGCUGUGUGAGUAAGCUUUUCUUUCACUGUUUUGGCAAAUAAUUGCCCCCUUCAGUGCUUGUGUUGGUAGGGAUGAAAUGUGGUGAUGUUUUUGGGUGCACACACCUGCAGUUGGCUCAUGCACAAUUCAGCAGAGCUGUAGUUUUUCAUUUUUUUUUUCAAAGGAAAUGGGCUCGCUGCCACGCUCUCUCAUGAGGACAAAGUCACGCCAAGUCCCACAAAAUUCAAAAUUUCUUGCAUAAAGUGUAUUUCAACUUCACAGCUACCCCUGCUGGCAAUCACAGGCGCUUGAAUUUUCAAAUCAAGCUCUCGCUCUCAGGCACCGACAAGAAAGGGAAGUGAUAUUCCCAACACACUCCGGGAAAAGAAAUGGAAACACACUUCUCUGCUCAUUACUCCAGGCUGGAAUCGGGGCUUGUGUUUCCCUCCUGCAGACUAUUUCAUCCAGUUGAUUUAAAUUUGAAAAUUCUUAUUCGGCUAAAAUACCCAAUUCCCAAACUGAUAUUAUAUUUAUAGUUUCAUUUCAAGUAUAAUGAGUAUGCUAGACCUCUUAAAUGCUUCUGUAAAUGACCAACUCUCAGGGCAAGCUCUGGCUGGAUGAAAUCAAAAGUUUACAGUUUGCUGAAGUUUUUGAUUUAAAUGAGAAAUAUUCGAUUAAAAAAAGUCAGUCCAAAAGUUUCUUCUUGAUUUUUGAUGCUGCAGGGACAUCCAGUACCGUUUUUUACAGGGCAGUCAGGUUUGAUAACCAGCCCAGUUUGGGGAAAAGUUAAAAAAUGUUCAACUUUAAUUUUCUGAAGGAUAUAUUCUUGGAUUAAAAAAAGGUAUUAGCGGCCAAUCUAAGAAAACACUCGCUGUAUCUUCUCAGGCGUGUCCAGAUUACUUAUGUAAAUCAGUUACCAGCGUGUAUGUUUCCUGCCAGGCAGUUUGCAGUUCAAUAACCAGCAAUCAUACAAUAACACAAGAAGCAUUAUUGUCCUGGAAAUAAACUUAUGCACAGCUUGUUAGUUGUGUUUUGUUGGGGUGGAAUCAGAGAGUUUAACAGCUUUCUGACAAUGACGAUAAUCUUCGAUAAUCAAAACUGCUGCCAGACUCUGAAAAUCUGCUGGUUAAAAAAUUAAUGUCGGCACAAAUGGCGAGUUUGUCUCUGCUUAGAUGAUCAGAAACUCGGUUCAUUCAAAGCAUAAAGGGUCAGAAUUCACCACAGUGAAAAAAAUCUGCCAUUUUAUCUUCAACUCAGACUUUGUAUUCGUCUCAGUAAUGAAAGAUGUUCAUAAAAGUGCAAAUACAAACCGGUUUCUUGUUAGCAUAACUGGAUACAAACAUAUAGAUGCUGAGAGUCGGCAUAACAGAUGGACCUUCUAAGGCGCUACAUGUACAGUAUAUGCCUGUAUCUCUUUGUUGUAAAUGUACAUAUAUUAAAUGUAUUACAUUUAAUUACAGGGCUUGACACUAACUUUGUUCACAAGGAGCACAUAUUGGUCAAUUUAAGUACUAUUAUUUGAAAUCAAUUUUAGGUCUUUUGGUCACAUGACAUGCAAGCUAUUGAAGAAAAUGUUCCAAAUGUGCUUUUAAAUUUAACACAAAAAAAUUUUAGAGGACAAGUUAGAGAAAUAAAGAGGUGUGUCUUAUUGUCCGACGUAACAUGGAAGCUAUUAAAGGAAAACCGCCUUUUUUGAGAACGUCAACCUGUAACUUAUUGAUGGUCCCUUGAUGGUGACAGCGAGGGUGCCGAGUAGAUUUAACCGCACUGCUGUUGCUAUUCCCUAUCGUGGAGAGUGAGAAGACACUGGUAGAUCCACAGUGAAUGUCGAAUAUCCAACCUAAAACUAACUUCACCGCUGUAUUUACAUGAAAAAACAUUUGUUGCCUCAGCGGAUUUUCUUUAUAUGCACAUGUGCCCCUAAAUAGGUUUUAUAAUUCGCACACAUCUAUUUAUAGUCGCAAAUGUGAGUGAAAUGGUCACACUGUCGAGCCCUGAAUGAACAUAUCAUCACAUGUCUGAUAUUAUACUGUAGAUAUGUUUUUUUUAUUCCUUUUAUAUAGUAAUGUUUUCCAGAAUUAUACUACAUACAUUAUUUGCUUGUGACUUAAACUAUAGAGUAGUAGUGUUGAAUACUGUAAACAAAACCCCAUGUGGCCAAUUUUGCAUAAUAUAAGAAAAAAAUCAAUCUUCUUAAUUUCUUUUUAUUUAUGAUUAAAUCACAAAAAUGUUAUUUAAAGCUCCUGUGAGUAACUUUUGGGUUGUGUGAAUUAUGGCGCCCCCUGUGGACAAAGCAGUUUUUGCCUUUCUUGUCCUAUAAAAAGAUCAAUCUGAGAGUUAAAACUAUCCUUUAACUUGAAUAUAGUAUUUGGAAAACAUGUAAACAAGGUUGUUUUUUCAGCAGCUUCAGAUUUUCUGGUUUAGUUUUGUUUAUCAUAAAAAAGCAUUAACAUGAAUUUAGGUCAAUUUCUCAAAUGUCAAACAACACUCAAAUGAGCUUCAUGAAUCGUGAAAUCAUGAAUAUGUCGGACAUUUGCGCCGAAUUAAUGUCAAAUUUUAAUAAAGGAGUAUAAGGUCGAUCAAAUAGUUUGUUUAAGUGUGUUGUAUGGCUCAAUAUGUCCCUUUUUUAUAUGAAUUAUUGCCUUUUCAGUUGUGAGACACUCGUGGACUACAUAGCUUUCAUUCUAUAGUCAGUAAUUAGACUUUUAGUGGCCAUAUUUUAAACCUACAAGAUAUUUCAUUGAUCUUUAAGCCUUCAGGUUCGAGGAAAUUAGCUCAAGAUGGAAAGAAAUAAAGUCACAUUUAUAGAUGUUUUGUACCCAGGCACAAAGUUUACUAGAUUCAGACAUCGAUUCCUGUUAAAAACUCAACGACGAGUCACUGAACAGAGGAAAUAUCAGAAAAAGGUGCCGGUUUGUGAGGAAGCAUCACAUCCGUAAUGACUUCAAACAACGGGACUCUAAUAAAAACUGUAAUCAGUUUAUUCUGGAAGCACCCAGGACCCAACCACCCUUCGAGUUAACUUGAUCAGAAGCUGGCAGCUCAUGUUCAAUCAUGUUGGAUUUAAGAGCCACUUCAAGCAGCCUGAACAACAGCAGAUUUCCUGAACCCCAGGGGAGCCUGCAGGUGCUCUGAGGAGGGUUGAGGUGAGUGUUUUAGAUCAGACUCCCUCGGCUCUGCUUCUCAACGUCCCGCUGCUACACUCCAACUGAUCUUCUUUAUCUUAUCUCCACUCCUCAAAGUCCCUCAGAGAUUUUGGCAACUUCAAGUUCUUGCGGAAAGUAGGCUGUUGAAGAAGCUCUAAUAAAUAGCAUUUUUUUCCCCCCUAAUGACACAUUUUCUCAGCCACUACUAAAAAUAUCAAAAAAGAAACAGAGCUGGCCUCGCUCGUCUUUAUUUUUGAAGUCAUAAGAGACACGCCUUCAGACAGUAUUCCCCCCAUCAGCCCCUAUUAAUGGCUCAGUUUUACUUUCAUUCUCACUUUUAUUCAAUUUGUUAACGCCCCAGGCAACUGUGGAGGGCAAUUUCGCUCUCUUUAGUGGAGCUCUCUCACUUAAGUUGGAUUCGAUAAAGAUGAUAAAUGUGUAAAAAUAGGUGUAAUUUCACUAUAAAUGAAAGAAAGCCUUAUUAUAGUUUCCCUUUCUAUCCCCAUUUGAGAUAUUCAACAGCAUUAUAACAGCUGCGAAGGAUGGUGAGCAGUCUUAGCCCGUUCAUUGGUCUGUCAGCGUCGACGGUCCAGACUGAAAUAUCUCAACAAUUACGGAGCAGAUAGUCGUAAAAGUUUGUCGAAAUAUUCAUCGUGCCCAGAGGAAACAGGCUUCAGUGAUAUGCUGACUUUUCAACCAGAACUUUGUUUUUCUUUUCAGUCAAUUUCUUUGAAAAUAUUCAGAGGAAAUGCAAACUUACAGACAUUUAUACUCCUCAAAGAUCAGCUGAAAUCCCUUUACUCGCCAUAAAGCUCGCCAUUAAGAGAAAAAUACUUAAAAUUGUCUUGUACUUGUUUUAUUCCCUCCUUUAUCACACAUUUGGCCAUACUUUUUAAUAAGAUGUCUUUCAGAUACAUUUUCAGCACAUUUAUAUAAUUUCAAACUCGCAAAUUAAUAGAUAUAAUCAGUGCAGAUGCCAAUAAGGCGCACACAUCAGUCAUUUUUGAUCAUAUACUGGUUUAAAUUAGUUGAUUUGUGACAAUUGGGAGCUAGUUCAGGCAGGCAACUCAAUCAGAGAACGUAUCCUCCUGAUUAGUUGGUCUAUUUAAGCUACAACAUGUGAGCAGACUCUGCUAAGCCAGCACUCAAACUUUCAGCUGCACCACCUCCUCGAAUUCUCUAAAGUUUCGAGUAUUGUCUCAUCGCUCCUCAGUUUCUGUACAGAAAGUCGGUCUGUGAUGGGCGCUUACACCAAGCAUGAGCAAAAUCAUCUACACACGUAAUUCGAGUGAAUCUAGACGCAUGAGUGAACAGUAUUUACUCACUUUAUUUGCGCAUCAAUGGUAAUUUUAAGGGUAAUCCCUGCCAAUUCAACCCGCGGGAUCAAGUAAUAGACAAAGGUUUUUCUACAGUUUACCAGGUAAUCCGACCUCCUCACUCACUUGCCUCCAGGCGAGCUCCUUUUUAAUUGAAGGAAAAGGUAUCACAUAAUUCGGGGCACCCACACACUGACAUUAUCAGUUUGUCCUCCAUUUUAGAGACCAGUGAACAACCGUCCCUUUUCAUACCUUACCUGGUAACCUUUAUGCUGAUUAGUUAUCAUGACGUGAAUAUCCGCUCAAGUUGAGAGAUUUUCAGCUUCCGCCCAGUUCGCGUCAUUCGCCGCCAGAGUAGUACGAGCGUCUAAUCAUUCACGCAAAUGAUUUUACUCCUGGAGCCUGAGUGCCAAAGACAGACAGUUUACUGCUGCAAAAAGUUUUGACCAAAUUAACUGGAGUCGACAAUCACGACCAUCAUAUCUAACUCUAGACUGUUAAUCAUACCUGGAGAAAGGGAUGCUAUCUUUAUGACCUAUUUCUAUCCUCUUAAAUCAAGAAUAAAUGAUAAUAAUAAAUAAAAAGUCUAACUUUUGUAACUAAAGUUGUGACUUUUGGAGAAAAAAUGAUGCUCUGGAGAUGCUACUAAUGCUGUGAAAUAGGGACGUGCCAUCUUAGGCACCUCACGAUUUAAUUUGAUUAUGAUUUAGGAUGCAACAAUUUAAUUAUUUAACGAUUAUUAUGAUUAUAGUCUCUCUAUUGUUUUAUUUUUAUAAGACAAAAUGAUCCAACACUUUGUUUACAACAAAAACCACCUCUUAUUACAUUAAGUACUGUAUCUAUUAGCUUGCUCAGCUUUAAUCUGAACCAUUAUGAAGUAGUCAUAAUAACUUAACCUCAGUAAUAAUAAAGUAUUCAAUGAGCAGAAUAGCAUCCCACAACAAUCAAACAUUAUGCUAUCCACAACCAAAAGCAGCUUUAAAUCUCAAAGAGUUAAAGAUGAAUAGAAUGAGAAUACAAUGAAUUAAAUCCUUCAAACACUGGAUUUUAAAGUCAAGCUUGAACCUCACUCUCAGCGAGUUCGCUGCGCUAUGUUUGCAAACACUGUCCGUCCCGUGCUUCUUUUUCAACUCCAGCCAACUCCCUGUUGUUUCUGUAAUUCCACUAUCAUGAGAAAUAAUCGAUUUUUGAACAUUUUUAAAUCGUAAUCCAUCGCCACGUUUCCCAUUACGUUGCAUCAAAUACUCUAAGAUUUGGAUUUGCCAACCUCUACUGUGAAAUGAUUCCUAUCAACUGUUUUUAGGUUUUCUCUGAACAGAGUCACCAUAGGGCACCAAAACCAACACAAAGAGGGAGCUCAGGAUCAGAGAAGUAAUGUCAUAUUUUUGAUACAAGUGUUGGAGCACAGAUGGUUGUUUUGGUAAAUUUAGAGUCAUGAAAUAGCUUAUAUUCUUGGCUGUGCUCUCUUUUUAUGAGGGCGGCUGUCACUCAGAUCCCACAAUCGAGUCUGUGUUGAUCUGUUUACAGUCCUCUUCUUUAGCGGAGAGGUUGUUUGUCUAUUGUAGAGAAGAAAAAAAAGGACAGAGGUGGUUGAAAGUGACUGUGUUACUGCCUGGUCUGGCCCUCCUCAUUGGUAGUCUGAAUCUCUCUUAAAUCUUAAUAAAAGCUCCAUUACAGAAGAAGAUGGAUCACCAGGAGCGGUGCUCUAAGUUUCCUCAGCAACCGUGGAGUAAUAAUUCCACAUCAAGCUGUCCCUCCUCUCUGUUUGUCUCCUCUCGCUGAUUGAAUUUGAAAAGAAUCAUGGAGGGUUUGUUUUUUCGUGGAUGUCAGUGUGAGUGUAUUUUGGCGGAUCACUGGAGAGCGAACCCAUCGCUUCCAAUGCAAACACAAUGUGGGCCUUCCGCCGCAGCCACCUGUCCACGAGAAGCACUGCCAAGGGAGAGCUGCCACAAUCACCAGGGUGAAGGCAGGACUGUUGACAUGGAUUUGGCUGUAUUCUAAACAUGCAUUUGGAUAAUGCAUGUGAUUAUCUUUAUGGGGUAAUACUGCAUUGCAAAAUACAUUGAUCUCAAAACUUUAUCAUACCAAUUAAAAAUGAUCGCGGUGAUUCAUCCGCAGGGUUAGACGCCAACAAACGACAAAAUACAGACAAUCAGACAUUUCACCAAAUCGGAUGAAAUGUUCGUGUAUCUGCUGCAUCAUUUAUAGAAACAAACGAUUGGUACACAAAAACAGUAGCUGCUCAUUGUAAGUACUUUAUAUGUGUGAGAUAAGAUCCACUCUGGGGAUUGUUGGGACCAAUUUUAAGGUUGGACCUCCUCCAAAGGGUCACAGGAUAAAUCUGGAGGUUGUGAGAUGAUUAAUGACGAAGGGAAGAAGAGGAGUUCUGCACCCAAAGUUUGUAUUCAUGUGCUUUACCUAACUUUUUCAGAGAAAUUGGAAAGUUUGACCUCUGCAUCCCCCCCAAAAUAUUCAUACUCUAUCGUCUCAGAAGAGGAGGGGUCAUUCUAACAAGACAGAAAUCAGAUUUAUGACAAAUGAGCUCAACUUAAUAGACUCUUUAAGAGUCAGAAGCCUAAUGGGUUGGUAACAACUGAUUGAGUCUUUAAUAUUGCUCUGAGUUGGAUCCUAUUUUUCUAUUUUUGUUAGUAAGUAAUGGGGCUUUCACAUCUACACCGUUUGAUCCAGACUUUUCUGUUUAGUCCAAACCAAACUAAAACCUCCCCAGGACUUUGGUCCAGACCAAACAGCCGGACCUUGGUCCCACCAAAAGAGGUGGUCUCGGUCCAGACUAAACUGAACCACAGUCUGGUUCAUGCCCAGUGUGAAAGCCUUAUUUUGAAAGGUUCUUUGCACCCAAAAAAAGGAUAUGACACAAGGAGUAGAAGUAUCCGUUAUCAUGUCCAAUAACUGUGAUGUUGUAAUGUUCAAUUCCCCCCUAUCCCGAGUCUGUCCGUUGUGUCCUUGGGCAAGACACUUAACCCACCUCGCUCCCUGUGUGAGUCCUCCACUGGUGUAUGAUUGUGAGUGUUGUGUGGUGGUGGUCGGAGAGUCUGUAGGCACAUACUGGCCGCCACAUUUCCGUCAGUCUGCCCCAUGACAGCUGCCAAGGUAGUUUACCUUGACUCGCAGGAUUACAUACUUUCUUUUACUUUCCUGUAGAUGUUGAUUAAGUUGAUCAAAUUCAACAGACUUCCUUGGACCAGCCUCACGUACAGCUCUUCAAAUUGUCGCUGUUGGACGUAGAAAAUCAAAAAUAGUACAAUGACGAUUUCAUCCAUGUUUGAGACCUGCGUUAUUUAACGUGUUGACGUCAGACGCCCACCGGCCAAAUGACCAAUCAAUGUUAACUACAGAGACACCCAAAGCACGUAGUUGAUGACGAUAACACGUAGGUUUGUAAUGUAAAUUCUUUUAGUCCGUUUGCAAUAAUGACAGUGUGAAACCUAAACAGACUGAACCAAAUGUGGACAAUGUCACAAAAACACCACAACUGUCAUACAUUGCAGGUUUACUCAUGUACAACUAAUAUGCAUUAUUCUGAUUUGCAUUGGGGUGGAAGUUCAUAAUCUGAUUUAGACAAACUGUUUUUUUCGCCAUGUGCCAAAACCCUCAAAGUUGGACUGAUACACAUGUUUUCUCUGUCAUGACUCAAUUGAAGUGAAACUGGCUGAGGCAUAAGAGUCAAUGAACAGACUUAUUUCAAUCCAGAGUCAAACUGGUUCCUAUUUUUAAACCGUAUUUAAAUAAACCAGGUUAGAAGUGACGUGUUUGCCUCUCUCUGUUGAUGUACACCUUUCAGAGCAGCAUACAUAAAAACACUUCAAAGUUACAGAGGAUUAUUUGAUCCACUCUAUGACUGUCUAUGUUGUCUGAAGCGGCCCUCUUUAAAUUCAGAGAAAACACAAACAACUUUGAAAACUUUGCCGCGAUAGCAUCCGAAGAGUCGAGCUGAUGUGCUGAACCGAUGUGGCUUUUGCAAACAGGAGCAAUGAAAUUGAUAAUAAUAAUAACUUAGCUGCUUGUUGGGAGGAUUGCGGCUCCCUAAAAUCAACUCUAUGGUGAAACCCAUUUCAUUUCCUCCUCUCCCCGCAGGAUGAACCAUUUGGCCUGUAGGGGUUUAAGAUAAGGCCGGGCUAGCUUAUCACAGUCAACGAUAACUGAGGAAACGAACGACAGCGGGGAUUUGCGAAUACUCUUUCUGUACCUGCUCCUCCUCUCCCUCCCUCCCUCCCUCUCUGGCUGUGUAUUCCUCUCUUUUUUUUUUCUUCCACUGAACGUGCUGCAGCUUUGAACUAGUGCUUUCACGCUGCAAAGUGGAACUCAAGAGACAUGGUGUCCCAUUUGAAGAGGUCAUUUAUUUGUAUGGCAUGAAAUGAGCUGAAGAUUAAUAGCUACACUAGAUGUAUCUGAGCCAGAGAUUAGUCAAAGCCUUUGUCUGAAUACUACAGUGUCAGCAAAAAGGUCAUCGGGAUACAACAUAUCCAUUUAACAUCAUUAUGUUUAUUUUACACACUCUGCCUCCAGUUUCUGCUUAACGCUGUGUGAAAAAAAAUGCCUGUUUUCUUGUUUUGUGACUGAAAUUGAAAUCGAUACGCGCUCCGAAUGUUUCGCUCUUAACUUUGUGUGCAUCGGUUUGAAUUGGAGACGGAUUCACGCUCCGUAUCAUUCAAACAUCUGGGUGUUGGAGCUUUCCUCAUUACUCCUGCUUUAAUGUGAUAUAUACCCUUUCAAAAGGCCACACUCCCUCCAUCUAUCAUCAGCCGCCAAGGUUGCCCAACCCCGUUCUGAUUACAGCAGUCAAACUUUUAUUAUGGAGGGGGGGAAAGUGCAACGUUUGACGGAUCAGACACGCAGCUGACACGCUUUACUGACUGUUUAUUCCUUCUCCUAGAAUGAAAAUACUCGUAUUCAUGUCAUACUGGUUUUUACAGGGGAACAUUGGGGUUAAAACCCGUUUGUGCCCAAUUUUUCUCAAUGUUUGUGCACAAAAUCAUGUUAAGUGAGUCUGAAAUAAACAUUUCCUUUACUUUCUGUUUUCUUUGUAAGAUCCCUUCACUUCAUUUUCCACUAUAAGAGUGAAAGACAGUUGUACGGAAGAGGAUGAGGGCAACUGGAAAACAAAAAAAUAAAAGGUCCAAUAUAAGUUUUUGAAUAAUUAUUCUGAGAUUAGGGUCACAAUUCUGUGUUCAAGGUUAGAAUUCUUAGAAAGAGAUGGAAAUCUGAGAUUAAAGUCAGAAUUCUAAGAAAAAUCUGGAUUCUGAGAUUUAGGUACAAAAUUUAGGAAAAAGUUGAAAUUCUGAGAUUGAGGUCAGAAUUCUGAUGUUAAAGGUGAAAUUCUGAGAAAGAGUCAGAAUUCUGAGAUUAAAACCAGAAUUCUGGGAUUAGGGUCUGAAAUCUGAGAUUACAUUUGAAGUUCUGAGAAAGAGUCAAAAUUCUAAGAAAAAGUCAUAAUUCUGAGAUUGAGGUCAAAAUUUUGAGAAAAAGUCGAAUUUCUGAGAUAAAAAAAAACAGAAUUCUGAGAAAAAGUCUGAGAUUUAGGUCAGAAUCCUGAGAUUAAGAUCAGAAUUCUGAGAUUAAGGUGGGAAUUCUGAGAUUUAGGUCAGAAUUCUGAGAUUUAGGUUGGAAUUCUGAGAAAGAGUCAGAAUUCUGAGAUCAAAGUCAGAAUUCUGAGAUUAAGGUCACAAUUCUGACCAUUUUCCUCAGAAAAAGAAAAAUUAUAUGGGAACUUUUUUUCUUUUUCUCCCAGUGGCUCUUAUCUUCUACCGUACAGUUGAAUAGUUGAAUGUUUUUCAAUUGAAUUCUCCUCGUUUAGAAAUACUUUUUUGAUAAUAAAAAAGUGUGAGAACAAUAUAAUUAUCUUUUUUAAUUCAAGAAAUUUUCAAGAAAUUAAACUAAGACAGGUUAAUUUGUUUCCCCAGUUGUACAUAAAAGUGCUUGAAGGCGUCUAACUUUGGUUCUUAUUAAGUUAAGAGCAAUAAAUCUAUAAAAAGAAAAACACAGUUAUGAUGAAGUUAAUCGUAAAUUCCAUUUAACAACAGUGCAGGGAAAUGAGUUUGGUCUUCUCUUCUUUAUUCCCACUAUAAUACAAGAGAGUCGACUCUCAGUGUCACAUUUUUUGUGGAAGUAACACAAUCUAAAGUAGUAAUGAGGAACACAUCUGAAUGUUUUUGUCAUGAUAGGUUCUGGUUAGUUUAGUUUGUUUCUUGGUUUUGUAAUUUCGUUUGAUUUUCUGUGUUUUUCUGCUUCCCUGUGUUCAUUAUUUUUAUGUUCCUGUUGUUCUUGUUUUGCACAGUUUGGUUUCUUGGUUCAGUUUUCCGUGUUUUCCGUCUUAGUUCUUGUUUCCUGUUUUUGUUUGACCUCCUCCGUUGUCCCUCCUUUGUUGAUUACUCACACCACGAGUCUCACCUGUGUCUUGUUUGUCUCACCUGUUCGUAUAAAGUCCCUAUCUUCUCCUCCUUCUUGGUUGGUUUAUUGUCCUUGUUUUUUUUUCAUGUUUCUGGUGUUUUUGGUUUUGCAGUUUCCUUAGAUUUGGAUUUUGGUUAAACUUUGUAAGUUUAUGUUUUGUUUGUUGAAACUCGACUCUGUGGCAGAAUUAACCAACUUAGAAGGAGAGGAAGACAAGAGCAAGAGACUCAAGAGUCAUAAACAAAGACGGGGAAAUGAGGAAAUUAAACUAGACUACUACAAAAUAACACAGUAAACACUGAAAACUGAACAAAGAGACCAAGCAAUGAAAAACAAGAACAACAGGAACAUGAAAAUAAUGAACACAAGGGAAAAAAACACUACUAAAGAAAGAGUUACUUACAAACUACAAACAAACUAAACUUACAAGAACCUACUGUGACAAAAUUAGCCUUUUAUAUUAACAGAGGAGCAGGUCCUCUUUACACAGGCUGCCAUCUUGCAAAAUCAUGUUUCUGUCAUGUAAUCACUUACAAAUGAUUGCAACCACUGUCAAUAUUUUAAUGGCUUGUGAACUUGAUGAUAUUGACUUUGAGGGUAACCUUAAUGUCUGUCGAGAAUAAAUAAAGGUUACAAAACAACAACAAAAAAAAGUUUUUUCAAGAAAUGAAAUGAUCAGAAUUGUGCUGAAAAUAGGCAUACAGCAACACCAUGAGUUCGUAGUAGUGUCCUUGCCUUGCGUCUUUAAACAAAGGAUAGAUGAAGGUAAAGUGGUUAAUUGCUAACAAGCUCACUGCAGCAUUUUGAGGAACAGUUAAACACAAAAACGACAUUAAAGCUUGUUUCUUUUCAGGUUACUCAUCAGGCGAACAUUCACACUCUCAAAUAAAGAUGAAUUAUGAAUCUGAGGGAAGCCAAAGCUUGAUUGGUUGUGUCUUGUGUGAGAAGAUACACAGUGUCAACAAAAUCAUCAUUAUUUUACAAAAACUACCUUUACUUUGGAGGGUUCGCCAUCACUGCGCCCUUGAUAAAGUGGAAUACAAACUUAAAAAUGUUGCGUAACAGACUGAAAAUGAAAAAGUAAUUUCUUAGGUGUCUGUGCAGAUAGUUUUGAAAUGUGAAAUAUGUAUAUACUACCUGAAAAUGUAUUUAUGAGAGGAAAAUGACAGUCAUGCUUUUCAGCAGCACUCGCUAAAGUGGUUUUAACGCUCACAAAGAAAAAUGUUUUGUUCCAUUUCUUUCCAAAAAGCAUCAGGAUGCGGCUUUCCAAAUAACCUUUAAAACACACAGCGCUGUGCAGAGAAGCAGAAGGCUCUCUGAGGAAAUAUUUCCCCUGCUUUUCCUCUUAUAUAAGCAUGAUUAUGUGAGUAAAUUGGGGGCAGUGCCAGGCGGACUGCAAAAAAAAAAAAAAAAGAGAGAAUUGGCAACCAACUCCUGUAGCCUUCCCUGAGAAAUUUCAAAGUAAUCACAACCGAUCUAUUAUAAUUACAGCUGCGAUAUCUGUGUGUGACUUCAUAACUGUCUCUUUAUACAUUCAUUACCAUGCAGAUUGUGAUGGAAAGGAAAAGCGCUCUCAGAAAUAAACACACUCCCUCAGCUGGCCGUUUCUAUCAGACUGCUUUAAAACAUCAAAGAUCGACGCGCUCUUCAAACGCCGUCUUCGCUUUUCAAGUGGCUUUAAUUAGUCCCAGUUAAAGACGCUGAAAUAGGUUAGAUCUCUGUAGGUGGGUUUUAUCUGUGCUUCAUACAUCUCUCUACAUAAUGAUCAUAAACUAUUACCAGCCCACACAUAUCGAACAUACGCUGCUUUUUUAUACUUGUGACUAGUUUUCUCUGGCUCCAGCUGAAAAGGUAGAACUGCCCCGCUGAUCUUUUAAUAAGCUUUAUUUAGAGAUGGAAAUAUCACCGCCUUUAAACAAGAUAAACACAGUGAGUGUACACUUGUUUUGGAUCAGACAAAAGCUGCACACUUCAUGCGAAGGUGAAGUUGCAUCCUCCUGACUGAGGUGGAGGAAAAGGAUGUGCAGCUAGCAUUAUUAUCGAGUCUCUUUUAACGGCGCCUCUUCUCAAUUUCUUAGAGGUCGCGUCCUUCCCCUUCUUUGUCUGUCGGCUUCACUGAAUUCUGAAAAGAAGAAGUGAAUCAAAGUGCCUCUGAAUGCAUUAUAGAGAGCUGACGGUAUUUUGCAGCCACACAUGAAUUUUGCAGCUUCGUAUUAAUUUUUUAUUUUCACGCCUCUGCUUUGCAUCGAAUGCUACGGACAUCUACAUGUUGGGAGGAGAAAAACGAACAUGAUUCACGUCCUUGAACGCCCCAAACUUUUUACUUAUUUCUUUCCAACAUUGAAUAUUUACACUGCAUUGUAACAAAAGCUCAUUGUACUUGUCACUAAUUGUAAAGUGAUUCACUCGCCAGUAUUUGUGUGGGUGUGCCAGAUUUGAUGGAAAAGUUUCUCCAUGGAAACAGCAGAAAAAAAAAGGAUAUUUAGGACACUCGUUAAAUCACAAAUAAUCUGUUAUUGUCCUCAAAAACUUAGAGAAUAACUCAAACUAUUCAGAACAUUUUUAUUAUAACUAUUUAAGUCCAUCUGAAGAAAAUCAUGACAUACUGAUAAGGUGUGUUAUAACAAACAGGGGCGUAUCUAGACUUCCUGACUGGGGUGGCCCAGCUGGUAUCACAUAUUUUAUUAAAAAUUAACCAAAAAUAGAUAAUCAAAAUAAAAUAAACAAAGUCAGACUAAUUUAAAUUGAACUAAAAUCAAAAAAGGCAAUAAAUAAAUGAAUAAAAGAAUAAAAGCCAGGAAAAACAUUAAAAUUAUUAUUCUUGUGCAGUGGACACUCUCAGUUUGUUCUGUUUCUGAGGUUGUGUCCUAAACUGUGUCACUUCUCAGGGGUAUCAUUCUGCAAAGGACUCCGUAUAUAAAGGACCCAGACUGCUUUGACCCCUUAGACCAGACAUGUGCAUUUUAUGUCCCAAGGGCCACAUCCGGUCCUUUAGAUGUCCCUGCCCGGCCCUUCGAGAGGUCCGUCAAUCAAAUCAUCAACAUGCUAUACAAGUGUGUUGCUUUUAUUUUGAAAACCUAGCUGUUGUUUUAUUUCCGUUUGGAUGCACAUGCGCACAUCAUCGAUCUGCAUUCCUGAACAGAGACGAGUUUAAACAUCAUCAAAAUAUUCGUAGACGUCUUAUAGUCGCCAAAUUCACUUAUUAUAAAAAACUUUAGGCUUGUUUUUCUCAUAAGUCACUUGUAAAACUCGUGAGUCGCAGCUUUUUUGGGCUUGCUUUUCUGUAUGUGGGACCAGGCUCACAGAAGUUUCCAGCAUAUCUGGAUCAUGUAUGUAUCUGGUUUCCUCUUUGCACGGAGCUUCUUUAAUUUGCAUUCAUGCGGUGAUUUUCACUACAGAGCUGUCUCUGUUUACAAUGCAGUACCACCUGGGAACCCAAUAUCAUCACCAUAGAGUCCUGAGUCUUGAUCCUGUCCUUUUCAUGCAUUUUUCUAAACCUUUUAAAGACUUUGGAUGUUGCAAAAAUUCUGGUCUUUCUGUUGUUUUGGUCUGUCUGGUUUGCACAUUGCAAAAUACCAUCAUGUUGUUCACAUAUUUAAAGACUCUAAACUCAGAGCAGAAUCACAGAUGUGGAACUUCAGAUCUAAAUUCCCACAUUUCUCCACAGCAGACUUUCUCUACUCUACAGCAGGCUGUUCUGACCCUGCAUUUUUGAUCUUGUGCUUCCUCAGUCAUACAGAGUUUGGCCGUUGGUUCUUUCAUCCAAUUUAUUACGACAGCAGGUUAGCAGCGGUCAGAAGCCCGACCCGCUCAGGGCGAAUGAAAACCCUGUAAUCCAAAUUAGCUGAUUUUUUUUUUUCUUAAGGAGGUGCUAAAGUGAAAAUCUUGCAGCUCGCAGAAUGUGGGCCUGUAAGCGAGCACGUCCUGAUCAUUUUAUGUGUGUGUGUGCUUGCAAGCUUGCAUUUAUGGACAUGUGGAGUUUCCUGUUGGCAGGAAAGAGAGACACAAAAGGGCAGUCAUGACAGCUUCACAAGUUUUUAAUGUUGCUGUUGGGAUCUUCUGUUACCAUGUUAUUAGUAACAUGCAUACAGGUGCUAUAAUAAGAGUGAUUCUAGAGUUUUAUGUCUGUUCGGGGGAACUGCAGCGUCUAGUUGUUGCUCCCAUCUUGUACCUCAGAGUGAUGAAACAAGAACUCCUGAAAAGUUUGAAUACCAUUCAUAUAUUAAAAUUAUCUCUAACUGCAUUUUAAUAUAGUGACACCAACUGGACAUUUUGUGCACAUACUGUUGCAUAUUUCUUGAUGUGUUAAAUAUUAUCCUAUCCCAAAAAUAGUACAAUAAGUACUGUGAAGCUCUCUUUUUACUCAGUGAUGAUUUUCGUUUUGGUCUUGUUUGCCUCGUCUCACAUUGCUGUGUCUUUGUUUGUUGUCUAUUGUCGGUGUGUUUCUUUAAACCAUUUUGGUGGGAUUCUUGUGCAAUGUGUGUAUGUGCAAUGUGUGUGGGUUUGUGUGACUGUGUCUUUGUUAGGUCUAGUAGUUUGUGUCAUCAGUUGGCAAGUGUAUUCGUGCGGCUUUUAGAGUCCAAGACAAAUUUCCUCAAGGGGACAAUAAAGCGUAUCGUUUCGUACUGCAAUAACACACCAGUGAUGUACUCCAGCGUGUAUUUGAACAGUUAAGCUAAAAAGUCAAGGUCAUAAAAAACAUUUUAAUGCAUUUAUUUGAUUUAUAACUCCAAAAAAUCAUCUUGCAAUGAUAAAAUGGGCUUUGAAAUGCAAAAUAAUGGGAUUUUACACAUGUACUUUCAAAAAAUUUACCUGUUUGGGAUUUGAAAGACAGAAAAUUCAAAGAUUACUUGUCUAAAAGUGAGAUCCCAAGAAGUUUAAGGUUAGUUCAAGGUUUUUUUUGUUUGUUUGUUUGUUUGUUUUCUCCCACCUACUGUUCGGUACUUUGAUCAGCAUAAGAUUAAACAUUAUUUUUCAUGUGUAACCAAUUAGUGUGAGAUUAUUUGGACUCAUCUCUACUACAAAAAGCAAUUGGAGAUUUACGUACAGUUUAUUAAAGAAGCAAUAUUACUAGGCUUUAUUCAACUGUACUUGGAUAUUUGUGCCAAAAAGACGAUUCAUCUUUUUUUAUAUCUUUAUCUUAUGGUGAUCAAAACUGAGACUAAACAGAACAUACUCUAGUUUGAGACAUGACACUCCAACUGAUUCUGUUCCUUAAUUAUUAUAUAUGAUUUUUUCACCAGAUGUAAUGUUUGUGAUUGUUUUAUGAGAGUAUAAAUUGCGCACUAUUGUUUUGUUUGUUUGAGUUUUCCACAAAUUUACAGCCUGUGUGCUUCAGGUGAAUAAAAAUCGUAAAAUCCAUCACUUUUUGCUCUCAACUGACUCGACUGAUCCGUUUCUCAUGUUUGAUUCAAGUUUCUGCUCCUGAAAAUGCUCCACAAGGAGCCGAAAAGAAAUGUGGUGGCAGGUUUCAGGUUUUGGUGUGAAUCUUGCUUCGAGGAUGCAUCAGGAGUGACAGUGCGCCGUUCGUGUGGAUUUUAAAAGAGUUAUUCAGCGCAGCCCUCCAAGAUGACUUUUUUGACUUUGUGGCGCGAUUCAGAAGACGGAUGCCGCGCUCACGUCUCUUCACAAAGCAAAGUAUUCCCCAAAAAAUGUGCACCUCUUCCCGAAAUGUCAGACAAACAGCCUAUGAAAGUCUACUUUUAAUUCACGCCGCGCCGUCUCUGUGAAGCUGAGUGUGAAGCUGCGGGUCACACAGAACGCUAAAGCAUUUGUGAAGGACACUCCGCUCAUGGCAAUCUUCCGCUAAACACCUUGAACUUUUACUUGCGGUAGAACUUUCCACACGAGUCAAAGCUCUGCUGAAUGCAAUAUCAGUUUAAAGAGCCGUGCUUUGGGCAAAUUUGCUCAAAGAGUGACUAGAAAGAAAAGCUCCCGGGGUGUGAGGUUGGUCUUUGUUGAUUGAACACCCGUAUCCUCUGGUUCCUUAAGUUUCGCUCUAGUCCAGCUUCCCUGAGCUGGCUUUGACAUUUCUAUUUUUCCCUCUUACAAUAAAUAUUUUCAUUUCCGCAUGAAAGUGGAGAGCCACGGUGGAUUUGAAGCUGUAAGGGGGAGAUAGCGGGAAGAAAGUCCUUCCUUUACAGUAUUCAAAGCUUUAUUAAAAUUCUGCUCUCCUCCUCCCGCUGCCCGAACCGGCACAGUGUAAUCAUUGUAAAGCUGUCAGAUGCAAUCAAAUAUGAACAUGUCCAAAUGUGUUAUGAUCCUGAUGCAUUAGGGAUUCCUAUAAACACGGAGAGUGAUAGUCGAGGUCAGACAUAUUAGUGGUAAAAGUGAGCGAGGUAGAAAGAGAAGAGAGAGAGUCUUUUAUUCGUGCUGCUUUCACCAUUUUCUGUCGGAGCAAUGAGGCUUCAGCUUGUUCCACCAUGCGCUUCAUUCAUUGUGAUGUAUAUCUCACUCAUGAUGGGGCUAUUAGGGAAAACAUCUGUCAGCUCCCUCAUAUAGGCACGUAUCUAUCCCACGUGACGAUCGCGGCUUCGAAAGAUGGAUUUUCGAUCAGUUCACAUACAAAUACGUGCCGUCUGUGUGGGCAUGGCAUGGCAGGAUCCCUGACAAAUUAAAUUCUCUUCUCUCCAUUUCUCUUUCGCUGUGUCUCUCCCUUUGAGCCAUUUAUUCCUCUUAGAAAGCCAAGGUUAGGCAAACUGAUAUUGCUGUACGAGAGCCAGAGCAGGUGAUUUGCAGGCCAACCUUCUCCUCCUCCUACUAUCUCGGGGCUCCAUAAACUUUGUUCAAGUUAUAAUUCUUUUUCUUUUCGUCUCAUUUUACUUUACCUGACUUCUGCGUUUUACGAUGUUAGCGCGUGUUGUCACCCGUAGAGAGUGUAGGCAUGUGGUGGGUGAAUAAAAUUUCAACAUUUCAGUGGGACAGUAAACUAAAUCAAAGGUUAUGGAUUCAGAUCAGAAAGUGCUUCAACACUGCAGUGAAAAAAUUGAAUUUCACAUCUUCUUCCUUUUCCUUUGACUCAUCUUCAUCCAGGUUUCUGAGAUCAUGCACAGAAAUGACCUAUUUGAUCUGUAGUCUGGCUUUAGUCGAGGCCACUCUACCGAAACCGCUCUACUGUCGGUAAUGGAGUUGCUGUGAUUGGAUAGAGCUGAUCAGUCCUGGGUUUCAUUUUUGUGGGAUACCUCUGACACACUCACUGAACUUAGUUUGUGUCCCACCUCACAGGGAGAUCAUUUAGAGUACCAUGGAGGGGCGAAGAAGUCCGAUUGACAUUACUUGUUAAUGGGGGUACCUCAAGGGUCAGUUCUUGGUCCUUUUCUCUAUAUACCAUCUCACUUGAGGCAAUCAUAAUACAAUAUGAUACAAUAUUCUAUGUGGAAAUUUGUCUUGGACAUUCUUAACUGUUUCCACAAUAGCACCAAUAAAUGAAUAGAUAAAUAGAACAAAGGACACUGCAGCAGAAAUCAUUACCCGCUCUCGUAUCGCUGCUAUGCCGAUGAUACCCAGCUCUUCCUGUCAUUCCCACCAGAUGACACAGCUGUGUAAACCCAGAUUUCAUCACAGCUCAGUCAUUUUAGCACCACCUACAGUUCAAACAGUCCAAAACUGAGCUUCUUGAGAUCCCAGUCAGGCCCUCCUUACAACCACAGAUCAAAAUGCAAACUCACGCCCAUUAGGUCUCUGCAGAAUCUGGGUGUCAUGAUUGAUGACCAUAAUGGUUCAUGUGGCAGUAAUACUGAGUCCUGCAGAUUUGUCUUCUUUAACAUCAGAAACAAAGCUCCUUGGACAGGCUCUUGUAAUAUCACACAUCGAUUUCUGCAACUCCUUACUGGCAAACAAGUCAAAUCCUCAACAGAUGAUCUGGAAUGCAACAGUUUGAUUGGUGUUUACCAACCAAAACAGCUCAUUCUGGCUUUCAUUUGCAGUUUGCAUCAGAUUUGAAACCCUGUCAGUCACUUAGAAAAGAGCGAGGUCUACAUCCCUCUCGUCUGCACUCUCUCAUGCUCUGUCAAUAAAAAGACACCUGUUACACUCAUCAGAACAGGGCCCUAGGCCACAGGCCAGACUCUUCUCCUGUCUUUUUCCUCAGGUAUUGGAACAAAUUAACCAACUCCACUCAGUCUGCAGAGUCUCUCUCUCUAUCCUUCGGUAAAAAAACAAAGAAUUAGUUUUUUGGGAGGAACACCUACGCACUCGAGCGAGACUCUUCUCCUCUGUAUUUCCCAGAGGUGGGAUGGGUUACCUAGUUACAUCUGAUUUGCAGAGUCCUUUUCCACACUUGAAGAAGUUUCAGACCGUGUUUAGGUGAUGAUGAUGGCGAGGCUAGAGAGACUCUGGGUGAUAGCUGAACUUAUUGUCAUUGCUGUGGGUGAUAAUGUUUGUAUUUACUUAUUUAACUUCUUCCUUUUAAGCCUCUCUCUACAUUCUGUGCAUUACCUCUACUGCCUCCGUCCGUCUUGACUUAAAGGACUUACUGGUGCUUACUGAAGCUGUGAAAUUAGGAAAUAAUCACAAACUCUUCAUCAAGAGUCCUGAAUCUUCGACAUGUGUUUAACGUUUUCUCCUCUGGUUUCUACAGGGAGUUUGGGAGAUGGAAGGUGAACAAUCUGGCAGUAGAGAGGAGGGAUUUCUUGGCGUCUCCGUUACCUCUGACCCCUGAGUUCAUCAGGAACAUUCGACUCCUGGGCCGCCGGCCCACCACCCAGAUGAUCACUGACAACCUGAUCAGGAAGUAUGGGACCCACUUCCUGCUGUCGGCUACACUGGGAGGUAAGCAACCCCUUUUACUACUAACACGAAGUUAGUAUUCAAACCAAACAUUGGCAAAUGGACUCCAAAAGCUGGUGUUUGUUUGUGAAGCUGUACGGCCCAAAAUUUUUCAUAUAUAACCUGGCAGACAGACUCAGCAGGUGUCCAAUUUUCAACAACAAAAAAAAGAACAGCCUUCAAUUAAAGUCAUCUGUGAAAAAAAGCAGAUUUCAGAUCCCAGGCUUUUUAUUUUUAAAUGUUUGCUGGAUGAAAUGGUUGAUAUUGUUUGCAGAUUUUUUGACUAUAUGAAUUAAGAUAAUAAGAGAGAAAUCUUUCAAAACGUCUGAAGUUUUUUGUUUGUUUUGACGGCCUUGGUUGAAAUUGAAUCCCCCAAUUUCCUAUGAUGCUAUGCUAAAUCUACGCCACAAUUAAGUUAGAGUCAUUUUAAAUAAACGUUGAACUUGCGGGCAUCAAGUUUUACUGAGUUCAAUGGCUCUGUUCUGGGAGCUCAAUGCCAAGCAAAGUCCUGAGGUGAAAAGAGAGCAGCAGCAAAGACCUGCAGGUACAAAACAGAGCGAGCAUCAGGAUCAAUGCAUAUUGCACCGGUAAUAUCAGACACUGCAUUUAGAGGCAGAGUGAGAAUAGUGACAGGUUGCAAAGGAGGAGGUGAUUUAAAUAGGAGGCCCAGUUCUGAUGUUUGCAAAUUACAUGCAUAGAAGGGAAUCAUAUGGGUUGGUGUAAGCAUAGACAUUCCAUGCAGGAGCGUAAUCCAACGUUGCUGCCACACUGAAUGGGCCUCCGCACGCUAGGAGCCAACAGAGAACGAGAACUAUGCCCGUAUUUCGUGCACCCUAUGGUUUAAAAAAUUGGUGCAGUAUUGAAACCAGAUCACAUGGGAUUUUCCUUCACAUUUAAGGUUAAAAAAUAGAAUAAUUUGAUUUUUUCCAAUAUUUGACAGUGUCCCGUAUCAGAGCUACAUCCCUGCCGCUUGUAAAAACAAAAAAAAUGGUGUGAAAAUCGAGUAAAAAUUCAUGAAGUUAUAAUUAAUAUUGUUGGACAUACAUGUCUUUCGCAUAGGGGACCCAUUCAAGAUGGUUGGCCAUGCUGAUAUAUCAGCUCCAAUAGGUGGUGUCAGUCUAUGAGGUAUCUAGUCUACGUAUACUAUUGCUGCAUUCCAGUUACCUCAGAAGUAGGAUGUCGGAGCUGGGAAUGACUUUGUUGACGGGGUUCCAGUAAACGCUAACGCCUACUGUUAGCCGUUGUUAGCGGUUGUUAGCCAUCGUUAGCCAUUGUCAGCUGUCGUUAGUUGUUGUUAGCUAUACCAGUUGUAAACAACACAUAACUUACAAACACCGUAGCACCGUGUUCACAGUUAAACGUUGGGCAGUACAACAUAUACCACUAAUUUAAUAUCACAACAACAAAACAGAAGUGCUAAUAAAUAAUACAUCAGGAGAGCUUUAACUGUUACUCUUUACUGCUGAUGCACUGCGCUGCCAUCUUGGAUUAUGACAUUGUCAUCAAGUCAGGGUUGUUGAGGAUCGUCCGACUUUCUGAGUUGGAAAUCUGACUUCACAAGGGUGUUCCAGAUAAUUUUUUGACUUGAAGCUCGGAAAUUCCUACUUUGGAGUACAACUACAUUGCAGCAAAUGUCUCUGGGAGUUGAUGCCUCACGGUUUGGACUGCCUAAACUAACACUAUGCAAAGUUAUUGCAAAAGAAAUUAAAGCUACAACACACGAGAUCCCACAGCAAGUUAAAAACGAUGUUGCGCACAGACACUAUUGUUUUUUGCACUCCUGCUUAUUAUCAUUAUGGUGCGCGGUAGCAUAAGGAGAAGUCUGCUGUAAGGAAUUACUCCUCUCUUACAUGAUAUAGAGUUUAGUUAAGUACACAAUUUGUGCUGAUAGAAGCUUUCAGAAUUUGCUCUCCAGGCUGUUGCAUAUGGAAAACAGAUGGACAUGACACAAUAACUCAGGCGCAGUAAGUAACUGAAUAAAACAUCACAGCUAAAUAAAAUACCACUGGCAGCACAGAAAUCGCCUUUCAGAGAUGAAUCAAUGCAUGUAAAAGCUUGUGUACUGUCAACCUGCCACUCCCGGUCACACUUAAACCUCUUUUUUUGGGAUUCAACGGCGUGAUGAAUGGACGAGCAUUAAUGGUUCCCCAAGCGAAGGAAAGAAGAAAGAAAAAAGAAACUUGUUUAAGAUGCCAGAGAGGGUUCAGGCAAGUAUUGCGAAGCAGAUUUGCUUUUACAGAGCAACACUUGUCAAUUACUUUGGAUCUGACUCCUGGUUUAGAAAAGGUCGCUAUUGUGAGUGGCUGCAUGUAAUGCAACCGUACCAGCUGCCUGAGCUGAUGCAGCCGCUCGCUCUGGCCCUCAGCCAGCACUUAGUGGUAUGAAGAGAGGAGAAUGAGGAGUUUGUCUUGGGCAGCUGCCAGAGAUAUGCCUCUGUGGUUCUGAAUGGAUUGCCUCUGUGUGCAGAAACAUAUGGACCUAAUGAAAUUAAUAAAUAGAUUGUGUUAUUAAGAGGGUGCCCUUCAGCUGCAGAGGAAGAAAAGGCAGUGGGCAGAGAAAUGGCCCUGAAGCAUUAACGCUGCAUUAUGAUGAGAAAUAUGAUGUGCAGUGUCUCGGGGACUCUUGAGCACAGUGUGAAACUCCUCAGCCGCUGCACUUAUGAAGUGCUGAUUGCUGUGAUCACUGGCUGCUAAGACAGGGUGAUGUGGCUUUUCUUAAUUGUGGUCAAGUGUCUCCAUGCCUCAGAGACACCUGUACGGCUGCUGCUGCUGCUGUUGUUCUCUUGACCACCUGGAAUCAGGUGUGUGUGUGUGUGUGUGUGUGUGUGUGUGUGUGUGUGUGUGUGUGUGUGUGUGUGUGUGUGUGUGUGUUUCUCUUGCGGUAGAGCAGCUGUUGGGUUUUGAAAUUACGGCUCAGAGCUUAAAGGGAAUAAUUUAAAACAAAAAAAAUAAAGUAUCAUGGGUCGUGUGUUGCUAUGAUACCCCUGAAAAUGAUGUAAACGCUCAAACUUUGUUGGCAGUAAUAUCAGGUUCAGAAAAAAAACUGAUGAAUGUUGAAUGUAGAGCUUUAUACUGAUGUUGUGGGGAUACACCAUUACCUGUAUAUGGAUCUAUACUUGGACAGAGAACCAGGAGGGGGCGUGGCUUACACUGGACGUCUUUUGUGCUUCUUGCGUCAAUAAAAAACAAACAACAAAAAAAAAAUCUAUCAUUUGUUUCUUCAUCUCUGUCUCCUCUCCUGCAGACACCUGGAUGUGACUCUGGGUGUAUCUGAUUAGGUGUUAAUGCAGGUGUUGCCUCUGAUUGGUUAAUCCAAAAAGAAUUGCUCCCUCUUGAUUGGGUAAAGACGAUCAUCACUGGUUUAAAUCUUAACUGCUCCUUCCCCUCUCUCGAUUGUGUGCUCUGACCUUCAGGUCUGGGUCUACUGUGGCCUGAAUCUUCUCAUAGAUGUUUGACAAACUGCUUUGCUUAUAAUCUAUUUGUUUUUAUGCCAUAUCGCUCAGCUGCUGUUUUCAUUGAUUUUAACAUGAGUGUGAAGAGUAGGGUCACAUAGGUUUUCCCUCGACCGGGGACAAAACAAAGCAAAAAAUAAAAAAAUAUGGUCUUCUGAGAGAUGCCACCACGGACCGUAGUGGAGGUGGACGUGCUUCUGUCAAUACUUCAGUUCUUGCCUCAGGCUUGUAAACUUGGACAAGGACAGUAGUCCAGUUAAAUCGAAUGAAGAUUCAGUUAAAGCUGAACUAAAACUAAAAGACAUGACUGGUUUCAUUGUCGGUGUGUUGCCCAGCGCCUGCGACUAGAGAGAUGAGGUCCUCAAUACCUGAUAAAUAAUUUGAAUUAUACGGAAUAAAUCAACCAACUUUCAGUCGGGAGUUAGAAAUUAGCACAUCCCACUUAAACAGAAAUUCCUUUGUUGUUUUACUUGCACACCAAGUGCAAGUAAAAUCAUUUGCGCGAAUGAAUUACAUGUUAAGUCAAUGCAAAGACGCGAUUAGACGCUUGUCCUACUCUGGUGGCACAAAUGAUGUGAGUUGGGCGGGAGCUGAAAAUGUCUCAACUUGAGCAAAAAUUAGCGUUGCGAUAACCAAUCAGCGCGAAGGUUGCCGGGUGACGUAUGACAACAGAUGGUUGUUAACUGGUAUCUAAAAUUGAGGAAAACUGAUCGUGUCGGUGCCAUGAAGUAUAUGAUACCUUUUCUUUAAAUUAUCAGAACCGGAAUAAAAAAUUGAACUCGCCACGGCUGCACUUUCCUCUCUUCUGAUGGUUGUGGGCUUUCCACCACAUAUAAACAGCAGCAAUCUUCUCGACAUAGUUCGUUUCUACCACGCUUGGAUUUCUGGUAUCCAUGGUGCCAGAAUCCAAGGAAUGAGGAAGUUAUUUAGAUAAUUUAGCAUCUAGAUUGAUGCCAAUUACAUCACAUUUUUUGGCGUUGCACCUGCAUCAAUAACACAAUCAUAUUUGAAUAAAAAAAAAAAUAAUAAUAAUAAUAUUGUUCCAAAUUUACAAUAUUAAAGUUUCUCCCUCAUUAUCAGUGAUAAAGAUGUUUACAUAGGAGUUAAUAUCUGACGGGUUUAAUGGAGGUGUGACUCAUAUUAGGAGAAGCUGAAGCCUUUUACUUUAUUCUGUAACAUUCAUUUAACUUGAGGCCUGUGAGGCACUUUUUUUGGUCAACCAAGAGGGAAAAAAGUCGUGAGAUUUCUCAGACCGGCUCUUGUGUGACAGGCUGUUCUUCUAGGGCUGAUCAAAAAACGUCCAAGAAAGGUGUUCUUUUAUUUUUUUUUUUCCAAUGACAAGCACAAAUUGUUAUAAAACCACCUGACGGGAUAACAAAAACAGGGAUUGCUGCAAAGAUGGAACUUUUUGUCGGGGUAAAAGCCUUUUUUUUAUUUUUUUUUUUAAACAUGAAACAGUGGCCUUUUUUUUGCUCUCUCUCCAAAGCCCCUGGACUCCAUUAGAAAAAAAAAAGUAAAAUAAAAAAAGUUGUUUUAUUUCAGAAUAGCGGGAGCUGAACUCGUUGACUGCUGCCUCCAUCUGUUGUUCGGUCGUCCCUUUGUAUUGUUUUUGGUCAGAGAAAACCUCUAAAAUCCAAGGUCACACAAAAAAUAGAGCACUCGGAGUCCGCUUUUGCUGCUGUCUGACACAUACUUUUUCCCCCGUCAUUUCAAAGAGUAUUGACAGCUCCUCUUAAAUGUUUAAAUCUAUUUUUUUUCUUCUUAUUGCAGGAGAAGAGGCCUUAACGAUAUUUGUGGAUAAGAGGAAACUGAGUAAGAAAGCAGAGGUGAGCGAUUACUCGGGGAACUCCUCCACCGUGACUCUGGAAGCUCUGCACCAGCUGGCGGCCUCCUACUUCAUCGACCGGGAGAGCACCCUGCGCAAGCUGCACCACAUCCAGAUCGCCUCCACUGCCAUCAAGGUAACACCGCCCUGUCUCUGCCGUCUGAAGGCACUUUUUCUUUUUCAUUCGAGACCUUAAUAAUGAAUAAAAUAUUGUAGCGAGGCAAAAAGGACAGAUUUAUUUACACCAGAAGUGGAAGAUGUUUGAAGAUUAUCAUUAAUGUUUCAAUUUUGCCAAAAUUUGAGGAUAGGAAAUUAAAUUCCACCUACUCUGGUAAUUUUCUGCUUUAUCUGGAACCAGUCCUGAGGCUUUGACAAGCUCUCAACUUUUUAUUUUAUUUUCAGGGAAUAUAAUUUACUUUUAAAAACAGAGAAAUAACACAUCUGUCAUCUCCUCUCGUAUUUUGUGAUGCAGAUUCUAAUACUUCACUAUUUUUUUUGCCUAAUGUUGUAGAAAAAUAUCUUUUAAAAAUGGAUUCUUGUUAUUUAAACCAAAAUAACUGAGGCCAAAGCCACAUAUUUCUCAGCAUUUUAAGCUUGUGUCUACCUGUAAUCCGAGUAUAAGAUGACUUGAAAUUGAGGUACUGAUGCACUUGCACGCUGCAGUUGCUGUUUGCAUGUAUUGCACAAACACUGAAAUACAGGCAACCAAUUAAACUCCUUAAUUAAAGGAAAAGCUAGCUUUACUUCAUCAUUAAACAGCAUACAUUUAAUAAUAUGAAUCAGCUGUAUUAUCACUCUAACCACCAGAUGAACAUUAAUAUACUGUAUAAAGGCCUCUGGUCAAGGAGACAUCAUGCCUUGUCAAAACCUGCAGCCGUGCCCUGCAGGGACGGGUUUUUAUUGCAGAUCUGACGUUAUCUUCAACCUGAAAAGACUCCCUCAGGCUCGGGGUUAAUGCACCAAUCAUCAGGGCAGAAUUUGAAUGUAAUAAGUGGUGAUUAUCUUCUCAAAUCCCACCAGUGUAGGUUGAAACGUUCUCCAACAAGAGAAAGAAAAGGUCUGUUCUUGAAUAUUAGAGGGUGAUUGACGUCUUCUGUGAAAACCUGCAAUCACAAACCAAACACCUCCUGCUCCGGUCUGCUUUGUUACAGAGAACCAGACUGGUGAUGUAAACAUAGUUUGCAUUAGGAAUAGGCAUGAUUAAUCAAUUAUCGAAUUACAUAAAAAUUUUGAUCAAUCGAACAUUAUUAAGAAAAGGUCUGAUAGCGUGCGUCCAUCCUCCAGCUGUUUUCCAGCUAAGAUCAACCUCUGCUGAUCAGGAGGGAUACCUUCUUUAUCCAGUCGGUGUGAGUGUGUGUUGAAGCAAUGAAGUGACUAUCAACAUGCAGAAUGAUUUUGACAUUUUACAAGGGGAGUGAUACAGCGUCAGAGGGCUUCCCUAGAAGUGGAAAAAAAACAUGAGGAAAGCAAAAAAUUGGACUAUUUUGAGCAGAAAAAUGAAGAGGUUUGCUGCAAACACUACAAUGCCGUGUCCAAGUAAAAGACGACAACGACCCAAGUGAUGUACCACUUGAAACACAUAAAUCCAACCAAGGUUAAUGGAUUCUCCAAGUGCUCUCAGGCCCCUUUCAUAUGUACCCAGUUAUUUUUAAAAACAGAGACAUUAACCAUCAUUUGCACCCUUCGUUUAGACGCAAACAGAGAAUUUGCCCCUGAAAACGAUGCUUUUGAAAAUGUCGUCCAGAGUGGAGAUUUUGGAAAUCUCCGUUUGCAUGUAAACAGAGAAAAACAGUGGAACAGGGACAGUGGCUGUUUUGGAUGACCUGUCCCUGGCUAAAGUUGUGCCCGAUUUUAGCGUUUCAUGAAUAAGUAAAAACAACGGUUACUAUGGUAGCCAGGCAGGUAGGAAGUGCAAGUAAGCAUGUAGCGCACUAUCUGGAGGGUGUAUUUCAAUGAGGAAAAGCAUGGUUUUUGUGUUUUUUUCUGCCAUUAACAUGAAAAAAAAAACAAUCAACUUGAUGAUUGAUCGCUCAUUUACAUGGUUAAUUGAUCUAGGGACUGUCUUCAAAUGCUCAGUAAUGCACUGAGUACUUUUACAUGACACUGAAGAUAACCAAACUAUGACCUUGCUCUGAUUAAGACCGGACAACUGAAGUGCAUGUAAACACCUUAGUCUGACUACAAUUGGAGUUUGAGAACACAGUUAAGGACACCAAGAUAAUGCGAUUGGAAUUCGAUUUUCUCUACCAUGUAACCAGCGUAGUCGGAGUAUGAUCGGACAAUGGAUGUGUGCGUCCGCCACGCUCCUAUAACCCCGGAACAAAAACACCAGAGAGGAGGAGUAGCGUGCAUCUCAUCUGCAGAAAAAGUAGCGCGUCCAUCAUGUACGACAAAAACAACGCUGUACGACGCUCCAUCCUCUUGCUCAAAAAUGCCCAGCAGCAGUUGUAGACACUUCUGAUGUCUGAUACGGACCUGCUGUUGUUGUUGACGGUUGUAUGGGGUUAACCAGAAACAGCACCACAGAUAAGACCCAUUUUACCCCCUAGUUUUGGGGUGGAGGACAUGUUCAUGUCAAUAAUUUGAUUUUCUCAGCUGCAUGUAUAUGAGGACAAGGAGAGAAGUCGGAUUCGGCAAGAAAAAAAGCAAAUUAUCCCACUGAGCAACAGACGGCUAUUAGACGUCUAGUUUUUAUUACACCUAAUUUCAACCGUCUAGAUUCUGUAUAUUUUUAGACAGAAUUUAGACGUUUCACUUUAACUCAUUAUUUGAUAACUAUUGAAUUAAAAAAGCAUAUUUGAGUUGCAUAAAUGAUCUCCAAGUACUGAACUAAAAUAAUUAUGAUAGCCGCAAUAUACAGUGUAGUAUAGAUAUAGCCCAGAUUUAGACUUGGUCUAAACUUGGUCUAAAUUUAGACGUCUAAAAAACUCAUUUUCAGACCUGUGGUACCCUGUUUUAGACCAGUCAUCUAGGCUCCAUCUAGACGUCUAUUAGACCUCUUUUAGACUAAAAAAUGCUCAGUGGGAUAAGCUUAGUCUGAUUAAGCUGUACAUGUAAACACACUGACUGAUAGUGUUGUAUCAUCAACACAGUAACCGGCAGAUUAAGGGUUACAACCAUCUGCCUGCACGCCAUCACACUGCAUCUUCAGGAAGCUCCAUGAUGAGCACAUAUGUUGCGGGGAAGACAGAUGAGGCUGGUGACAGGUCUGUGCCUCAGGCUGUCACCUUCAGGUAGCAUGGGGUUAAUAGGCUACAGAGGGGAGGACGACCCUCUUUUCUUCUUUUGUUAUUCCUCUGAACACAGCGGUGGUACUCGGCCUGCGGAGUGUGGCUUUCUCUGCUGGUGCAGAACAUGAAUCAGACUCCCUGUACUCGUAUCAAAGCUCGGUCCUCUCUCUACAUUGUGUUCAGGGAGGGUUGAGCUCCUCGUCUUUGCAGCUAAGGUGGGCACAUCAGAGGGGGCAGAGGCAGCUGCUUUUGUGUGUGCCAUUUCUGGGGAAUUAGGGUUUUUUUUCUGUCGCUACAGAGAGCAGGAGAAGGAAAUAGAAUGUGCUUUCAUGCUCCAAAGACAGUCAUAGGGCGUAACUGACAGGUAGGAAGUGGAAGAGUGCCGACUCACCUCCAUCACUGCAGGAAUGUGAGUCAAAAGGAAACACAUCCCUACACAUUCCUACAUCAUUUCCACAGGGCGUUGACCCGCACACAACAGCGGAACGGAUACAGCUAAACUGUACUCUGCAUGGAUUUGAAAUUGAAGCAGCUGCGGGAUAAAGAGCGAGGUCUGGAGAGCCCAAAGCUCUCCUGCUGCCUGCAUGCAAAGGGGGGAAAUUGAAGCUCAUUUUAGAGAAAAAAGCCUGUUAGCGCUGGUUGUUGGAAACCUGGGCCCACUUAAAGAAGUCACGGCAGAGUGAAGAGUCCGGGGUCCGAUCGACUUGUUUGCACAAUGAGUAAUGACUCCACUUGUUAGAGAGAGCAUUUUUCGGUGAAUUUUCGUGGACUGAAUUGAUGGCGAUAACCUCAGCUGACUCGAACCAUAUUUGCGCGCACAGAGUGAUGAGCGGAGCGGAAACUGCAGGAGUUUGAGGUUUCCCAUUUCCUCCCCGCACACCCUCUCUGUUGUAGUCUCUCUUUCCAAUAUAGUAGAGAAAUGUUUCGUGUUCCCCGUGUUAUGAAUCUUUCAAUUUCUUUUCCUGAAGACAGCUAACUCGAUCAUGUGCGAUGACACUCCAAUCAAACUUCAUUUUGACAGAGAAAACAAACACGGACAGGAAAAGUGUCAGGCUGUUUCUCUCAAACUGAGCUGAUUACGAGCCUCCGCGUCCUGACUCAACAUGAUCUAAUUUAAGGCUUAAGGCAACAUUCAAUUCGACGAAAUUGUGAAAAGAGUCAAUAGUUGUGAUUUAGCCACAUUGAUUGUUUAUUUUAGAAAUCCCUAAACCUCAAUGAUCACAUUUUAAUUGCUCCUACCUUUCCACCUGAUGCAAAAACACCAAACUUCAUCAUAUCUCCUUUUUCGUACCCGGUUAGUGAGUUUGCAGCUUGUUUUGGUCGACGCAGCAAAUACGAUUGGCUGAUUAUAGAGUACAGAACAUGUUUUUUUUUCAAAGCAUUCAGCCGGCAACAAAUUUAGAUGUACUCCCUGUGUGCUGAAGUUACACCCUCAGCACAUCUGCAGUCCAAAAAUAAAGAUAACAACAUCUAGAUAUAUAGCUCUAGUUUUGCACAAACAUUGUUAUAUCCGUGUGCAUGGAUUUGUUAUAUUUCCUGAUAUUGAUGGUUUUCAUUUGUGUUGCAGACACGACAUGUACAUUAACCUUGUGUUUGUUAUAUAUGUUUGCUUGUUUUUCAUGUGCAGUAGGAUAAUUUGAAGACGUAUAGAUCGUAUAUUGUCUUUAUUGUUCAUAACUUACCGUAGAUGUUUGUCGGAGGUCUGAGGAAAAGCAUGUUUAGCAUCACUUGUGGUAAAUAAAGGCUUUUACAGGAGCUUCCUGGCGGUUGAUUACUUUGGAUCCCGCAUGUCUUAUUUUUAUUUUUUUCUACCAUCAUCUCGACAAACCAGCUGCCAUCAUUUUUGGAUGAUGUCCUCAUGGGUGUGUUAGUCCUAAAACUUGAUAUAGUCAGGCGCAGAUGUGGUGGGUUACCGUCUUGGGCAGUGGUUUCCCUCAUCAUAAGAUACCUCUAUUGUUGCAGGGACAGAUAUAUGGAGUUCACAUAAGUCAUCUGUUUGCAUUUUUGGUAGUGCGGUUGAGAGAGAGACGACAGAGUGCUGUUUGCCUGCAGGAUCACCUGGACCUGUUGAGGGACUGAGAGGAGACAAACUCAUUUAUUUGAUUCAUGUUGUGCCCAAAACAAAGUGAUGAAUAAUAGAAGGAUUUGAUUCAACCUUUGCCAGGAUCCCUGAAAAUUUGACGGAUGAUCUUUUCUGUUUUUCAUGAUAUGUUCUGUAAAUGUAGUUUUCUCCUGGUUUUGUUUAUUGAGUGCAUUUUCUGUGUAUUUUCUCUAGUGUUCCUGUAGUCCAGUCUUGUGAGUUUCCAGUUUGUCUUUAACCCUGUUUCCCUCCAGUUCUCAGUGUUUUAUUCUUUAAAUCAGUUUUCAGUGUUUAUUUACCGUUAUAUUUUGUAGUAUUGAAUUCCUUGUGUUUCUAGUCUGGUUUUCCCUCCUUUGUGAAUCACCCAUGAGUUUCACCUGUCUCGUCUGCCUCACCUGUUGCUUUUUCCCAGUGUGUAUAUAUUCCCUGUCUGCCGGUUCACCGUGAUCCUCGAUGUGUGAAUCCCUAGUGUCCUUGUGCAUUUUUGGGUCCUUUUCCUUUGUUUAACUCUGCCUCAUGACAUGGUUGUAUUUUUGGUGCAGAACAUCUCAGCUCUACAGCUAUAUUUUACUCACUUUGGCUCAGGGGAUCCAACUCAACCUCUAAAAACAUUCUGUGUGCAACAUGUCCACUACCGGACAGAAAACACUCUAACUGUGGGUAGACAGUUGUUAUGAUAAAGUCAUGAAGCUGGUGGAAAGUGAAUAUUUGACCCCAUUAGCAGGCUUGGAUGCCCCAUCAGAACUAAACAAAGUGGUUCUAUAAUGGUGCAUUCCAUUUACCUCCGAAGUCGGAGCUGGGAAUGAUGUCACACCCGAGUUAUCAGUGUUUCACUUACUAAGUCUGAAAAAAAUCGCCAGCGGCCAAAAAAAAAGUCUUAAACUAACAGGCUACGGUUAGCCGUUGUUAGCACAGUCUGCUCUGAAGUUUGCAUAUACACGUGAAAAAUGUAAAUUACGCUAUAACAGCAUUCCCAUAUGUAUUCAUCUAACAAUGCUGUUGUAUACGGCUGACUUACUGUGACUACAAAUAGUAAAGAGGGUAAAUAAAAGGAUUAUAACAGGAGCUUCUACUUACCAGCACCGCAGAGUCAGAAAUCCGACCUCGUAAGUCGUUCCAGUUGAAAGUUCCAACUGGGAACUCAGAAAUCCUGACUUCCGAGUACAACUGGAACGCACCAUAAGUACUGCAUCAUGACAAUAUGAUAUACUUCAUAGGGCUUGGCAAUAAACCAAAAAUUUACUGAUACCGAAAUUUACGACAAUAACCGAUGUCCUUUUUCCCAUGUCAAUAUAUUCAGUGUCAAAAAAAUAACUAAAUCAAAGUUGGUUUUGGAUGCGUGUAGGUAGGCUAUGGUCCCAUGUCCCUUUAAGACGCUGUCCUACGUCAGAGACGUGACUCCACCCCAUCCAGUCCUUAACAAAGAGGGAAAGAAAGGUGAGGAGACGGAGGACGGUUCAAAAGUUGUAGCGGCUGGAGUAGACAAAGUUAAUGUGGGAGGGGGUGAGCAGUUUACAGAGGUGAACUGCUCAAUAUAUAAUGAUAUUGAUUUGAGGCCAUAUCGCCCAGCCCUAAUACUUCAUGUUAAUACUUCUAGAUGGAAACCUUUAUCAUCAUACGCUCAUACUCAGGGCUACAGAGUUAAAUGAGUUGUUGUUAACCUAUAACCGCUAUAACGACCCCCCAUCUUUUCCUCUUGACGUCAUUAUUAAUAUUUUUAUUUGUGAAAAGAAAAAGUUCGGUGUCUUAAGUAGUUCUUCAAGUUUCCCUCUCAUGACUCACCGCGGAGUUUAAUGCCCUUUCAGACCUUCAAGUGCUCCAAAUGUCAGUCAUCAAACAUUGUCAAUUCAGUAAAUAAAUCAGAUAAAAUCUUCCCUCGCUUUGAAAUCCUCUGCUUGGCAAUGCAUUAACUCUUCCUUUUUAUAACCUGACAGUACGUCAGCCGCUGUGCCUGCUGCUCUCCAUCGGCCCAAACUGAUCGGAGCAGCUUUAAGAAGAGCAGAAAGGAGUGUUUUAUAAAGGAGGAGGUUAAAGUUGGAACAUACUCUGAAUUCAGAGGACGUGAGGUCUGACUGAACGAGUACAGCUUUUUUUCUUUAUUAUCCUACUCAGAAACACGCAACAAUACAGGUGGCCAAUAAUGUCCUAUUAAGUAUUUUUAAUACACCAGAAUGCAUGUGGAGUGAAAAGCAGCUGCUCAGCAAAGCGGAUAUUGAAUGCUCUGCUCAUCAGUCAAUGUUUUGCCAUAUGGCUUAUCAUCUGGCAUAUCAAAUAAUUCCUUAUAAAGAUUCAAUAUUCAUGUGGUCGAAAACCCGGGUUUGUAUCUCAUUUCCUCACUUUCAUAUCAGCAUUAAAAUCCCUCAUGAGGGAAACAAGGGAUUUAUAACGCGAUAUAAAUAUUAUUGUCCAAGGAUUGCACUCAAAUUAUCUUUCAUUUUCCUUUUCCCAUUCACAGAGGAUAUUUAUUCUUCCGCUCACAAACCCUCUUUUCUUCUGGAUUAGGCUUUUGAUUAAAGAGCCCCAUACUGCGUUUUCACUUCCCUGCAGCAGCAGCAGCCUCCAUAUGAGCCCCGGAGCCCCUUCAGCCCUCUAUGAUUGUGUUACUGAUCGACUGACCCUCAUUGUCUCGCCUCAUCCAUCUGUCACUUUACACCAACUGUCCUCUGACAAGCCUGACCAGGACAAAUCGCCGAACAAAAUAUGGUGUCCCAGACCCACAAAGAGAGAAAAAUGAGAAUCAGUUAGUCGCUCCCCCCGCCGUGUCACAGCCAGAAAAAGGAGAGUGCUGAAAUAAGAUCUCUUCUUGCAAAUGAAGUGAAAAAAAGGGGGAAAAAAGCGGAUGCUUUGCUGGAGCUGCUUUGUGGCAAAGGUCAAUCAAAACAUCGUCCAUCAGUGACUAGACAAAAAAGGAAGCAUUUUAGCAUUCUUGCAGAAAAGUGCAGCAAAGCACUCUUACAGCAAUUUAGGAGGAACUAAAUGAGUUUACUCCGGUUUUCUUUAUGUAGGCACUUCCUUAUUUAACCGCAGCAGAAAUAGCCUUGUCUUCUGGACAAAAGGGACAUGUGCUGUAAAGGUCAGAAGGUGGAGAAGUUGAUGGAUCGCAGAGAUAGGAGAUCUUGCAAAUGGCUUUUCUUGAUUGCAUGUGGGGAGGGGUACACAUGCAAUCGGAUCAUAUCACCUUCAUGAAUCUGCAAGGCUGUGCAGAUCCGUAUCUGUGAAGAUCUGAGUCAGGAGCCUUUGUAAGACAUGAGUAUGGUCUUGGUGAUGCCAUCGAAUGUAGAAGGGCUUAUCUUUGGCGAAUAUGGUCAUUAUAUACGUCGCAAUUUCUCCAUCUGACAUUCUAGCAGAUGAUAUCUCUCCUAUGAGAAAGCUGAGAUAUACCAGUUCACAUAAACUUUACCGACUCUUCCUGCAGUUCAGUUCUGUUUGGAGUUUCUGGCAUCAUUAUUGAAGUCAGAACUACUGCGACCGUCCCUCACGCGGAGCUUUCAGCGCUGAAACCAAACCGACGACUGAACUUUGAUGACGGUGUGACGGGCAGCGUGCCUGCAUGCUGCUCUCCAUCGGCCAAAAUUGUUUGAUGCAGUUUUGAGGAAAAAGUUAAAAUUUCUGUUUUAGUUCAACAAACAGGGAGUAUUAUUUGUCAGCCUGUCCUCUGCAGAUUAUUACUUUGAACAAAAUGAUAGGGAAGCGUGACAAACAUAGUCAAAGUGAAGUAGAUUUCACAUGUGGAGGAAAAAUGAGUUAAUAAACAACAUAAGUGCUUCUUUAAAAAUACCACGGUUGAAUUUUGCAGAUUUGCUUAUUUAAAGGAGUAACUUUGGUGAAUUCAAUUUCUGUAAAAUAAUAUAAACUUAAAGGAAUAUUCUGGCCCGGGGCGGACUGGGACCAUAAUUCAGGCCAGGAGUUUGACUCCAUCCAGGCCAGGCCAGUACAUAUUGACGCGGAAAUGCCGGCACUGGCGAAAAGUUUUGGACAUUUGAAGCCAGAUUUAGUGAAUAUAAUGCUAAUGUGAAGAAUUCAACAUUGGCUACAUGACUGCGAAUUAAAUGUUAAAUAAAGUUUGCUGUGAAGCUGUUGCACAGAGGCAUAUUUUUGUUUUUACUUCAUAACAAAACAAAAUUAUAAUCACAAUGUGACACAACUCUUUGCUUCAACAAAAAUGUAAACGAUCUCUGAUCUCUGGAUUUAGUCAAAGACACAUUUUAGUCUUUAGUUUAGUAUAGUUUUCGGUAAAAUGUAAUCUAAAGGAAUCAGAUUUAGUCUUUAUCUCAUUUUUCGUAUCAUUUUAAUCAUAAGUAAUUUGACAGGUGCUUUAUAGCUGACUGAACUAGAUUAACAGAAGGAUAUUCGUCAUGUUUAUAAAACCUCCAUAUUAUUCAUGCCUUUUAACUAUUUGUUUAUUCAUUUAAACUAAGAAUGUAGCCUACCACAUUGUUUUUGUAUUAUAAUUAAAUGUUGAAAGCCUGUCAGAAAAAGUCAACGUUCUCGAGAGGCAUAAAACUUGGAUUAGAACGCACUACUAGCAUCGUAGCCGUCUUGGUGUUGGCCGGCGACCUUACUAAACUCAAAACAAUCACAUCUUAGAGCGACAGCAUGAAAAACACAGAUGUUGCCUCAGGGAACACUUCGGGAGCGGAGCGGACAACGAUGCUCGAUCACCUCACAGCUCUACUUCCGGUCGCACCAGCUACGUGUUGCCAUGGCAACAGACAUAAAUUAAUUAAACCCUUUCACUGCUGGCCUGGCCUGCUUACAAGUUCAAUGGCCUUACACACAUUUUUUUUGGGGCCGAUUCCGAUAAUCCAGUCCACCACUGUUCUGGCCUUAGUGAAUUUGUUUGUGGGGGAGCCCUGAUGAGUCGAUCACCGAGUGCAGCGUUUAAUUUCCAUGAAGUAAUAAUCAUCAUAAUAAUCAUUUUACACUGCAGACGCGGUAGUUUUUCUGCCUUAGCGUCUCGGUCUGAUUGAAUUUCCAUAAAGCAAUAAUCACAAAUGAUCCACUGCGCUCAGUGAUCGAGGAGAGUAGGUGAGUUGUGUUUAGUCUCUUUGCUAAAGAAAUUAGUCAAAGUUAAAAAGGUGUUUGGUGGCUAGUACUAUGUCUGGGACCCUAUAUGUCCUGUUGAUGAAGUUAGGUGCUGUUCUGAGCAUUAUUUGUGGCUUUAGAGUGGCUUUUUGGUUGAGGUUUGUACGUAGAGACGUAGAUUGCUGUGUAUUGCUAUCGUGCGGUCGUUACUAAAGUUGGUAAAACUGGAGAAGCAAGCAGUCGGCAACAUUUAUCUCUUGAGGGAGUGUCUAAUUCAGUGUUAUGGUGUGUUUGACCAUUACUUAAUUUUAUGCCGGAAUAUCCCUUUAAUUGACUUCUUUAUCACACAGUUUAAUCUCUUCAGGAUGAACUUUUUUUAACCCUGACAACACAAAGUCAUCACCCUGUUGUGCAACUCUGUUUAUUUGUGUAUUUUUACCGAUGUUCUGUUGCAUAAGAUCAGUUUGUUUUGUCUCUCCUUGAAACGGAAUCUUGUUUCAGAGAUGUCCGUGUGCCCUGUGGUUAUAUAAAAAAAAUACAUCACUUAACAUUGCUUUCGCUCUUAAAUGGAUGCUGUGCAGCACUUUAAAUAUAAGCUUUUAUUUCUGUGUUGUUGCCCAGGUGACGGAGACCCGCACAGGUCCUCUUGGAUGCAGUAACUAUGACAACCUUGACUCUGUUAGCUCUGUGCUGGUUCAGAGCCCGGAAAACAAGGUCCAACUGCAAGGUAUGUUUGAGUUUUCAAGCUGAAAUUACAGAAGUUACAAACCAAGUCUGCAAGUGUAAGUUUUCCUCUUGUUUUCUCAGGUCUGCAGCUGAUCCUCCCGGCCUACCUGAAGGAAGGCUUUGUGCAGGCUGCUCUCAGCUACAUCGCCUGUAAUGGAGAGGGGGAAUUCGUCUGCAGGGACAGCGACUGCUGGUGCAGCUGUGACCCGAAGUUCCCAGAGUGCAACUGCCCCUAUAUGGACAUCCAAGCCAUGGAGGAGAGCCUGGAGAGGAUCACAGAGACGUGGGGGCUGCUGUAUAAAGAGUUUGAGGAAUCAGGUGAGUCCUCUUUUUAGUUUGCGUGCCGUAUCCUCGAUGCAGUGAAGUCAAAGUUUUAGAGCGUAAAUUAUUUAUAUACGAGGGAGGGAGAAUGAAUCCAAGUGUUUUAUCUGUGCAGUUAGGAUCCUAUACGUGUAGUCCUCCCUAUUCUAUGAUUUAUAGGUGAACUAUAAUUGCAGGCAGUGAAUCCUCGGUCCAGCCGCACUAUCUGCAUAAAGCAUAUUAACAAGGCAAAAGUACCGAAUUAAAAAAUCAACAGUUUUCAGCUCAGGUAGUUUACAAUAUGUCUGGAGCAGAUUAAUCAGCUAUAAAACCCUUUUAUUGCAGGUCCAGUUUUUUUUUUUCAUCUCGCAGGGGAAGCAGAGUUUGAGUGGAAACUCCAAGGAUAAUGUUUGGUUAUUAUUGCUGUGCUCGGUCAACCUGCCUUCACGAUUAUUACUCAGGUGAAAUCAAAAUGGAUGUCUUUUUUUUUUUUUUUUUUUUACUCCAUAGAUUUAGCUGAAAUAUCUCUCUGAGUGCAAUUACUUGCAAAGUUUAUGUUUUAAUAGCCGAGUGUAAAGUGAGGGCAGAGACGUGCGCUGAAUGCAGACAGCCACAAGUGUCACGAAUGUGUCCUUCAGCGAGGAUAUCGCAGAUUUUUGUCCGCCUGCUGCUUUAUCAGCAGAAGGAAAAUGCCAGGAAGUGAUGCAUCCGCUGACACAGGUGGAGAUCAAAUAUGUCUUUUCCCUUGAACAAAUACUAUUGUUACCUUGAACCAGCCGGUACCAGACACUGCCGGACAGCCAGGGAGUAAAUUCGCUCCAGUAGUGUACUCAAGUUCGUGUUUUGAGUACCUGAAAUCAGAAAAAACAAACACAACCAAGUCAUGAGUUACAAUGCACAAUCCUUUUAAGAUAAUAACAGAGAGAUCAAGUCCAAGAUAGAUGCCCGACUUUGCAGAACUGAUCUGUUUUAGCAUGUGCAGAAAUCCAUCCCUCAUCCACCGUAACAGUAUAAAUCUUUUCUUUUCUUUCUGGCAGCAAAAGAAAGAAUAAUAAAUCAUCUUUUUUUAUAUAUAUAUUCUUACCAGGGUGCACUAAAACAAGAGCCACUGGAUCCAGUUCAAAAACCUCUGUGAAAUAUCAGACCAAUACUUCUGUAGACUGUCAAACAUGGGUUAUAGUUCCCAUUUCUGUCUUAUGCUGAAGACUUAGAGCACAGAGUGAGGGAUUAAAGGGCAGACUGGGACACAGUGAUUCACUCACAGAUACUUUAAGAUGAUCCCUAAGUUCACGGUUUGGUUUUACUUUUAUUCGCCCAGUGCCAGAAUGAAAGCCGGUUCGCUGUUGGAGUAAACAUGGAAGAUAAUUGGGCCUCGCGACCACAAACCAAAGUUCACUCAAAUGAGCUCCAAACCUACCAGACUGUCUGGUUUUUACUUAAACAGCUCUGGUGUGAAUACAGUCUAGGUCACAGUAGCAGGAGUGUGUGCUGCACUGAAACCAAAGGAGUUUUGUGUUUACUUGUAGGAAUCCAAACCUCAGCCAAUCAGCUGAGCCAGUGUGAUAAUGACUAUUGGACCGGUUCAAUAAGGAGUGAUGUAGGAUGGCGUAUUUCCAGAAAGAGCUCUUUAAAUAAAGAACAGGCAGUGCCAGCGAGUAAUGGCCCUGUGUACUUUGUCCACCACUGGAACCACAAUAGCAUUAUCUAAUAUUUUAGGCCUGACUCUGCCUGUGAAUAAUAUCUUACGACCGCUCAUAUUUUACUGUAAAUAUACGGAUAGACUUAAAUCUAUUGAUACUAAAGUCUUCCAGUAAUUGAAUACAGGGCCUUUUAUGCAAAGUAGAUCUAAAUCAUGAUAAUAUUAAUAAUAAUAAAGUUGUAGUCCGCACUCAAACUCUUGUCAUUGGUUCGUCAUUGGUGUUGAAGUCAUUACAGCAGCAUCUGCCAAGUACUGACUGCUGCUGUCACGCAGGUGAAGUGUAUCCACUGUGAUUGCAUAUUUUCCAACAUAAGUACAGGUCUUUGAACAUCUAUCUGAGGCAGCGAGUAAUUAGGCAUUAGCAGAAGGAGAGUGUGGCUUUGUAAUUAUGUGGCUGUAACUCGCUCUCCACGGCCUCCAGUCAGUCCUCUGUUAAUAGCUGCGAGAACAACUUGUCACUCAGAUAACGCUGCAUGUGUAUGGAAAAAAAAGUGAUAUGGAAAGAUUGAAUAAUUAUGAAAUGAGUUAUUUUAAUUCAGGUUUCAUUCUUUUCUUUUUUUUACCCGAUAGUUAAUUGAAUUUUAAAACAUGUUUCGAGACACUUUGACAUCCGUUGCACAAGCACAACAAAGUCCCUGUGAGUGAGCGAGACCUUCAAUGAGGAUAUUAGAUCAUUUUUACAGUUUUGGUACAGAUCAUAAUAUUCUGAAUGCAAAGAAGGUUAGAAUAAAUGCAUGAAGGACAAAAACAAGCUGUCCUUCAAAUUAUGCUCACAUGAAAGUCAAUGUGAGACCUAUAUGUAGUUACAGCCAAUCAGUCGACAGCCUUUUUAGCUUGUUUAAAUGUGAAUCAGAGGGUUGGCGACUGGUUAUUUUCAUCAAGAUCUUAAUGGAUCCAUUAUCAUCUCUCAAUAAUUUCAACGUUGAUAUUUAGUUUUAAAGCAAGUUUGAAUUUUUCAGCCAAGUAAUCCACAAAAAAUAUUCUAAAUUUUGAAGGUAUAAAGCAUGUAGAAAGAGGAAUAGUCAGAUGUUAUGUUGCGUCCAGUUACCUCGGAAGAUGGAUGUCAGAGCUGGAAAUGACAUUACUGAAUAACUCAUUAUUGAAAUGCUCUCUUGCUCACCCCUCCUGCCAGUGAGGCUACGGUGGCCUUCGAGGACAAAAAGUCGCCAUGUUUCAUGAGAAGUAGAUCGUCUAUUUGUCAAGUUUUCACCGUCAACAGUAACUCUCUCCUCCUGCGGUGCAUUUUGCACAGCCAUUCACUAAAUACAAAAACUGGUAGUUUGUCCAUUCUGGGCUUCCAUAGAAGAAUGGCAACCAUGUUUUAAUCAGGUAUAAAAGGCCCAUAUUGAAUUCACAAAACUAUUUUUAUACUCAGAUGAUUAAAGAUUCAUAUUGUGAUAGCUUCAUGUUUGUUACUAGAAGUAUUAGUAUAGAUAUUUUAGGGCUGGGCGAUCAACCGAAAAUGUACAAUAACUGACGUCAUUUUGCCCAUAUCAAUAUAUUCGGUGUCAAAAAAAAGUAAAUCAAAGUUGUGGAUGUGUGUAGGUAGGCUAUGGUCUCAUGUCCCUUUAAGAUGCUGUCCUACAUCAGAGACGUGACUCCACCCCAUCCAGUCUGUAACAAAGAGGGAAAGACAGGUGAGGAGAUGGAGGACGGUUCAAAAGUUGUAGCGGCUAAAGUAGACGAAGUUAAUGAGGGAGGGGGUGAGCACCUUGUAGUAGUUAUCAUCUAUUUAUCAUUAUCGAUGUGAACUGCUGGAUAUAUUGUGAUAUUGAUUUGAGGCCAUAUUGCCCAGCCCUAAGAUAUUUACUGUAGUAAAACUUUCAAACUUUUCAUUUUUCAUAAAGUAUCAGACCCUCUUUAAGGACCUUCUCACUCCGUCUCUUGGACCAAAGUUUCCAUGAAAAACUGAGAUUUCUACUUUGAAGUGCACGCUCUCUCAUCAUUCACCAACUCUAGCAUCAAUCUUAGUCUUCAGAUUUCCUCCUUAAGCUCCAGCAAAUACGAUCAAAACUCGAGUGGAUACGUUUUGAAGCGCUGCCAGCUGCUGCAUCCAGAUCCAGGGACUCCUCAUCUCUGAUCUGAUAGAAGGGACGGCCAAGGUCUGCCAGGAUCAAAGAUGCAACUCAGUCAUGUCGCCAUCAUCAUCUACCACAAACUGAAAAAACAACUAAUGCACACCCUCUCUGUGUUUCUGCUUUAUCUAAGAAUUCAGAGUGCGCGGCGCUGCAGUAUAACAGUAAACCGGGGUUUAAUGGUCCGUUUAGGUGACCCUUGUAAAGUCAUAAAAUCAGGAAAUAUCUCAUUACCAUGUUUUAUAUCUGGAUUGAUUUGGUUCAUGUCAUCACUUACUGUUACCGUUAAAUUACAUGAAGUGGAAAAAAGCCGUUUCAGCAGGUUAAUAAUUGAGCGCGAGUACAAACAGUUGCAAGACAUGAAACCAUUUUCAGAUUAAAUGCUGUAUACUUUUUAGCUGUUAGAUUUUGCCUUUUCCAAUCUACUCAUUUUGCUUUUGAUAACCUCUAUUCACUUAUUUAUAUUCAUACAUGUAUACGUUUCCUUUUUCAUGUGUGUUUCUACUGUGACAGAUGAAUUCAAGGCCUUCUACACGAGGCUGCCGCAGAACUAUUUCCUGAACGUGUCGACCAUCCAGCACUUGUGGUCCUUGGACAACAUGUUCCAGUGGAGAUACGAGCAGCUGGAGAACAGCAUGCAGGUCCUCUCCAGGCGAGCCCACAGAGUCAUCUACAAGCUCUUCAGCCUGAGUAAAAGAUGUCACCGACAGCCCCAGGUCCAUCUGCCAAGAGAGCGGUGAGCACAACUUCGUACAUCAGACGCUUUUAAAAAAUCUUUUAAUCAAGGAUUACUUUUUCCUUAAGUAAGCCAGCGUCUCUACAUCAAGGGAGUCUUUUUUAAGGUCUGGUUUCCCUUUUUUUUUCAUGUCUCUUUUCCUGAUUCAUCUUUACCCUCAUUGGAGUUAGAAGGUUCUGGCAUUUCAGGAGCAAAUCAAACUGAACAUGAAGUCACAGCCGGCAUUUCUCUCUUUAGACCAAUUUCAGGGACGUAGGUGGGAGUAAAAAAGCUGAAGUGGCAUUUCAUACACUUUUGAAAUACCCCACUGGUGUAUGUAAAGUCAUUUUUAUCUCUUAUGUACAGCUUACCUAGAAAAGGUACACAUUCAAAUGCAAUAAAAAAACAAGUAUCUACAGCACAGUAGCAUUUAAGACCAAUAUUUCCUCAAAUAAAGACGACCAUAAAUGAGCUUACCUGGCUUACUUUACCGUUUAGCUGCUUUGACACUUAACCUUAAAUUUAGGAAUCAACAAUUCCCCGCUCCUUUAAAUCUUUACUAAGCUUUAUGAAAUUCAAAUAAUUAAAUCUCCAUAAAAUGCCCCGACAGCAGUUCAUCCAGAUUUGUUUUACAGCCCUAAAGAAGAAAGAAAUUGACUUUAUUUCUCUGACAUAAUGCUUAAAUAUUUAGUUCUGUUUAUAGACUGAUAAAACAUUUUUAAAUUAAAUUCCUUAUGGUGGUUUUUACAUGAAUUCUGUCCAGAUAAUAAAGAGUGUUUGAAUCACAGACUGUUUAAAAAGUGGGUGUAGUUUUAGUGCUAUAACCCAUUGGUUCUGGAUUACAUUUUCUCAACGUCUUUUUUCGUGUUUUCUUUUGCCAUCUUAGAUUUUUGGGGCCAGAAGUGAUCAUUAAGUAUUAAGUGGCAGGAGUUUCUUAAUUUAUCAAAGCUGUACAGUCAAGGCCUAAGUAGCAGAACUGGGUCUCAUUUACUACAUCUUUAACGAGGAGGGGGAUCAGAAAUCUAAGACUCUUUACCUGGUAACUUAGAAGUUCUUUUUAUUACUAUUGUGGUAUCAAGCUAAGGUAGCGUCUAUCAUUUCACAACUUCACCAACAUGAACAUGCUAUCAUGCAUUAAAGCUCCUAUAAGGAUAUUUUUAAUGUUUAUGAAACGUUGAAUUUCAUGUUGAAGUUGUUCUAUAAUAUCAAAAAGCAAAUAAGACCAUCAGCAACAAGAUUGAAGAUAUCUGUAUCCUAAUUUGUCAUGCCUAAAAGGUGUCAUUCUUGCAGCUAAAGAAACAGCCCUUACUUAAUUAUGUCCAUAUUAAAUAUUCACAACAAAUGAUUCAUGUAUAAUUUGUCAAAAGUCAGCAGGAUGAGAUCAUUUUGUCCAAGUUCUACUUGAGCCUGUAAAGGACGAGAUAAGCAAAGUCUGAUUUGUCUGAUUCGUCUACAAACCAAAAGUUCCUCACAGGAGCUUUAAAGCUGCAUUUUUAAAAAGACCACAACACUCGACAUUAUACGACAUUUUAUAUACAAGACUACACUAUUUUAGAAAAAAUGAAACCACGCCAGUGCAAAGUACAAAGAACUUUAUUUAAACCAAGUCUUGACAACUGAGACAAACAAAUGAGAAUGGGUUAGUCAGGCUCAUUUAUACGGCACAGGUGUUUGCACUGAUUAAAGUGAUGAUGAGCUGCAGGUGGUUAAAUAGUCCCAGGUGUUUAACUUCAGCUGAAUCAUUCAAAAAUCGUUUAAAUGGGUUAAUUAUGAAAAAAGAAAGUCUGUCAGUGUUUACUUAAUAAUCAACCAUGUGUUUUUGUUUUUUUCAACUACAGUCUUAUUUACAUUUUGGUAUAACCGGUUUAAUCUCCUGUGUGGAACUUUUUGUCUGUGUUGACUCUGGCGCCCCCUGUGGACAAAGGGGUUCUCUCGUCUCUUUCUUGUUUUAAACAUGUGUCGGUCUGAUUCUCUGAGGAGGAGAAAACUCUCUUUUUGGAGCUUAAUUCAUCACUCAGAGUUAAAGAGGACAUGAAAGGGAUGCUUUAAACCAUGUGGUCCAAACCCGAUCCUCCCACUGCAGCUGCAUACAGUAAAAAUCACUGUACAGAAUUACUCUGUCUUUUCACUGACGCUCUGGUUUGCUUUUGUCAGCCAUAUAGAGGUCAUCUCAGUUGAUUUCAGUCUGUUUGACAACCAACUCAAAACUCCACAGCUGAGCCUCUCUCUGCUUUUUUUUUUUUUAUGAUGGAAGACACCACUGCGCUUUUGAAUGGCGCAUUUCACCUUAAAAACCAGCCAGAUGGCUCAGCUGUGAGGUCAAAAGUAAUACACGCUUUAUGUGAAACAGAAUUAAUGUAUAACCAAAGUGCUUUGAGUUUGAGCAACUAAGUGAGCGACCGGUCAACAGAGCAUUAUUUAGUAAUGUUAAAUCAUCACAGUCCUGUAGAUGAAACUAAAUCAAAGAAGUGCAGUGUUUCCUAAAUGGAUGGCAACAGACUAUGAGGCAGCUGAGACUGAGGGAGACUAAGGUGUCUGGGACGUCCUCAUGUUGUGACCAUAUACCUGACUUUCAUGCAUACAGGACUUCAGAAAAAUCCCCUAAACUGGAACUUUUGAGUCCAAAAGCUGAUUCAUUAACCAGAAAUCACAGAAUAGAAAUUAAACUACAGAAUAAAUACUGAGACUUUUUACUUGCUCUCUGUAUUUCUUGAUGUGUCGCAGUGUUUUAAAAAAUACAUAUAUAACCACUCAGGUUUCUGACCACACUGCUGUCGCACUGCAAGAUUUAGUUGAAUACUUUAUCAAAUAGUCAAGAUCAUAAAGUACAAAUCAUCGCACUGCUAUGACUUGCUUAACAAUUUUAACAUGAUAAGAAAAGCAAAAUAAUUGAGUUUUAAACAUGCAAUAAAAAUGUGAUCAAUUGAAAUUUAAUUUUGAAAUGAUUCAAUUACUUCAGAGUUUGACAGACACUUAUAAAAGUUCUCCCCUGCUGUUAUGAAAAGAGAAAUUAGACUGUUCGUGUAGAUUCUCAUUCAUCCAGGUCAUGGUUGUCUUGAAGACUCCAAAAAAAGGCAACUGAAGAAGCUUCUUGGAUAAGAGGCGAAACGUCUUCUCAACUCUACACAGUCCAGUUGCCUGUUUUUGGAGUCUUCAUGAAAAUUCGACUGUUGAUUCCUCUUUGACUCUGGCCUUCAUUCAUUGCUCUUCCACUCUUCUAUGGGUGCUGCUGCUUCGUUCGAGCAAAUCAUGAAUCUUUGCUGCUCCCAAAACGUCUUUUUUUCUGCCCUGUAACAUCUAUAGUCAAGGUUUAGUAAAGGCUACAGAUACAAAAGCUUGGCCAGCGUGAAGUAAAUCACAGUCACUGAUGUCAAAGCUGGAAGUUUUGUACAAACUACAAUCCGCUUCGACCUCCUUCAUGCCUUCGCCACCAAGAAAGGACGGUUAUUAUUCACAUGCCAGUAAGAGGUCACUUGACAGGAUAAAGUCAUUUUUAGUGUUUGACAAACUGUUAUUUCUUUAAGCGAGGGCAGUUCUUGAACUUCGCUCUUCUCUCAGUGAAUAAAAUACACAUCAACAUCGGCUGCCUCGCUCUAUCAGAGGAGCAUCUUAUCAACCAUCGAUGUCAGCCGCGCAGUGCUCGCAUCGACUGAGCUUCCGCAGUGAUGGCAUUGAUGCAAGAGAGCACAACACAUGAAUCAACGUGCAGAUUAAUUUAAACACUGAACUCUAUUCUAUGUCCAGUCUGUCUGUGUUUCUCCUCCUCUAACUCAGAGUCCCUCCUGUCUGGCUGCCUUCACAAACUUGCCAAAGCGUGCAUUAAUCACUGAUCCAUGCAGCUGAUAUUCCCACCCACUCGCCAGGAAAUAGAGUGGGAGCAUCAUCUCCCUCAUCCAGGCAGUGUUUAUCUAUAUUAUUACAGCAGCAUCGACUGUGAAGCCUCCCUUUUCUUUCUGUCUUCACAGAAAUCUCCCUACGCGGCGGAAAGAGAUUGAGAAUGGGAUGUUUGUCUUUUUGCCUGGGAGAAAAAACGGAAGCUCUUGAAAAACCCAUUCAGUCUUCCUUUUACAUCCUGUAUGAGGCACUUGAGAAAAAAUGAGAGAUACAUGAUUGAUUUUGCUUCUCGGGGGCAACUUUUCAAACAAUUAUAACAGAAAAAAGCCAGUCGAAGCGGCGGUCUGCUUGGCUUUUAUAAGGUGGACAAUAAUACGACUGAACACUGCAAUUGGAGAGCCAACUUAAGUCAUCAGGUGUAAUGAUGCACACAGUCAUUUAAGAGAUGAUUUCAGUACUUCUGCUUUAAUCAGCUGAGAAGAUUCUCUUUGCAUGAAGAGACUUCUCCCAAAAAUUGCUGCCAUUUAUGUUUUGCCCUGUCCACCGGCGGUGGAGUACUCAGGAUGCUUAAGGGGCAGAGGCAAAAACACUUAAAGGUAUCUGCUGAAAGCCUUGGAAAGCUCGAGUAUUAUCCUAAAGACGCAAAUAAAUAACCCAGUAAAAGCACUACUCCUUCACAUUUUACCCAGGGCAGCCAGACAGCACUUUGUGUACAAUUUAUACACUGAAAGAGCAACCACAGUGUGUUGAAGAGCCCUUCGUUUAUAAUAUAUUCACCUAAGAGCAACCAGUGGGCGCUUUUUUACUUUAUAUCCUGAAAAGUAGACAGAGAACACUUUGUAUACAUCUUAUACUCUUACAGAGAAACUAGAAGGUAGUUCUAGACUCCAGAGGGCACCACUGAAAGAGUAUUAAAAAAAGUUACUCUAUUUACAUUUAACCCGUUGAAGGUGCAGCUAGAGGGCACUUUGUUUACAUUUGCCCACUGAUAGAGUUUCUAGAGGGCACUUUGUUUACAUUUACCGACUGAAAAAGCUUCUAGAGGGUGCUCUGUUUACAUUAACUAACUGUAAGAGUUUCUUGAAGGCACCUUGUUAACAUUUAUCCACUGGAAGAAAAUCUAGAGGGAACUUUGUUUACAUCUACCGACUGAAAGUUUUCAGAGGGCACUUUGUUUAUAUUUACCAACUGAAAGAGUUUCUAAAGGGCACCUUGUUUACAUUUAUCCACUGGAAGAAAAUCUAGAGCACUUUGUUUACAUUUACCCACUGAAAGAGCAUCUAGAGGGCACUUUGUUUACAUUUACCAACUGUUAGAGGGUUAAGGGUGCUUUGUUUACAUUUACCCACUGAAAGAGAUUCAGACGGUGUUUUGUUUUGAUCUAAUUCACCAUAUGAGCUAUAAGAGGGCAGUUUGUUCACAUAUAACCACUAAAAGAGCAUCUAGGGGGCACUUUGUUUACAUUUAAUACACAAGUAAGCAUUUGAAGGACACCAUCUUAACUUUUAUCCUCCAAAAGAGCAUCUAGUGGGCACUUUGUUUACAUUUAAGUUUUUUAAACCAGGGGCACUUUUUUCAUGUUGUUAAAAACAAAACAAAAAAGCACUUUGUUUACUGUUUUACAUGAUUUACUCUGCGAGGGCAAUUAGCAGGGCCUUUUUUUAAGAUGCUUUAUCUUAAGCACUUCUAUUAAAAUAUUUGGACAUCAGGGCACUUCUGCCUUUCCACCCUCUGUGUUCACUACUGUCCACCAGAGUCUUGUCGAGAGGAGACCAUGACUUCUACUAGGACUUUACAUUUAAAGUCUCAGUCUAAAAAUGCUAAAUAUAUCUUUUUUAAUGCACAUUUUCAAGGAACUCUGUGGAUCAUAUUUAUUAUAUCUACAGACGUCGGCUCUUUUGAUUGCAUUAAUUCACUGAAGCUGAUGCAUCCAGAGAACUUGAUUACUGCAUUUGAUAUUUUCUCCACUCAAACUCUUCAUAUUGAUUGCUUUCUUUUCCCCGCUUUAGGAUUGAUUGAGCAGUUCAUCGGGUUCUAUUAAUAGCACAAGUAGAAUAAUCCUUAUGGAGAAUGCAUGCAACUUAAUGAGGAAGGAGCAGCGGUGCCUCUUUUGCAAGCCUCUUUGGAGACUAAAAUAGUCUUAAAUCAUGAGUUGAUGGAUGGGCUUUAUGUUUCAGCCAUUGUGUGUAUAUUUAAACUCCAGCUGGGAGUUUUUAACUGGUCACAUAGCAGACUGAAAUUAACAGUUAUGUCUCUUUAUGACCCAUAAAAGUAAAGAAGAUGGUCAGCAGAGAUCGAGCGGAAAGACAAACUAGAAUCAGGGCCAAGGCAGCACACGUCCAAUUAAUUAAUAUAAUCCACUGUCUGCAGGGGCUCAAUCUCAACCCUCUGUGUCUCUAAUGAACCAGAACACCUAAUCGGAUCCAUACUGAACCCAUAGAGGCAAAUUAAUGCCAACAGAUGGAUCAUGAUGUAUUCAAUAAUCUCAUAUCUGUGUUAUGUUUUGGCGCUUUGAUUUCAGGUUGUGGAUUGAAAAGCUGGUUUUUGAAUAACCCCUCAAAUUUCCACUAAACCGUCUAAUUCUGUAAAAUUACAAGCAGUUUCCUUUUUCUUUGAAAUUAUUACCUGGUGAGAAGUUUAAGUGCAGCUUUUACAGGCUUUUCACCACAAGCAGCAGCAGCCGUAUAUUCGGCCGAAUUCAUUUCCAAACCACAGUAUUGCCUGCAACUUUAAAAAUAGCACAGAAUAAGGAAGUGUUUACAGCAGUGGUUUGGAAGAAGAGUUGCAGGGCACAGGAAGGCUGUACAUAAUCACACCAGGGAACUCGCAGUACAACAGCAAACUUGACUCGGCGACUGCUUUGCGCCGCUGAAGCUGUCGGAGGUGAAAUGCCUUGCCCACAGGUAGCCGGUGAUGGAAGGGAAGAGUCCUUUCAGAUCAUCUCCCUUGACUGCUUUUUUUUCUAUUUGGGGGAUUUUCAUAUUCAAAUGGGUUCUUUUCCGAACUUAGACCUGCUUCCCGCUGCCAAGCACACAAUAGGGUCAGGAUUCUGGGGAAAGGUUGCCUCCCAUGUAAUCCAACAAACAUUCUCAGAUUUGCAUAAAGUUCACCACAAUGCAGUCUCAUCAAAGCAAAAGGUUGUUUUUUUUUUCGUUGUUUUUUUCCUUCCCCUCUGAAAGGAAAGCUCGUGGUAUGUUCUGUGAACGUCUUCUCUUCGGCGAGCAAAGAGGAUAAGAGGCAUAAAGGGAUCAUAGUCAAGAAAGUGCUCUAGACGGGAAUCAAACUCUGCCCCACAUGGGGGAAUUAUAUGUGCGUCUCAGCGUCGGUUACCCUGCGGCUGCUGCUGCGCACUUCUAAUAUUAAUGUCACAAACUGAUCAAAGAGAAAUUUCUCUCUCUUAUGUCUCUCAUCCUCUCUUCCUUCUUCUUUCCCUUCCUCUCUUCUUCAAACAACAGUGUCGGUGCUCAUAUUUUUGCAUGGGUAACAUGCAGGUACAUGCAUCAGACACCUGCGAUACUCCACGGGAUUCUUACACCUACCUGACUCCAAAACAUGAAGAUAUUCCUGCAAUCCUGAUGUUAUUAACCUGCUGGGAAUAAAGUAGACUGUGGGGGUUGUUACUGUGACAUUAGAAUAAAUUUCUCAUCAGAACCUGAAAGGAAGAGAUCCUUUAUAUCCUCUCAGAUCCUAAAGAAAAAAACAUUUUCUUGGUGACUUUCAUCUGCGGAUAGAGUUUCCUCAGUUGUUUGAUUUUUAAAAAAACAAUAAUGAAUAUAAAAUCUGUAGUUUUAUCACAAUCAAGUGUAUGAAAUAGGGAUCUGUGCCUUCAAACUUUAUCAUCCAAACUUUUCCUACUCUUUAUAAAUAAAAAAAAUGAAAUAAAAUUAUAUAAAAACAAACGAAAGAGCAAGUUCAGUUUGUUUUUACUGCAAAAGUUUCAUUUAACAGCUCUACCACUGACUUAAAUAUACCGACGCUAAGUCCAGCCUUAGCGACCGGAGAAAACAGCGUCGAGAGAUUAAGCUAUCAGCAAAACAAAACUGAUUACAAACUGCAAAUCCUCCGAAGAAACAAUCACAUCCUCACACAGACCGCAGGAACACAUAAUCAGGACACAGGGGUGCAAAAUGCAUGACAGCUUCCUCCUUUUCCAUCACGCCAGAACAACAAAACUUCACCGUAAUCCUGCACACCAUAGCUUAAACAAAGAGAGAGAUGACGGUGGAUGUAAUCGUGACCUUAUUGAACCCCACCACCACAAAUAAGCAAAUGGUCAAUUGUUCAUAAUGGCACUGAUUGGCACAGGGGCCUGUCUCUACAUGAGUGCAACACUCUGAUUGUAAAAAACUGCUAUUAAACAGAGCUUAAGUGAAUCGUAAUGAUAGCUAAGUGAGUAACCGUAUUGACUGACUGGUAAUUCUACAUAAUGGCCGUUUGUUUCCCAAGGUAAAUCUCCAGGAAGUGGCUGCAGAGGCGGCCAGAAUGAAAAGAGUCAGUGCAGCAGCCCCAAUAAUAGAUAUUACACGACUAAACAAUGAUGGUAGAACUUCUCAGAUCAGCUGUGGGUCAAGCAUUUUAGGAUGUACUACAACUUUUUGGAUUAUUAUGAUAUGAUAGAAAAAGACACAAUGUGAUACGAUAUGAUACAGCGAUCAGUAUCGAUUAAACACGGCGUUGUGUUCAACUGGUACAGUCUUUAUUUCUUUAUUUUUCGCUUCAAGUACCGUGAAACUGAAAACACAGGAAAAUACACAUCAUGUUUCAACAUGACAAAUUCACACAAAACAGGACUUAAAUAUUUGCAUUUUUAAACACAACUUCACUAUUAAAAAAAACAACCACAAUGAUAACAUUCGAAACAAUUUCUCCCUCCAACAUUAUCAAGACCACGCACGAUCGCAAACAAUAACACGCCACUCACAUUGCUUCCUACCUCUCUUCGCCUACCAAGGGUGCAAAAGCCUCUUGUACUUGACCCCAGACCAACUGCACCCAAUGAUAAGAACAAAAAAGCUCAUCUUUUAAGCCUCUCCUGUUUGUCAUCCAUCUCUGGUGCAGGCCUAAGUCGUACUGGCUGAAUCACUUCCAGUCCCUCCUCUACUGCUCCGAGAACAACCAGUUCGGGUCAUUCUCCGAGGAGCUCCACAGCUGCAGCUGCCGCUUUGACCACACCCCCUGUCAGCUGCCACCACCCUGCAUCGUAGGUGAAGGCUCUGCUUGCGCGGUGUGUGCACCUGACAACCACACCCGCUGUGGGAGCUGCAACCCAGGCUUCGCCCUGACGCAGGGGGCCUGCAGGCCCAUGGUGGCAGACUCGUCGGAAAACUACCUGGGAUUUGAGACGGACCUUCAGGAUUUGGAGCUGGGCUACCUACUGCAGAGAGCCGACCGCAGGCUAGAGGUAUUUUUCUUUUAGCCUUUGUUAAAUCAUGUCAGACUGACCGAGACCUAAGCUGUCUUUCACGGCAGUAGCCUGGGGAGGAUACUCACCUAUGAGAGCUGUGUUGAAUUACAAAGUCUUUCUUUUAUGCUACAGAAAAAACGAAAUGGGUUCGCCAAAUGUUUUUGCUUUUACUGUCUCAAAGCAGUUCAUGGAUCACCAACUGCAUGUGUUUACAAAGGCUGUCUCCUCAGCUUGAGUGUAUUUUACACCAGCAAGGUCUCUGUAAUGCUGGUAUAUUUGUUCGCCUUCGCCUUGUAAUACUGCAUUGAAGUGUAGAAAGUCUUAAUAAUAUUUUAUAUAAAAUCUAAUAAUGAUAUUUGAUGAGCCAAUCAUUGUCAAAACAUUGAUUUCCCUUUAAUUCUUUGUCUUACUUGCCAAAUUGGAGUACUGCUUGAAAACCUGGUCUGGUGAUGCAGCAGACAAAAAGAUCAAGGGUUGAUUAUUGAAUGGCUCUAACUUUAUACUUGAUCAUAAUAGAUAAGUUUAACUACUUACUUUUGUUAUUGAAAAUGGCAGCUUGAUGAAACUCUGACCUGCCCUUGUGGAUGAAGAAUGUAGGGCUGCGUGAUGAAGCAAAAAUAUUUUUCAUGGCUAAGUCACGAUCUUCGAUUUUCCUGUUCAUUUUAAUGAUAAAUGUUUGAUACUUCUUGCACUUAUUUCAAAUUCUGGUUUAGUUUUAAUGGAAUACCAUUCACACAGUUUUCCAAUGAUGUGUUUAAAUUAAAAGAGAAGGAAGUAUGACCCUAAACUAGUCAAGUAACAUUUGAUACAGGAUAAAAACCAUUCAGGCUGAAUCUGCUGUCGUAUUUUAAUCUUUUGCCCCAGGAUCAAAAUCUGUUUUUAAAGCUGGGCUGUUACAAUAUACUGGUAUUGACAGUAUCUUUUUGAAACAAAGAUAUUGAUAUUUUGCUCAUAGCAACUUCAUUGUAAUGUUCCUUUUAUUCUGAGAGAUGAAGAAGAAGAAGCAGCCACUAGUGAGCUAGCGAUAGCAGCCCUCUAAGAGAUGAUUUAGCAUUUUUAAAAACUGGCCUUUCAAGAUUUAUUGACAACCAAAAACAACAUUAGAGGUUGUGCCUCUUUGUGUUACCAAUCAACUGAACAUUUAUACUGUGGAACUGUUUAUUUUUUGAACUGUUUACAUUAAGUCCUCAACUGUGGUGUUAUGUGGCCCUAAUACUCUAUCGCACAUAGCCUACAAUCUACUAGAAGAAAAAAAAAACAGUUUGAGAAUAGAGGAAAUAAAGCAACCAAAACAAAAGACCAAAAAUUUCAAAUUAAAAGCAUGACGAAUAAUUAUUUUGACGCAUUAUCUUCCCCUCAACACUUUCUAUUACCAAUGUGGAUUACUACCAUGUAGCACUUAUUGCAAACUUUAUAUAUAUAUUUCUUGUACUAACUUUCUCCUGCUCUAUGAUGUCACCUCUGCCAACCUCACUGAACAAAUAGUUGAUUUUAUUUUUCUAUUAUCAGAGCUUUGACUUCAUAUUAGCAAUUAAUUUGAAAAAAAAUAUACAUAUGAGACGAUACAAUAUAUCACCAGACAAAAUAUUGUGAUACUAUGCUGUAGCAAUUUUUUUCUCCCACCCCUAUUUGGAUACGCUGUUAUUGGUUUAUUUAAUGGCCAUGAUAUGGUGUGCUAAAUAUGACUCCAUAACUGUCUUCUUGUGAAUGACAAACAAUUAAGAGUGAAAAAGCACCUCAGCUUAGUGUCUACCAUCUUUGCAGCACACUGUGUGUACAUAAUCUAACAUAAGCAGACACAAGAUUUCUUCUUUGUUGUUAUCAGCAAAUGCACCACGAAUCACAAAACACAACAAAACUUUGGAAAUGUAAUGUUGUCACACUGGACUUUAUGUUGCGGUGGAUUCAUUUAAUGGGGCAGAUGUGCCGCUUGUUUCGCUCUGAGGAGCCUGAGGGGUUCUCAGUGUGUGUAAUAUACGAUAUUCCACACCCCCAUUUAAAAGCCUCAAAAACAACAAGUUAAGACCAUGAAUUGCGACAUUUUUUUUGCUGAGUUACAUAAAAAAGUAUGUUCCAUAUCCAACCAAUUACCUAUUUAUACUUUUCCCUAAUUUUCCGUGGCCUGAAGCCUUCCAUUUGUGCUUUAUAGACUGUUGGCUCUAAAACAUAAUUGCACUCCAAUUUUGGAUGUACUAAAUGAACUGGAUGAAAUGUUCUGUCGUGGCACCCCAGUCAUUUUAAUGAGAGUUGUUCAACAGAAACAAAAAAAUGAAGCAGCCUUUAGUUCGGGGCCUAAGGCACAUGCACAUUAAACUGUUUGCUGUGCACAGAAAAUCUUGUUAUUCUAGCUGAAGUUUCUCUGAAGGAUGUGGGACCACGAGUAGUUCUAAACCACCAUGAAUCGACAAAAACACUGAUAUUGUCUUUGUGUCUGUUUGUCUGGCAGGUCCACGCGAUUUUCAUCAGCAAUGACAUGCGACUAAACAGCUGGUUCGACCCGUCGUGGAGGAAGAGGAUGCUGCUGACGCUGAAGAGCAACAAGUACAAGUCCAACAUGGUCCACAUGCUGCUGGGAAUAUCCCUCCAGAUCUGCCUUACCAAGAACAGCACCCUGGAGCCUGCUCUCACGCUUUACAUCAACCCCUUUGGAGGGAGCCACUCAGAGAGCUGGUACAUCCCGGUCAAUGAGAAUAAUUUCCCAGACUGGCAGGCCACCAAGCUGGACCUCCCCUUCGAGUGCUAUAACUGGACUCUGACGCUAGGCAACAAGUGGAAGACCUUCUUUGAGACCAUUCACAUCUAUCUCCGGAGCAGGAUAAAAACUCAAGACGGAGUGAAUGACAGUGCUUACUAUGAGCCUUUAGAAGUGACGGAUCCUGUGAGGAACCUGGGCUACAUGAAGAUCAACAGCAUCCAGGUCUUUGGCUACAGCAUGCACUUUGACCCCGAGGCGAUCCGUGACUUGAUUCUGCAGCUGGACUACCCUUACACCCAAGGAUCCCAGGACACGGCCAUGCUGCAGCUCUUAGAAAUACGCGACCGGGUGAACCGACUGUCCCCUCCCGGUCAGCAGAGAUUGGAUCUGUUUGCCUGUUUGCUGCGGCAUCGGCUCAAACUGACUGCCAGCGAGGUGGUCCGCAUUCACACCUCCUUACAGGCCUUCAGCUCACGCCUGCCCAACUCGAUGGAUUACGAGACCACCAAGCUGUGCAGUUAACAGCUGCUUGAACAGAGAUCGUGACUGCCUCGAGGUGAAGUCCUGGACAAAAGAUUUAAUCGUGCCCAUUGUGAGGCCGAUGCUUACAGCUGUCCUCUGUCUCUGUGGAUUAUCAGACUCGAGCGGUAAAUCAGGAGAGAGGCAGCUGUAGACAGCCGAAGAAUGUACUUAUAUGGUUGUUUUUUGGUUUUUCUGUUUUGUGGCAACUACCUUCAGUGCUCUAUCAUAAAGAAUGAGGCGGAUCGGAGGAGAAAAUGCACAACCGUUCAAAUCACAAACUCUCAAACUCAAAGAAAUUUAUCGUAAGAAUCCAGAAACCACGACAACAAGUUGAACCAUCCUGUUUCAAUAUGAAUCCGCUCAUUUAUACUGUAAGUACCAAUGCAAAACUGAAUGGACAUUUUAUGGUAUAAAAAAAAACAAAAAAACGGUACAGUCUGUUUGUUUGUAAUUUUUAUAUGUUCUUUUGCUUCAGUAUCAGUGCACUUUCCAUGAAGACCAGAAUAAAGUGGUGUCAGUCAAGAUUUUGUAGAUAAAUUGAUAUUAAAACAUUAUGUUAUAACAGAUUA